AUGUCUACACAGGCGCCAACAUUUACACAGCCGCUGCAAAGCGUUGUGGCACUAGAGGGUAGUGCUGCAACGUUUGAAGCACAAGUUAGUGGUUCUCCAGUUCCUGAGGUGAGCUGGUUCCGUGAUGGCCAGGUUCUUUCCGCUGCCGCUCUGCCCGGCGCACAGAUCUCGUUCAGCGAUGGCCGCGCUGUUCUGAUGAUCCCUGCUGUGACAGCCGCACACAGUGGAAGAUUUUCUGUCAGAGCCACCAAUGGUGCUGGACAAGCCACUAGCACCGCUGAACUUCUUGUUACAGUGGAGACUGCGCCGCCCAACUUUAUUCAGAGACUUCAGAGUUUAACCGUGAGACAAAGAAGCCAAGUGAGACUGGAUGUUCGUGUGACAGGAAUCCCUACACCUGUGGUAAAGUUCUACAGAGAGGGAGCCGAGAUACAGAGCUCCGCUGACUUUCAGAUUGUUCAAGAAGGAGACCUUUACAGUUUGUUGAUUGCCGAAGCCUUCCCAGAGGAUUCUGGAACUUACUCUGUAAAUGCCUCAAACAGCAGCGGACGGGCUACCUCCACUGCUGAACUGCUGGUUCAAGGUGAAGAAGCUGUGCCUGCCAAGAAGACUAAAACCGUCAUUUCAUCUUCCUCUCAGAGGUCCUCCUCUCAGAGUCGCCAGACCAGAGUUGAGACAAGGAGUAUGGAGGCUCAUUUUGAAUCCUCAUCCAUGCAAAUGCAUGUUGAAGGUGGUGUAGUGAGCCAUCUAGCACACAAGACUCCACCACGUGUGCCCCCUAAGCCAACCUCAACCUCCAAGUCCCCAACACCAUCAUCUCUUGCAGCCAGAGUUGCAGGGGGACGUCAUCAGUCACCAUCACCUGUGAGACAUGUCAAGGCACCCACUCCGGCCCCUGUUAGGUCCGUAUCCCCUACUUCAAGACUGUCUGUGUCCCCAAUCAGACCAGUCAAAUCCCCACUGACCACACGCAAACAGGUAGCCCAUGGUCCUGAUGUCCUCCCACCAUGGAAGCAGGGAGACUUUGUUGAAGGGUCCAGCAGCUAUUCCAGCAGCAUGACUUCUAGUGCCACCCAUGCCCAGGCUUCCAUGUCUGCCACCCAGGUUCACAUGGAGCAGCACUGGGAGGGCUCUUAUGGAUUGCAAACGGCUGGGUCCGCUGUAUCUGGUGUCGCUGAGGCGCAGCAUGAGGUGGACGAUAAAAGCAUUGCUGUAGCUACUGUGGUAGCAGCUGUGGACCAGGCUCGCAGCCGCAAGUCUGCUGGUUUUACACCAGAGCCGGUGCCGGUGCCGGUGGUGACACCCAGUACAGAGAUACAGAGCACCUCUAGCACCUCUACUACUGUGUUAAUGUCCACAACAAGGGAACAGGUUGAGGGUGGGAAAAAAGCGGAGGCAAAGGCUACAGUGGUUGCUGCUGUCGACCUAGCACGUGUUCGGAAGCCUUUGCAUGCUGAGGGGGGUCAUGCUGAAGAGGAAACCAUACAAUCUGAUUUAAAACAGCAGAUGAUGAUGGCUACCACUGAGCAACAAGUCACAGUGAAAACUGAGGCUGCAACUGUGCCAAUGGUGCAAAUACCAAUAAUACCACCACCAUCAAUUCAAACAACAGCUGAUGAGCAGAGUAUUCAUGUCACCCAGAUACAAAGAAGUACAGAAACUACUACCGCCCACAUGGAAACUGCCCUCGCACCAUCCCCAAUUCCACAUUUCACAGUUUCAAAAGUUUCUGUUCCUAAACCUGACCAUAGCUAUGAGCAAGUAUUUCCUAAAAACUAAUGCUCACUUAAUCCGUAUACAUCGUCAUCCAUUCCAUUAUAUUUUUGAGUCACAGCCUUAAUAUUUCUAAACAAAGCAGACAAUAUCAUAAUAGGUUGUUCUGAUUCGUGAUGAUAAUGCUAUUUUCCUUGGGUUGGUCAGGUUUCGAUAGCAGGUUCUGCUAUUGCCACACUGCAGAAAGAGUUAUCCUCUACCUCUGCACAUGCUGCUCAAAAGAUCAUCAAGCCAGUCAAGCCUCCAUCUCCUAGUCUCCACCGUAAGGUUGUGGACGUGAUGCCAGCGCCAACCCAGUCUCCGUUUAAGGAUCUCUCCGAGAGAUAUAAGACGCAUUUCGACACUCAGUUACAGACUCAGAUAGGCGCUACGUUUACAGGGGAAACGGAGAGAAUGUAUAAGGAUUUGGAAACAAAGAUCGUUGAGACUGCAGCAGUCCCAUCCCCUGCAGAAGAGCCAGUUGUGCCACCUACUCUUGUAGCUGGCUUGAAGAACCUGACUGUGACUGAGGGUGAGUCUGUGACUCUGGAAUGCCAGAUCUCUGGUCACCCUGCCCCUGGCAUCAUGUGGUUCAGGGAGGACUACAGAAUCGAAAGCUCCAUUGACUUCCAGAUCACUUAUGAGACUAAAUGUGCCCGUCUUGUCAUCCGUGAGGCCUUCGCAGAAGACAGCGGUCGCUUCACUUGCACUGCUACUAGCAAUGCUGGAACUAUCAGCACAUCCUGUUACCUGCUUGUCAAAGUAACCGAGGAGAUUGAGACCCGGGAAGAGAUGACACAACAAGGCACUGUCACUGUUACUGAAGCAAAGGAGGAGACCAUGUCGGAGGUGAGCACUGCCAUCGCCACCGCAGGUUCACCAGUGGAUACUGCAGAUUCCAUCGCUCCCUUCUUUGUCAAGAAGCCAACUGUACAGAAGUUGGUGGAGGGGGGACGUGUUGUCUUUGAGUGCCAGAUCGGAGGCAGCCCCAAACCACACAUGUUCUGGAAGAAGAGUGGAGUGCCCCUUACUACAGGAUACAGAUAUAAAGUCCACUACAAUAAGGAAAGUGGAGUGUGUAAAUUGGAGAUCUCCAUGACAUUUGCUGAUGAUGCUGGAGAGUACUCCGUCUUUGCCAGGAACCCGCUUGGAGAAGCCUCUGCCUCAGCUGGACUGCUGGAGGAAGGGGAAUAUGAAGAAUACAUGAAGAAACAUGAAAUGACAUAUAAGAGUGAAGUAAUUACAACGGUGCAGGUGGAUGUACCCCCCGUUGUUGUGAGCGAAUAUGACGACGACCAGAUGUAUAGGCAGAGGAGCAUGACACAGCAAGCACACGCACAAACGCAAAGCUUUGUUUCAACACAGGAACUCCAGAUUUCUUCCUUUGAGGAGAGGAUUAUCCACGAGAUUGAGAUCCGCAUCUUGCAAAUUACCUACCAACAGAUUGUGACUGAGGAUCGGGAAGAGAUGGUGACAUGUGCAGAUCGUGAGGCUUUACAGUCAGCCUUUGCCACUCCAGUUAAAAACUACAGGAUCAUAGAAGGAAUGGGUGUUACUUUCCACUGCAAAAUGACAGGAACUCCACUGCCCAAGAUUGCGUGGUACAAAGAUGGAAAGCGUAUCCAUCAUGGUGGCCGUUACCAGAUGGAGAGUCUUCAUGAUGGUAGAGCCAGCCUGCGUCUUCCUGUGGUGCUGCCAGAGGAUGAGGGUGUUUACACAGCAUUAGCUAGCAACAUGAAGGGCAACUCUGUGAGCUCAGGGAAACUGUAUGUGGAGCCCACUGCCGUUGCAGGAGCUCAGCGUUACACGCCAGAACCUCAGGCAAUGCAGAGAAUUAGGUCCCAGUCCCCAAGAUCUCUGAGCCGCUCUCCCGGACGCUCUACUAGUCGCUCUCCUGCACGCUCUCCUGGUCGCAGGCUUGAUGACACUGAUGAGAGUCAGCUGGAGAGACUGUACAAGCCUGUGUUUGUCUUGAAGCCACAGUCAUUCAAGUGCGCUGAAGGGCAGACUGCCAGAUUUGACCUGAAAGUAGUUGGUAGACCCAUGCCUGACACUUUCUGGUUCCACAAUGGGCAACAAGUUGUCAAUGAUUACACCCACAAGAUAGUGGUGAAGGAAGAUGGAACUCAGUCACUGAUUGUGGUUCCAGCUAUGCCCCAUGACUCUGGAGAAUGGACGGUAGUUGCUCAAAACAGAGCUGGAAAAAGCUCUGUGUCCAUGACACUUACAGUUGAUGCCAAAGAAAAUUUGAUCAGACCCCAGUUUAUUGAGAAGCUGAAGAAUGUCAGUGUCAAGAAAGGCACUCUGGUUGAGUUGGCGGUCAAAGCCAUCGGAAACCCCCUGCCUGACAUUGUUUGGCUGAAGAACAGCGACAUCAUCUCCCCACAGAAGCACCCAAACAUCAAGAUUGAGGGCAUCAAGGGAGAAGCCAAAUUCCAUAUCCCACAGUCGGUGAGCUCUGAUAGUGCCUGGUACACAGCCACAGCCAUUAACAAAGCUGGAAGAGAUACCACUCGCUGCAGGGUCAACAUUGAGGUAGAUGCUGCUGAACCUGCGCCAGAGAGGAGACUCAUUAUCACCAAAGGAACCUACAAGGCCAAGGACAUAGCAGCUCCAGAGUUGGAACCCUUGCAUCUCCGUUAUGGUCAAGAGCAGUGGGAGGAGGAUGACCUAUAUGACAAGGACAAGCAGCAGAAACCACAGUUCAAGAAGAAGCUGACUUCUGUCAGGUUGAAGCGUUUUGGCCCAGUCCAUUUUGAAUGCAGACUGACCCCAAUUGGUGAUCCCACUAUGGUGGUUGAGUGGUUGCAUGAUGGCAAACCCCUGGCAGCUGCUAACAGAUUGCGCAUGGUUAAUGAAUUUGGCUACUGUAGUCUUGACUUUGAAGUUGCCUAUGCCAGAGAUAGUGGUGUCAUCACCUGCAGAGCCACUAACAAGUUUGGAGUUGAUCAGACCUCAGCUACACUAAUUGUGAAGGAUGAGAAGAGCCUUGUUGAGGAGACACAGUUACCUGAGGGCAGGAGGGAAAUACACAGAAUUGAUGAGAUGGAGCGUAUGGCUCACGAGGGAGGUCCUUCUGGAGUCACUGGGGAUGAGUAUUCAGAGAAGUCAAAGCCUGAAAUUGUCCUUCUUCCUGAACCAGCAAGAGUGCUGGAAGGUGACAUUGCAAGAUUCCGUUGCAGAGUGAUUGGCUAUCCCACGCCUAAGGUUAACUGGUACCUCAAUGGACAGCUCAUUCGCAAGAGCAAGAGAAUGAGGCUUCGCUAUGAUGGCAUUUACUAUCUUGAGAUUAUAGAUAUCAAGUCAUACGAUGCAGGAGAUGUCAAAGUGGUAGCAGAGAACCCAGAGGGCACAGCUGAGCAUCUGGUGAAGCUCGAGAUCACACAGAGAGAAGACUUCAGAUCCAUCCUCCGUCGCGUCCCUGAACCAAAGGCACAUGACACUACUGAACAUGGGAGAGUUAGCUUUGAAGUUGUGAAGGUUGACAGACCAGCUGAUGCCCAGCCAAAGGAAGUUGUCAAACUGAGGAAGACUGAAAGAGUCAUCCAUGAGAAGUCCACAGAGGAGACAGAUGAGUUGAAGAGCAAAUUUAAGCGCAGGACAGAGGAAGGUUAUUAUGAAGCCAUCACUGCUGUGGAGCUAAAGUCCAAAAGGAAGGAUGAGUCCUAUGAGGAUAUGCUUAGGAAGAGGAAGGAAGAACUGCUUCAUCACAUGAAAGAGUUGACUGAGGCUGAGAAGAAGAAAGAGAUGGAGGAGGGUCAACUCACCAUACCCACAAUCAAACCAGAGAGAAUACAGCUCUCUCCCAGCAUGGAAGCUCCAAAGAUCUUGGAACGCAUUGCUAGCCAGACCGUGUCUCAGACCGAGGAAGUUCGCUUCAGAGUCAGAGUUGUCGGCAAACCAGAACCUGAGUGCCAGUGGUUCAAGAAUGGAAUUCUGCUGGAGAAGACCGAUCGAAUUUACUGGUACUGGCCUGAAGACCACGUGUGUGAAUUAGUGGUCAGAGAUGUCACAGCAGAAGACUCUGCUAGCAUCAUGGUCAAAGCCAUGAACAUUGCUGGAGAGACAUCAAGCCAUGCAUUCCUGCUGGUGCAAGCCAUUACAGUUAAUAGCUUUACUCAACAACUAGAGGAUGUGGAAGCUAAAGAGAAGGACACCAUGGCGACCUUUGAGUGUGAAACAAAUGAGCCGUUCGUUAAAGUCAAAUGGCUGAAGAACAAUUCAGAGAUUUUCUCUGGAGACAAAUACAGGAUGCACUCAGACAGAAAGGUUCAUUUCCUUUCUGUACUGAUCAUCAACAUGAAGGACGAUGCAGACUACAGUUGUGUUGUUGUUGAAGAUGACCACAUCAGGACCACUGCCAGACUCAAUGUGGAAGGUGCUUCACUGUCAAUUGUGAAGAGGCUGGAGAACAUUGAAGUGCCUGAGACCUACUCUGGGGAGUUUGAGGUUGAAUUAUCUCGAGAGGAUGCUGAAGGUACCUGGUAUUUCAAUGACAAGGAAAUCACUCCCAGCAGCAAAUAUGUUACCUCCUCCCGUCGUGGACGCCAUGCCUUGACUGUCAAAGACGUCAAGAAAGAAGAUCAGGGAAAAUAUACAUUCAAAAUUGCUGAUAUGCAGACCAGUGCCUCGCUGAAGAUGAAACUGCGCCCUGUGACACUGAUGCAACCCCUCACUGACCUGACAAUCUGCGAGGGUGACAUCGCUCAAUUAGAAGUGCGAUUCUCUCAGGAAAACGUUGAGGGAACAUGGAUGAAGAAUGGCCAAGCAAUCUCCGCCACAGAUCGCAUCCACAUCGUUAUCGACAAACAGGUCCACAAGCUGCUUGUUGAAAACGUGAGCAGAGACGAUGCUGCAACAUACUCCUUCGUUGUCCCAGCUCAGGAUAUCUCCACCUCUGGGAAGUUGAACAUUCAAACGAUUGAUAUUUUGAGCCCACUCACUGAUAUUACCGCAGUUGAGGGCACCAAGGCUGUUAUGGAGGCUAAAAUCUCUGCUGCUGAUGUUACCUCUGUGAAAUGGUACCACAAUGACAAACUUGUGAUGCCCAGUGAGAGAAUCCAGAUGCUUGCGAAGGGAUCCAAACAGCGCCUGGUAUUCCACAGGACCUUUGCCUCUGAUGAAGGAACCUACAAGCUAUGUGUUGGCAAAGCUGACUCUAGCUGUAAACUGACUAUUGAAAAAAUUCACAUCACCAAGCAUAUGGAGGAUCAAGUUUGCACAGAGACGCAGAAUAUAACAUUUAAAGUUGAGGUUUCCCACCCUGGCAUUGCCGCUGUGUGGACCUUCAAGAAACAACCACUCAAAGCUAGUCCAAAGCAUAAGAUUGAGGCCAAGGGCAAAAAUUACAGCCUGAGUGUCAUUAAUACCAUGAAGGAUGAAGAGGGAGAAUACGCAUUCGCUGCUGGUGAACAGACAUCCAGCGCAAAGCUUACUGUGUCAGGUGGUGCCAUAAACAGACCACUCCAGGACGUGACUGUGGCUGAGUCUCAGACAGCUGAGCUGGAGUGUGAGGUGGCCAACCCAACUGCUGAGGGCAAGUGGCUUAAGGAUGGACAACCCGUGAACUUCAGUGACAAUGUCAACCAUAUGAACAAUGGAGCUGUCAGACGUCUGGUUAUUGCCAUAACCAGACCCAAUGACAUCGGUGAAUACACUUACCAGGUCGCAAACUCCAAGACAACAGCCAACCUGAGAGUUGAGGCUGUGAAAGUCAAGAAGACACUGAAGAAUCAAACUGUUACUGAGACACAGGAGGCAGAGUUCAGUCUGGAGCUCACCCACAAGAAUGUGAAAGGCUCACAAUGGAUUAAGAAUGGUGUAGAGAUCAACCCAAGUGAGAAAUAUGAAAUCACAACUGAUGGCAUGGUCCACACCUUGAAGAUCAAGAACUGCGACACACGCGAUGAAUCAGUUUAUGGAUUCAAACUUGGGAAACUAUCUGCUAAUGCUAGAUUGAACGUUGAGACAAUCAAGAUUGUGAAGAAGCCUAAAGAUGUGACAUCACUAUUGGAUGCCACUGCCUCUUUUGAGCUGAGUCUGUCCCAUGAUGACAUCCCUAUCAAAUGGAUGUUCAAUAACAAGGAGCUUAAACCAAGUGAAAACGUCAAAAUACUGUCUGAGAGAAAAGCUCACAAGCUGACCAUCCAGAAUGUGAAGACUGACAACCAUGGAGAGUACACAGCUGUAGUUGGAAACCUGCAAUGCAGCGCAUCUUUAUAUGUUGAAGCUCUGCGUGUCACAAAACCCAUCAAGAACAUUGAAGUCCCAGAGACCCAUGUGGCCACUUUUGAAUGUGAAGUUUCACACUUCAAUGUCCCGUCCACUUGGCUAAAAGAUGGAGUGGAGAUAGAAAUGAGUGAAAAGUUCAGGAUUGUGGUGCAGGGCAAACUUCACCAGCUCAAGAUCAUGAACACUAGCAGAGAAGAUUCUGCAGAAUACACAUUUGUCUGUGGAAAUGACAGAGUCUCCGCCACUUUGACCGUCAAUGCCAUUUUGAUCACCAACAUGCUGAAAGACCUCAAUGCACAGGAGAAAGACACCAUCACAUUUGAAGUGAAUGUCAACUAUGAGGGCAUCACCUACAAGUGGCUGAAGAAUGGUGUUGAGAUUCCCUCCACAGACAGAUGCCAGAGCCGCACCAAACAGCUAACUCACUCGCUCACCAUCCGAAAUGUUCAUUUUGGUGAUAGUGCGGAGUACAAGUUUGUGGCUGGUUCUGCUGCGUCAGUAGCAAAGCUUUAUGUUGAUGCUCGCGUUAUUGAAUUCACCAAGCAUAUCAAAGAUAUCAAGAUUACAGAGAAGAAGAGGGCCACUUUUGAGUGUGAGAUCUCUGAGCCUAAUGUUCAGGUGAUGUGGAUGAAAGAUGGACAAGAGCUGGACAUUUCCGAAAGAUACACCGUAUCCACCGAGAAAUUUCUGCACCGUCUAAUGAUCCAGUCAGUCCGCAUGUCUGAUGCCGGAGAAUAUUCUGUCGUCGCUGGUGCAAGCGUGUCAAAGGCUUAUCUCACCGUGGAGGGCAAAGAUGUCCGCAUUACAGAGCCUGCUGAGAAGAAAAUUACGGUUGUUGAGAAACAAAGAACGACAUUUGAGUUUGAAGUCAAUGAGGAUGACAUUGAAGGUCGCUGGCUGAGGAACGGUGUUGAGCUCCAGUUUUCCGUUGAGCAGAGGUUUAGCUAUGCAUGCAUUAGAAAGCUCCAUCGUCUGACAAUCACUGAGACCUACAGAAGUGACGCAGGAGAAUACACCUUCAUCGCUGGCAGGAACAGGACCGUUGUGACACUUCAUGUCAACAUCCCUGAGCCACCUCAGAUCAUUAACCACAUGCAGCCCCUGUCUGUGGAGGCCGGCAAACCUGCUCGCUUCUCUGUGGAAGUGACUGGCGUCCCCCAGCCCCAGGUGUUCUGGUACAAGAACUCCCAGGCUCUCUCCCCAGGCUUCAAGUGCAAGUUUCUGCGUGAUGGAAAUGAGCACUGUCUGCUACUCAUUGAAGUGUUCCCAGAGGAUGCAGCGGUCUACAACUGUGAGGCCAAGAAUGAAGGUGGUGUUGCCACCAGUUCAGCUGCACUGAAUGUCGAAGUUUCAGAAGUUGUUUCUCCUGACACUGGAGCUCCUCUGUCCCCACCUACCAUCAUCUCACCAAUCAGCAACACCUCAACCACUGAGGGAGAGUCUGCCAGAUUCCAGUGCAAAGUUACUGGAGAAGCUCUGAAGAUGUCCUGGUACCGUGGUGAGAAGGAAAUUAAGCAGUCAGACUUCUUCAGGAUUUCUAUAUUUGAUGACACCUGCCAGCUGGAGAUCAGCAGAGUGUACUCUGAGGAUGAGGGGGAAUACACCUGUGUUGCCAGAAACGCAGGAGGAAUGGUCACAUGCUCUGCACGUUUGAAACUUGAUGGGCAUAAACAAACUAUGGAUAUUACAUCUGAUUCUCAAAGGCAUGUCUCAUCCAGUCUUUCAUCAAGCUUCUCAAGUGUAAAGAAGGAGCAAAUUGCCCAAAGGCCCACUUUUAUUCACCCAAUAGAAAGCUGCAUCGUUCAGCAUGGUGAAGUGGCCAGGUUUCAUGCUUGUGUGUCCAGCAUGCCAAAGCCAGAGAUUAGCUGGUAUCAUAACCACCAGCCAAUUAAGCCUAUCAAAGAUAUUGUCUUUCAUUUCGAUGAGAUGACAAACACUGCCACAUUAAUUAUAGUCGAUGCUUACGCUGAGCAUGCUGGACAAUACACUUGCAAAGCAACCAAUAACGCCGGAGAGGCGAUGUGCACAGCAACCCUUGCAGUAACCAAAGAAGUAACCCAUAUGAAGGAAGAGAUUGAAGCAACCAUUGAGCAAGAAGUCAAAGAAUAUUCUAGGUCGACUGUGACCACAGUGGAAGAAGAACAAGAAUCCUACACCACUGGCCUUCAGUUACCUCAAACAUCCAAAACACUUGAACUCCAGCCAGAGUCUAAAUACUAUUCGAGUACUUUAGAGGAUAAAAAAGAAAAGCCUAUAUUUUUGACCCAACUCUCACCAGCAGCUGUCAAUGUUGGGGAGUCAGCUAUAUUUACUAUCACAGUAUCUGGUCUUCCAAAGCCUACUGUUCAGUGGUUUCAUAAUGGGAAAGUAAUUACUUCUUCAUCAAUUUACAAAUUGGUUCAAGAAAAAGAUGAGUAUACCUUAAUAAUAUCUGAGGUAAAAACAGAGUAUAAAGGCGAGUACACUUGUACAGCUAGCAAUAGAUUUGGCCAGACAACUUGUACUACUUACCUGGAGGUAAGUAAGAGAGCUUCAACUACAGCUGAGCAAUGGGUGGAAAAAAUGUUCAAAGCCACUGUCCAACCUCCAAAUUUCACUAGCCAAAUCAAACCUAUAAAAUGCCAAGAGGGAGGUGAGGCUUACUUUAAAUAUAAAGUAACUGGUGAUCCAAUACCAGAUGUACAGUGGUAUAAAAGUGCUCGUCAAAUUCAGCCUGGUAAGUACUGCAUUAUAGUGAACAACCCAGAUGGCUCUGGCUUCAUCAACAUGAAGGGCAUUCAACAGCAGGACAGUGGUCUCUAUACAUGUAAGGCUUCCAACCCAUCUGGGGAGGCCUCUUGUAGUGCUGACCUAAUUGUGUUCAAAGAGCCUAUCUCUGUAUCUCAGCGUAAGGAACACAUGGUUGUUCAAAAAGGUUAUAAAGUAUCCAUGACUGCUGAACAAGCUACAGAGUCCCGCUUGUACGAGGUCAACCUUCCUGGAGAGACCAGAGCCAGAGAUCAAGCAGGACAUCAGAUGGUGUACACCAUUGGCACCGAGGACAGCCAGGUUGUUUCCAGUGAGCAAGUACAACCCCUUAGAGAGUUGGAUAUGUCUGCAGCUACUGUCCAAAGAGAGAGGGUCACCCACCAGGCUGCAGUUCUGCAGUCACAUGAGGUACAAGAGAGAGUGUCUGUGGGUGUCACUCUUCCACCUGAAGUUUCAGUAGUUUCUACGAAACAACACCGUACGGCUCCCUUUCAUACAUCUGCUGUUCAGGAUAGCCCACAGCUCACAGAGCAGCACUGUGACCGUAUCCAAAGCCCAGUAGUCGUAGAGCUUCAGUCUUCAAAAGAGAAGCGCUCUAAAAUAAUGUCUGCCACUUCCGAGGAGAUAACCACCUUGGCGAGUGUAAGCACAGAGAUGUCAGGUGAAAGGAAGACAGAUAAAGUAAAGCCAACCUCCGAGCCAAAACAUCUUGUCAGUAGUCAUCUUGUUGAAUCCCAACUGUCAAUUUUAAAAGAACGAUCGCAAGACAUUCCCAAGCCACAGGAGGAAAAAAGUUACAAAGUCAAAGAAGGCAUUAAGAUAUUGUAUUCCGCUAUGUCAACUGAAAAACAGAUGAUUCCUGAGGGCCAUACCACAGAUGUGCCAUCUUCUGACUCUGCUCUACAAUCUUCAGUGACAAAAGAAUCGUUCAAACCAAUCCUAGCCUCAGUUUCUGAGACAAAACAAACCUUAUCAAAAGAGACAAAAUUUACCAUGCAGAAGCCAGAGGCAGAAAAGGCUCUCCUUCGUAAAGAUUACAUUAUGAAAUCUGCACUGACAGCUGAGGAAAAGCAAAUGUUACAAGCUGAACAAACAAAACAAGUGAAGAGUUUAGAAAGUGCUACCUCAUUAUUUUCUCAGGUAGAAGGUGAACAGGUACUGCAUUUGCAGAUAAUUAGAGAUCAGGAUAUCCUACCAUCUGAGGAACCAUUUACUUGUGAGAAACCAGCUGUAGAACAAGCAGGUGCCAGGAAAAGCCCUACUCUUUUACAUACAGUAACCCACGAUGAACGGACAUCUGUCACUUGCGAAGAUACGACUGAGUUUGAGGCCAAGAGAGACACAAUGACCAUUCAGCCCCAAAAACAAGCCCCUACCCCAUUACAUCUUCAGUCAUUUCAUCCAGGAGGUGCCUUAACCAAAGAGGGAAUUAUUACCAUUGAAAAGCCAGCCCAACAGACAGCAACACAGAAGCAGGAGAAAGCCAGAAAACACGCAGCAUCCUCAGAGGAAAAAAUGGAGCUUAGCGCAGAUUAUUCCAAAGAUCUUGAUGUGUCUGUGACAGGAGUUCAGUCAAAGCUUAGAACAGAACCCAGACCACAGAACAUUCUUCAGGUCACAUCAAAGCCCAUGCAGAUAUCCAAAGAAACACCAUUUACUAGUGAUGCCAAACAGCAGCGUGCAUUAAUCCAAAAAGAAGAUCGUUGGAACAUCAUGCAAGUUACAAGUGUGGCAGAUAGUCAAGCGUUAGAGGAGGGACAUACUGAGAGUUUGACAGCUGUUGACAAAUUUACAUGCAAAUCCGAAAUAGAGCCUAAAGUACCUGCUGAGCCCAUACAAAUAGAGGAGAAGGCGAUCACAACUGAGAGUAGUGUACUUCUAGAAGCAACAGAGCAAGAUUUUGCCAUCCAGAUACAGGAAGGACAGUCUGUUAGACAGUCAAUAAUGAUGGAUGAAAAGCGUAUAUUGAUUGGGGAAAUGUCUCAGCAAAUAACCAAAUCAGAGUCAACAAAAGGUAGCCUUAAAACUCAGCACAAAAUGGCUGUUUUCGUUUCAGAGUCUGGAGAAAGUCGAACUCUUCCAAAGGAGCUCACAUUUGUUAUUCAGAUUCCAAAACCAACAAGUUUGGACAUCAGACGUCAGUUGAAAGAUGCACUUCAGUCUGCUGUGGCUCUUGAUCAGCCACUUAUAUUAGCAGACGUUGUUGGAAGUUUAGAGGCUACUGAGGUACAGGAAGUGAAGGUACUCAAGGAACCUAGGCGUGCGAUGUUCACUUAUCUUAUCACAACACCAGGUGCCCCUAUGGAAAUAACACUUGCUUUUGAAGGUCAGUACCCCAAGACUGCAGAUCUAAGGACUGAACUCCAGGCAGCUUUCUACUCAAUUAUCUAUCACGAGCAGCAUGUUCUUACAUCUGAGCAACCUGGCACACUGCAAAUCGACAAGCCCCAAAGACUAAAGGUUAGCAGUGCAUCCUCCAAAGAAAUAUUGUCAUCCGUAGUUGAGACAGUAAAAGUAGCAGAAAGUGUAGUUGAUUUCACAACACCUAAAUCUCAGGCUGCUAAACGAAAGACAGAAUCUCGGGCUACACAUGAAACAGCAACAGCUGAGGAACGUAUUGUGGUGCAAGAGUCCAAAGUAACUCAAUCCAACUUGGGCGGUCAAGUAAUGGAAGUUACUACAGAAUCACAUGCUGAGUUUGAACAGACAGUACAGGUGGCCAGACAGGAGGUUAGAACUAUGACUGUAAAAGGUUAUGAGAGAGAUGUAGGUAUGGUUGAUAUCACCACCGAUAUGCCCAUGACAUCCAUUCCAACUGAACAGUCUGUAGAUGUACUCAUCCAAAAAGAACACAGGGAGGAAUUUAUUUCAGAAGAGGUCAAAAAAUCUAAACCUCAAGGAAACGUAAAAGAUUAUCCCAUUAUUGAAACUUUCCUUGAGGACAUUACCACUGAGGAGCAUUGUAAGGUUACAUACACUGUGACAGUACAGUAUGUUACAAAAGCUAAUUGGCUUUUCAAUGGACAAAUAAUUCAAUCUGGCAAAGAGUUCAAGUGUUUCAAAGAACAUGACACAUACACACUUACAAUCAUGAAAAUUAUCAAGGAGAAGCACGAAGGAGAAUAUGUCUUUGAGGCUGUGAAUGAAGCUGGAAAGACCACAACAUCAUCAAGACUCACAGUUGUCUCGAAAGUGCCACCUGUUUUCAGGUACAAAAUUGUUCCCCUGGAGAUCAAUGUUGGCAGUGGAGCCAAGUUUGAAUGUGAAAUUGAAGAGGCACCAAAUGUGAACUUCAAAUGGUUCAAGUCUGGCACUUCGAUCAAAGAGAGUGCAAAUUGUCACAUUCUCAGUCAGCAACUGACAUCUUCAUUGGAGCUCCUGAGCCCAACCAAAGCUGACAGUGGUGAAUACACCUGCAAGGCUACAAACCAGCAUGGCAGUGACACCUGUGCUGCCAUACUGACAGUGACUGAGAUGUACCCGCCAGUAUUUAGUACAAAGCCUGAUCACAUGACUUUAUACGUGGGCAAACAAGCAACCUUCCAGUGUGUAGUUACUGGCUCUUCACCGGUGACUAUUGUCUGGCACAAAGACAACAUUGCUAUCUCUCCGGGGGGAAGCUAUCAAAUAUCAUCUGACAAGACCAAAUAUUCCCUACAAAUCAAAAAUCUUCAGCUGAACGAUCAGGGCACAUACCUUUGCAAAGCAUCGAACAGUGUUGGUACUGCUACAUGCAGUUCAGAGUUGAGGGUUAUCAACAAACCCAGUUUCAUAAAGACCUUUGAGGCCUCGGUGUCUUCAGCCGUUGGUAACACACUGCGGCUCGAAGGUCAAGUGGAUGAGGACACUGGAGUGUCCAUCACCUGGAUGAAAGAUGGCAAAAAGCUUCAUCAAACAAUGGAUUGUAAACAAUCCUUUGAAGACAAGGUUGUCGUUCUUGAAAUUACAAAGGCAAAACUGAAAGAUUCAGGGAAAUAUGUAUGUACAGCUUCAAAUGAUGCUGGGAGUGCAACUUGUCCUACCACGUUGACGGUACAAGAGCCCCCUACCUUUGUUAAGAAAAUGGAACCAAAACUAAUGUGGAAGCAGGGCAUAGCUGCUCGGAUGCAGUGCACAGUCAAAGGAUCAGCUGAACUCAAAGCUUCCUGGUUUCUGAAUGACAAGGAGCUCAGUGAUGGAGAUAAAUAUAAAAUCAAUUUCAAGGCUGGUCUUGCAACUUUGGAAAUAAUCGAUGUAAACGUGUUAGACAGCGGAAACUACACUUGUGAGGUGUCAAACGAAGCUGGUAGUGAGAGCUGCAGCACUGAGUUAUCUGUAAAAGAGCCCCCUUCCCUUCGAAAAGAAUUGCAAAUGGUUGAGACAGUGAAGGGAACUCCUGCCGUACUCGAAUGUGAAAUUAAAGGAACAGCUCCAUUUGAAAUCACCUGGUUGAAGAAUAAGAAACCAGUCGUCACCACAGAUAAAAAGUACAAGAUCGUCUCUCAGGAGUCCAUUGCUCGUUUGGAGUUCUGCUCAUUUGAAAGUGCAGACAUUGGGGAUUACCAGUGCUGCAUAGCUAAUGAUGUUGGUAAAAUCACCACUAAGGCACUGGCCAAACUAAAAGAACCACCAACAUUUGCAAAGAAGAUUGAAACCAUUACAGCAACAUUGGGAGAUUCUGUGAAACUGCAGGGCACAUUGAAAGGCUCACCCCCCAUUUCCGUCAAAUGGAUAAAGGACACUGAAAUGUUGAGAGAUGAUGAUCCAAAUAUCAAAAUGACAUUUGAGAACAACAUUGCUAUUUUGUCAAUAACAACUGUUGCCAUUAGCCAUGGUGGCAAGUACACUUGCCAAGCAGAGAAUGAGGCUGGACAAAACAAAUGUGAAGCCACUCUAACAGUUCAAGAACCUGCUAGAAUCUUAGAGAAAGCAGAAUCCAUCAAUGUGACUUCAGGGGAAUCUGCAACCUUGGAAUGCAAAAUCGCUGGAAGCCCAGAACUUAAAGUGAAAUGGUUCCAGGAUGGAAAGGAGAUGAAAGGGAGUCGAAAAUAUAAAAUAACUCUGAAAGAUAAUAUUGCCAUCUUAAAGAUUCUUGCAUCUGAAAAAGCAGACUCUUCCGAAUACAAGAUGGAAGUGUCCAACCGUGUUGGAAAGGACCAGUGCUCAUGCUCUAUUACUGUGCUGGAACCUCCAGUCUUCACAUUGAAACCUGACAACCAAGAUGUCAUACCAGGAUCUACCAUUGUCUUGAAGUGUGCUUUCACUGGAACAGCUCCUCUUAUGAUCAAGUGGUUCAGAGACGACAAGGAGAUAUCAAGUGGGGGCACAUUUUUUAUCAAGAAGGAGACCUCCUUAAGUUUUUUGGAACUUCACUCAGUAAAACCCACUGACUCAGCUAACUACACAUGCCAAGUGGCCAAUGACGCUGGAAAGAUGGCAUGCACUGCUGUCUUGUUUGUGAAAGAACCUCCAAUGUUUGUGGUGAAGCUUGAGUCUACGAAACUAGUAGUGAAAGGAAGUGCUGUAAAGCUGGAGUGUAAAGCAACUGGCACCCCUGAGAUCAGUUUUAAGUGGUUAAAGAAUGAGAUUGAGAUAACACAAAAGGAGAAAUACAAAAUGGCUGUCACCAAUUCAGUUGCCUCAUUGGAGUUUGUCAACUGCUCUGUUGAUGAUAGUGGAAAUUAUGUUUGUGUGGCAUCAAGUGAGGCUGGUAGUGACCACAGCGGCAGCACAGUUACAGUUAAAGAACCUCCAAUAUUUACAAGGACCUUUGAAUCCAGAGAAGUUAUCAAAGGAUCUGAUAUUAUGUUGGAAGGAAAGCUUGCAGGCUCUGCUCCAUUCAACGUAUCAUUUUACAAAAACACAAAGGCGAUCAGAAAUGAUAAAAGACACAAGAUAGUCUUAAAGGAUGACAUAGUUACCCUCCAGAUCCUGGCAAUUGAAGCCGGAGAUGCUGGAAAAUAUCAGUGUACAGUAGAAAAUGAAGUUGGGAAGUCAUCUUGUGAUUGUGAGAUGGCACUGAAAGAACCGCCGUCGUUUGUGAAAAAGAUAGAGAAUGUGAAUUCCCUAGUUGGCAGUGAGAUUUCUAUGCAGUGUACUCUGAAAGGAUCACUACCUAUGACUGUGUCAUGGCUGAAGGAUGACCAUGAGGUCAAAGAUGGUGAGCAUGCGCAGAUGUCCUUUGAAGACAGGACAGCACUGCUGCGUAUUUCAAAUAUUCAAACCAAACAUGCUGGGAAAUAUACUUGUCAGGCCAAAAAUGAAGCUGGCAAUCAGAAAUGCUCUGCGUUAUUGGUAGUCAAAGAACCAGCAAAUAUCACUGAACAGGCUAAAUCUGUCAGUGUUACAAUGGGGGAUCCCGCUACACUUCAGUGCAGGUUCUCAGGAACCAAGGUGCUCAAAGUCAAAUGGCUGAAGGAUGGAAGAGAGCUGACAUCAGGUCAUAGAUACAAAGUACAGAGCACAGAUAAGAGCUCUGUACUAAACAUUCUCCGUACAGAUAAAAGCGACAGUGGAGAUUACAACUUUGAGGUUUCCAAUGACGUUGGAAGCAGUACUUGUGAAGCUACAGUUUCUGUUCUAGAUCAAAUCAUAAAACCAUCUUUCACAAGGAAACUGAAGAAAACAGAGAGUAUCAAAGGAUCAUUUGCCCACUUGGAGUGUCUUUUGUCUGGCUCUCUGCCCAUAUCUGUACUCUGGUACAAAGAUGAGAAAGAGAUCAAGACUGAUGAUAAGCACAAAUGCACAUUCUUUGAAAACACAGCUUUUCUGGAAAUAAGUCGUCUUGACAGUGCAGACAGUGGUAGCUAUACCUGCAUUGCUACUAAUAAGGCAGGCAAGAACCAGUGUUCUGGGGCCUUACUUGUAAAAGAACCACCAUCGGUUUUAGAAAGGCCAGAAUCAAUGGAUGUUUUACCUGGAUCAAAGGUUCAAUUUAAUGUCCUUUUGUCUGGCACGCCACCCUUGACCAUUAAAUGGUUUAAAGACAAGAAGGAGAUCUUAUCCGGCUCUGAUUGCUCUGUGACUAAAGACAACACCUCUACAUCGCUGGAGCUUUUCUUUGCCAAAGCAUUAGACUCUGGAGACUAUAUCUGCGAAAUUAAUAAUGACGUGGGCUCUGAUGCUUGCCAAGCAAUGCUCUUUGUCAAAGAGCCUCCAAAGUUCACACGAAAACCUGACGGUGUGUCAGUGGUGAAACCUGGGCAAAGUAAAACAUUUGAAUGCCAGGUGACUGGAACUCCAGAGAUUGAUAUAUACUGGUUCAGAGAUGGGAAUGAGAUAAGUCCUAGUGACAAAUGCAAGAUGUUCUUUGAUAACAACAUUGUAACCCUAGAUAUUUGUGGUGCUGAUACUAAGGACAGUGGAAUAUAUUAUUGUGAAGCCCGUAAUGAAGCUGGCAGUGAAAGCUGCAAUAUGGAAUUGAAAGUGAAAGAGCCACCAUCCUUUGUUAAACAGUUAUCAACUGUGGAUAUUGUGAAGGGCUCAAAUGCGUCUUUAGAUUGUCAAGUCAUUGGCACAGGUCCGUUUGAGGUCAUGUGGCAUAAGGAUUUAAAGGAAAUUAAAUCCAGCACAAAGCACAGUUUCUCACAAGUACAGGACAUUCUGAAUCUUGAAAUACAGAAAUGUGAUGGUGUAGAUGUUGGUGAAUACCAGUGUACCGUCUCAAAUGAGGUUGGAAGUUGUUCUUGUAGAACUACGCUUCGUAUAAAAGAUCGACCAUCAUUUGUGAAGAAAAUUGAAAAUGUAGCCACUGUUUUGGGCAAAUCGGCUGAAUUUCAGUGUGUUGUCACUGGGUCACCAUCUCUGUCUGUGCAAUGGCAAAGAGAUGAGAACUGGAUCUUGGAAGAUCCUAAAAUUGAACGGACAUUUGAGAAUAAUGUGGCAACUCUAAGGAUUCCGGUCUGUGAGGCCCAUCACAGCGGGAAAUAUACCUGCCAGGUGGCAAAUGAUGCUGGACAGGACAAGUGCUUUGCAACCCUCAUGGUGCAAGAACCACCUCAGAUUACAGAGAAACCAGAAGUGAUGAAAGUAACUAUUGGGGAUCCAGUCAGUUUAGAGUGCAAAGUGGCAGGCAGUCCUGAGCUCAAAGUGAAGUGGACCAAAGAUGGCAAAGAGCUCAAGUCAAGUCCACAGCACAAACUUAGCUUCGAGAACAACCUUAGUAGCCUUAAAAUUCAGACUACACAAAAGGAGGAUGCAGGCAACUAUCAAUUUGAGGUCUCAAACCACAUUGAUACCUGCAGUUGCAAAGUCAAGUUGAUUGUACUAGAACAAACUCUUCCCCCAAGCUUCACCAAACCAAUGAGUGAAAUACAGGAAAUAUUGGGAACGUUUGUUCAAAUUGGCUGCAAAAUAUCUGGAUCCCUUCCCAUUACUGUGGAAUGGCAGAAAGAUGGAAACAACAUUUCCGUUGGUGGAAAAUAUAAACUUGUUCGUCAAGACAAUUCUGUGUCUUUGGAAAUCGAACAGUUAGAGAGAGUUGAUGCUGGCACUUACUCUUGCAAACUGACAAAUACAGCAGGAAGCGUUGAAUGUAGUGGGGCACUAAGGGUGAAAGAGCCGCCAAGCUUUGUGCUGCUGCCUGAGCCCCAGGCAGCCCUUCCUAACUCCAACGUGCGAUUUAAGAGCACGUUUAAAGGCACACCUCCUUUCGCAGUGAAAUGGUUCAAGGAUGACACUGAAUUGAUCACUGGACCAUCAUGUUUUACCGGACUGGAAGGAUUAUCUUGCUUCUUAGAUCUUUACUCAGUUGGAGUUUUGCAGAGUGGAGUUUACUCUUGUCAAGUUAGCAAUGAUGCCGAACCUCCUGAAUUUGUGCUGAAAUUGCCAGUCACAAAGUUUGUGAAGAAGUGCGAGCCACUCCGUCUUGAAUGCAAAGUUAUGGGUGCGCCCUCUCUGCGAAUGCAAUGGUACAAAAAUGACACUAAGAUCACAGAAGGUGACAACUAUAGAACUUCAUUUGUUGACUCAAUGGCAGUCCUUGAGCUGCACACCACAAGAUUUGAAGACAAUGGAGUCUACACUUGUGAAGCAACCAAUGAAGCUGGAAGCAUAAGCUGCAGCACAACUCUUACAGUCAAAGACCCACCAUCUUUCCUCAAAGUACCUCAGCCAAUUGAAGGAAUGAAAGGAAAGGAUGCUAGCCUACACUGUGAGAUAAUUGGCACAGAACCCUUUGAGAUUACCUGGUCCAAAGACAAAACACCACUAAAAGAAAGUAGGAAAUAUAAGAUGGUGAAUGAGGGUACCUCUGCCACUCUUCAUAUGAUUGGAUUGGAAGCCUCAGAUGUUGGAGAGUAUGAGUGCAAGGCAUCAAACAGUGUAGGAUAUGAAACAUACCAUACUACAAUUAAACUCAGAGAACCACCAACGUUUGUGAAGAAAUUGUCGAAUAUGACAUGCAUAUUGGGUGAAGAAGUCACCCUGACGGCCACUGUCAAAGGCUCUCAGCCAAUGACCGCGUCUUGGGUACAGGAUAAGGAUCACAUUCUCAGAGAUGGUGACAACCGGAAAAUUACCUUUGACAACAACCAGGUCACUCUUAAAGUCUUUCAAGCAGAUUUACUGACAAUGGGCAAAUACACCUGCCAACUCAGAAAUGAUGCCGGAGUUGUGGAAUGUUUUGCUAAUUUGACUGUAUUAGAACCAGCUAAAGUUGUGGAGAGACCAGAGUCUUUCAGUGUGACUGCAGGUGAUAUUGCAGCUCUAGAAGUCAAAGUGUCGGGGACACCAGAGCUGAAACCAAAAUGGUUUAAGGAUGGAGUCGAGCUCUCCUCUGGACAGAAGUACAAAAUCUCAUUCUCAAAGAUGAUCUCCAGCUUGAAAGUUUUGUCUGCAGAAAAAAUUGACACAGGAGAAUAUACAUUUGAGGUCAAAAAUGAGGUUGGCAGUGAUCUCACCAAAUUAAACCUCACUGUACUAGAUAAAACUAUACCUCCAACAUUUACAAGGAAAUUGAAGGAUUAUCAACCUAUUGUUGGAAAAGCUGGUGAAAUGGACUGCAAAGUCUCUGGUUCCGCACCUUUCACCAUUACUUGGUACCAUGAUGGAGAGGAGAUCAAAACUGGCCCAAACUAUGAGAUUACAUUCAGUGACAACACCUGCACGCUCAAAGUGCCCACUCUUAAGUUGUCAGACUCUGGAGUGUAUAAAUGCAAAGCUGUAAACAAGGCAGGAACCAAUGAGACCAGUGCCUCUUUCAUUGUGAAAGAACCUCCUUCUUUCGUGAUGCCACCUCAGCCAUUGGAAGCAAUGCCUGGCACAAAUGUUUUGUUCUCAGCAAUUGUCAAAGGAAGUGCCCCACUGAAACUGAAGUGGUUCAGAGGCACCAAGGAAAUUUUGUCUGGAAAAGGCUAUGAAAUUGCUCUGCGGGACAGUACAGCUACUAUGGAGCUAUUCAAAAUUGACAAAUCCCACGCUGGAGAGUAUACAUGCCAGAUUAUUAAUGAUGCUGGAAAGGAAAGUUGCCCGGUUAACCUGUCUGUGAAAGAACCUGCGUGCUUUGUUAAGAAGCUGAAGGACCACUCUGUUGAAAAAGGGAAAUCAUUGGUACUUGAGUGCACAUACUCUGGAACCCCAAAGAUAUUUGUCACCUGGUAUAAGGACGGAAAACAGCUAUAUUCUUCUUAUAAGCACAAUGUCACUACCACUGAGACCUCCUGCAUCCUGGAGUGUUUAAACAGUGACGAUAAGGAAGCAAGUGGGGAAUACGCUUGUGAGGUUUCCAAUGAUGCUGGAAAGGAUACCUGCAAAGCACAAGUGUCCAUCUUAGAACCACCUCAUUUCAUUGAGAAUUUGGAGCCAAUGGAAGUGACUGCUGGUGAUGCAGUUUGUUUGAAAUGCCAUGUGGGCGGAACCCCUGAAAUAAAGGUGGCUUGGUUUAAGGCUGACGGAAAAGUGAGAUCCAGCCCCACUUGCAAAAUAGAAUAUUCCAAAGGAGUUGCUUGCUUGAAACUGAGCAAAGCAGCCAAGGCUGAUAUUGGUGAAUACACAUGCAAAGCAGAAAACAACAUAGGAUCAGCCUCAUCCACUUGCCGCCUCUCUGUCCAAGAGGCAAAAACUCCACCUACCUUCCCCAAGAAAAUAACCAGUCUUCAACAGACUGAGGGAAUGGAAGUCAAAUUUGAGUGCCGCGUGGCAGGCUCCUCGCCCAUUGAGGUCUCUUGGCUUAAAGACGGUGAAACUCUGAAAUCCACCGACUAUACCAUGAGUUAUGAUGAUAACACUGCUGCCCUUAAAAUAACCAGAGGUGAAAUGAGACACUCUGGGGAAUACACUUGUGUUGCUACCAACAGCGUUGGGACUGCAUCCUGCAGAGCCAAACUCACUCUUCAAGAGCCAAGAUAUCCCCCUGUCUUUGAUAAAAAGCUGUCACCCAUGGUGGACAUUUCAGUGGGUGAUAGUGUGGAAUUGGAAUGUCACACGACUGGAUCUUUGCCAAUAAAAGUCACUUGGUCAAAGGAUCACAAAGAUAUUCGAUCAGGGGGAAAUUACAAGAUGUCCUGCGUGGAUAACACCCCACACCUUACUAUAUUGAAAGCAGCUAAAGCAGACUCUGGCCGCUACUUUUGCCAUGCCACUAAUGACAUUGGAAAGGACUCUUGUUCCACUGAAAUUACUGUCAAAGAGCGCAAAAUCCCACCUACCUUCACCAAAAAGCCUACAGAGACCCUUGAGGAUACAGAGGGAAAGAUGGUGAAAAUUGAGGCACGUUUGUCUGGUUCUCAGCCCAUGACCAUCAAUUGGUACAAAGAUGACAUUGAGAGGCACAGCUCUGAUCACUAUGACAUGUCCUUCAAGAGCAAUUUGGCUGUGUUGUGUAUCAAGAGCUCCGAAGUCUCAGACUGUGGCAGGUAUACCUGCAAAGCCACCAAUGAAGCUGGCACUGCCUCUUGCGAAGUGACAGUUACCAUAACUGAACACAAGAAGCCCCCUACAUUUGACCCCGCUCUCAAACCUGUCACGCUGACCGAGGGAGAGAACCUGCAUCUUAACUGCCAUGUCCAUGGAUCCCCUCCUAUGAAGAUUCAGUGGAUGAAGGACAGAAAAGACUUGAAAAACACUUCCAGCACUAAAAUAAUUUUUGCAGAUGACGUUGCCUCUUUGGAGGUCAUGCGCGUAUCAAAGAAUGAUGCAGGGGACUAUCUCUGCAAGGCAACCAAUGAAGCUGGUAGUGAAUUCUGCAAGGCCAAAAAAUCCAAAGCAGCACCUAAACCCGCUGAAGAGGAAUCAACAGCAGCACCAGUAAAGAAACUGGACAACUUGUUCUUCAUCGAGGAGCCCAAGCCUUGCCAUGUAGCCGAGAAGGGCACUGCAACGUUCAUCGCCAAGGUUGGAGGUGAUCCCAUUCCUAACGUGAAAUGGAUGAAGGGCAAGUGGAGGCAGAUCACUCAUGGUGGUCGCAUCACUAUUGAGCAGAAAGGCCCAGAUGCCAAGUUAGAGAUCAGAGAAAUAACAAAGUCUGACUCCGGACAGUACAGAUGUGUCGCAACUAACAAAGCUGGAGAAAUAGAAUGCAACACCGACAUGCAUGUUGAGGAAAGGAAAGAGGUGGUCGGAGUUGAGGGAGACUUCAGAGCUAAACUGAAGAAGACUCCAUCUAAGCAGAAGAGUCCCCAGGAAGAGAAAGACAUUGACAUUGUAGAGUUGCUCAGAAAUGUGGACCCUAAGGAGUAUGAGAAAUACGCCCGCAUGUAUGGAAUUACUGACUACCGUGGACUUCUUCAGGCCAUUGAGCAGCUGAAGAGGGAGAAAGCAGAAGAAAGUGGAAGACCGGAACCGGAGAGAGAGAGAGAAUCGGACGAGGAUUUGGCUGCUCUUGUGGCUGAUUUGCAAAAGAGAAUGGAACGUACUGAGCCUGUCACCGUGAAUAAGGACAUAACAGAUCAAUCUACAGUCACCAACAAGGUUGCCACCUUUGAGUGUGACAUCAAGAUCAACUUUCCAGAGAUCACCCUGUCCUGGUACAAGGGAACUCAGAAGCUUGACAACAAUGACAAAUACGAAAUCAACAUUGUUGGUGACCGUCACAUUCUGAAGAUCAAGCAGUGUCAAACCAAAGACCAGGGCAACUACCGUGUUGUAUGUGGCCCACAUAUCUCCAGUGCCAAAUUGACUGUUAUCGAGCCUGAGGUUGAGAAACAUCUGGAGGAAGUUGCGUGUAAGGAGGGGCAAACAUGUACACUGUCUUGCCAGUUUUCUAUCCCUAAUGUCAAAACACAGUGGUUUAAGAAUGGAAAGCUUUUAGAAAUGAAGGGCAGAUACUCGCAUGAGGUGGUCAACAAGAUUCAGAGGCUGUCGAUUAAAGACCUCCGACCAGAAGACCACGGACGCUAUACCUGCAGAUAUGACAACCUUGAAUCAACUGCAGAUCUAUGGGUUGAAGCUGAACAAAUUCACUUCACCAAACGUAUCCAGAACAUUGUGGUGGGCGAACGCCAAGCAGCCACCUUCGAAUGCGAGGUGUCUUUCGACAAUGCCAUCGUUACAUGGUACAAAGACACUUGGGAACUCAGAGAGUGCCCAAAGUAUAACUUCAGAAGCGAAGGCAGAAGACACUUUAUGAUAAUCUGCAAUGUAACCAAUGAAGAUGAAGGCGUUUACUCGGUCAUUGUGAGGUUGGAGCCCAGAGGGGAAGCUAAAAGCACAGCUGAGCUUUAUCUUUCAGACAAAGCCCCGAGAGUACCUGUUGAGGAGGAGUCCGUCCAGAGUAAGAAGGUUGGAAUGAGGGAGGAAAUGCCACAAAAAGUACCUGAAGCCAAAAAGCCAGUGGAGGAGAAGAUAACUGCAGAGGUUGUCCCAGAGAAACUUCCCUCUCCAAAAGAUGUCCCUCAAGCUGUACCCCAUGUUGCGGAGCCAAAAGCUGAGCCAAAACCAGAGCCUAAAGUUUCACCUGUGGCUAAGGUUGAACCUGAACCGAAGGGUGCACCUAUAAAGAAACCAGAGUGUCCACCAUCCAAAGUACCAGCAGAGAAGAAGGAAUCACCUCCACAACCUGUUGAACCACUUACAAAGAAAGUGUCUCAGCUAGAGAAAACUGUUGUUGCUGAAGGGGUGAAAGAAUCUGAGCCAUUUGGAAAGAAAGUGGCUAAACCAGAGUCUAAGCCAGAAAUCAAGCCAAAGUCCAAGCCAGAGAAGAUAGCUAUUGCUGAAAAGCCUGCUGAGGCACUUGUAAAGAAAGUGUCUACGCCAGAGUCUAAGUCAGAACCUAGGUCAGAACCUAAGCCAGAACCUAAGCCAGAACCUAAGCCAGAGGCUAAGACAGAGGCUAAGACAGAGCCUAAACCUAAACCAGAGGAUAAACCAGAGCCUAAGGUCAAACCAGACCCUAAACCAGAGUAUAAACCAGAGGUUAAGCUAGAGGCUAAACCAGAGAAGAAGGAUGCUACUGAAGUAGGGGUGAAAGAAUCACCUCCACAGCCCACUGUGGUGUUGAAGACAGAGCCUAAGCCUAAACUAGAGGCCAAGCCAGAGCCUAAGGCUAAGCCAGAGCCUAAACAAGAGGCUGAGCCAGAGGCUAAAGUAGACACUAAGCCUAAAUCAGAGCCUAAACUAGAGGCUAAGCCAGAGCCUAAACCUAAACCAGAGUCUAAACCAGAGGUUAAGCUUGAGGCUAAACCAGAGAAGAAGGAUGUUACUGAAGUGGGGGUGAAAGAAUCACCUCCACAGCCCACUGUGGUGUUGAAGACAGAGCCUAAGCCUAAACUAGAGGCCAAGCCAGAGCCUAAGGCUAAGCCAGAGCCUAAACAAGAGGCUGAGCCAGAGGCUAAAGUAGACACUAAGCCUAAAUCAGAGCCUAAACUAGAGGAUAAAAUAGAGUCUAAGCCAGAGCCUAAACCAGAGGUUAUGCCAGAGCCUAAGCCUAAACCAGAAUCUAAGCCUAAACCAGAGGCUAAACCAGAGCCUAAGUCUAAACCAGAGUCUAAGCUUGAAUCUAAACCAGAGGCUGAGCCAGAGGCUAAAAUAGAGCCUACACCUAAAUCAGAGCCUAAGCUAGAGGCUAAAAUAGAGGCUAAGCCAAAACCUAAACCAGAUGUUAAGCUUAAACCUAAGCCAGAGGCUAAACCAGAGCCUAAAUCUAAACCAGAGUCUAAGCUUGAACCAAAACCAGAGGCUGAGCCAGAGGCUAAAAUAGAGACUAAGCCUAAAUCAGAGCCUAAGCUAGAGGCUAAAAUAGAGGCUAAGCCAAAGCCUAGACCAGAUAUUAAGCUUAAGCCUAAGUCAGAGGCUAAACCAGAGCCUAUAUCUAAACCAGAGUCUAAGCUUGAACCUAAACCUGAGGCUAAACCAGAGAAGACUGUUGUUACUGUAGGGGUGAAAGACUCACCUCCACAGCCCCCUGAGCCAAUUGUAAAGAAAGUGACUACACCAGAGAAGACUGUAGUUGCUGAGGAGGUGGAAGAAUCACCUCCAAUGCCACUUGUAAGGAAAGUGGCUAAACCAGAGUCGAAGCCAGAGAAGAAGGCUAUUACUGAAGAUGUGUUUCUUUCAAGUGAAGAAGAUGUUGCAACUCGAAAAGUACCAGCAAAGGAGAAGGAAUCACCCCUACAACCUGUUCGACCACUUACAAAGAAAGUGCCUAAACCAGAGAAAACAGUUGUUGCUGAGGAGGUGAAAGAAUCACCCCCAAAACCGGCUGAGCCACUUGUAAAGCGAGUGUCUUUAGCAGAGUCUAAGCCAGAGAAAACUAUUGCUGAAGAGGUGAAAGAAUCACCUCUUAAGCCGAUUGAGCCACUGGCUAAGAAAUUAUCUAAACCAGAGUCUAAGCCAGAGACCAAGCCAGAGAAGGUGGCAAAGAAAACAGCUAUUGCUGAAGAGGUGAAGGAAUCACCUCCAAAGCCCACUGAGCCACUUCCUAAAAAAGUGCCUAAGCCAGAGACUAUGGUUAUUGCUGAGGUAGAAUCUCCACCAAAGCCUACUGAGCCACUUGCAAAGAAAGUCGCUAAGACAGAGACUACGCCAGAGAAGACAGCUAAUGCUGAAGAAGAUGUUCCCAAAAAAGCAAAGGAAUCACCUCCAAAGCCUGCUGAGCCUCUUGCAAAGAAAGUGCCUGCACCAGAGAAAACAGCUAUUUCUGAACAGGUGGAGUCACCUCGAAAGCCUGCUGAGCCACUUCUUAAGAAAGUGUCUUUGCCAGAGUCUAAGCCUGAGCCUAAGUCUGAGCCUAAGCCAGAGAAGAAGGCUGUUGCUGAGCCUCCAAAACCAGCGGAGCCACUUGUGAAGAAAGUCUCUAAACCAGAGAAGAAGGCUGUUGCUGAAGUGGUGUCAAGUGAAGAUGUUGCUGCCCAAAAAGGUGAAGGCAAGCAGGCACCUGGACCUGCUAAGAAAGUUCUCCGACAAAAAGCAAAAAUUCAUGUUGAGAAAGAAGAAACACUUGUACUGCCAACCUUGAAGAAAACAACCAGGAUAUCCAAAGAUGUGGAGCAAGAACAGGAGAUUAUAUCACUGAAGAAAGUGCCUUCAGUCCCCUUUGAAGAUCAGCCAGCGCCACCAAAGAAACCUCCUCCGAAAAUUACGAAGCAUACAAUCCAUGACUUUGAAGAGAGAGUGUAUGAAGAAGUUGAAGUAACAGUGUAUGAAAGAUAUGAGGCAGAGCAAAUCAGCAAGACAGAUAAAAUCAGCCAGAUACCUGAUGGAGCUAAAGUAAAGACACCUAAAGAGGUUGAAACAAAAGACUCAACUGAGGACAAAUGGUCUCGGAAGACCAUCCCCAAAGCUGAAAAAGAAGAGGACAAAAUGACUUUGAAGAAAACUCCCAAGGGUGUGAAAGAAGAGGAACCAACAGACCCCAGUUUAGCCCUAAAGAAAGUGUCCAGAUUGCCAUCAGAUGAAAAAGGAGAAGAAACUGUGAAGUUAAAACCGUUCCAAAAAUCUCCUAAAGCAGGAACCGUUGAGCCAGAGAAGGACAAGUACAAAGAUAAGGAAUCUGGGGCUUUCAAAAGAGGUGAGAGACCAUCAAGAGAUGAAGACAUCAAAGAACCUGUUGAUCAUAAGAAAGCUGAUAGAGUUCCUAGUGCUAAAGAAGAGUCACAGGCAGUCGAAUUAAAACCAGUGACCAAAGUUCCUGAAGAUGAACAAGUCCAGGAUUCGGACAAACCACUGACAAAGGUGAAAAGGAUUCCAACACAGGAGCAAGAGAAGGAAGAUGUUAAAUUGAAGCCAUUUUCAAAGUCACCUAAAGCUGACACUGAAGCUGUGAAGCCUGAGAAGGAGCCUGAGAAGAAGAAAGAUGCUCAAAAAAUCCUUCAACAAAAGCCAAGUCCUCCAAAGACAGCACCCGUAAAGAAAAUGGAAAAGAGUCCUAAAGAGGAAGAGCCAGUACAGUUAAAAAAGGUUGAGCAGGUGCCAAAGGAACAAGAGGACAAAGAAAAAGAUAAACCCUCAAAGCAUGAAGAGACACUUAAGAAAAUGGUAGAACUGAAAAAGACUCCUUCACCUAAGGUUGAAAAACCAAAGCCAAAAGAAAUAGAAAAAAUUACUAUGGAGAGGAAGCCCAGUGCAGAAAGGACCAAAAAGCUACCCAAAGAAGUUUCACCAAAAGAUUCAUUUGAAGGUGUUACCCUCAAAAAAGUUCCAAAGAAAUCACCACAAGAGGAAACUGAUGGAGCACCACUGAAGAAGGUGCUGGCAAUGAAAGAGCUUUCCCCUAAAGCUGUACAGUUACGAAAGAUCUCGACUCAGCUGGAGGAGGAAGUAUUUGAGGAGGAGCCAGAUGUUGAGGAGGAAUCUGACAGUGAAGGUUGGGGAUGGGAACUUGCCCCUCGUGAUAGUCCUGGAUCCACAGAAGAUUUGGGAGAGGAAGGUGAUGCACUUGGAAUGCCAAGACGAGCAGGCAAAACCCCAUCCCCUGGUGAAGGCAGGGGUAGAGGACUGAAACCCGGUGGUGGAGGAGACAAACCACCCGAUGCUAAUCCUUUCGGGUUCCAGCUUAAAGCAGUUCCACUGAAGUUCACAAAACCGCUCAAAGACAUAGUGUUACAAGAAGGUGACGCUGUUGGUGCUUCUGCUACGUUUGAGUGUGAGGUUUCACCUUCUACUGCAGUAACUACAUGGAUGAAAGAUGACAGCAACCUAAGAGAGAGUCCAAAACACAAAUUCACCUCUGAUGGCAAAGAUCGCAGACUAGCCAUUAUUGACGUCCAACUUUCUGACACUGGAGAAUAUACCUGUGUGGCCAAGCUGGGCAACAAGGAAAAGACAACGACUGCUAAACUCAUUGUUGAAGAACUGCCCGUGAAGUGGGUGAAGGAGCUGGAUGAGGAGACGUCAGUCCUGAAGGGGCAGCCUAUGUACCUGACCUGUGAGUUGAACAAGGAGAGAGAAGUGACCUGGAUGAAGAGUGGUAAGGUCCUCAAAGUAAUCCCUGGAAAGGUGGCCAUCAACGUCAUUGGAAUGCAACAAGCCGUUACGAUCCAGAACACGGGCGAUGACGACGCUGGAAUCUACGCAUGCGAGUGUGAACUCAUCAGGACCAAAACAACUGUCAAAAUCAUUGAAAUUAUCAGAGACUGGUUGGUGAAACCAUUGAGAGAUCAGCAUGUGAAACCCAAGGCCAAUGCCACUUUCAAGUGUGAGCUCUUCAAAGAAACCCCCAACUGGAAGUUUUUCAAAGGCAACGAUGAGAUUACUAAUGAUCCUACUGACAAGACUGAGAUCAAGAAAGAAGGAAAAGUCUUGACUCUCACAAUAAAGAAUGCACAGCCCGACGAUAUCGGAGAAUAUGCCAUGGAAGUUGAAGGUCACAGAUACACAGCUAAACUGACUCUUGGAGAACGUGAAGCUCAGAUCUUGAAGCCUCUCUCCAGUUGUGAGGUGGUCGAGAAAGAGGAUGUUACAUUUGAAACGGAGAUAUCUGAAGAGGAUGUGCCUGGAGAAUGGAAACAUAGAGGGCAGGUCUUAACAAGAUCACCGACAUGUGAGAUCAAAAUGGAGGGCAAGAAACGUUUCCUAACUCUGAAAAGUGUUCCACUGGACGCGUCUGGUGAAGUGUCUUACACAGCUCUGAAUGCUGUCACUAGUGCUGUGCUCACAGUCAAGGAACUGGAAAUGGACUUCACAGUCCCCUUGAAGGACGUGUCUGUACCUGAAAAGAAACAGGCUAUGUUUGAGUGUACUAUCACAAAGGAUGUGCCUAAAGUCAUGUGGUUUAAGGGUUCUGACACCAUUGGUACAUCAGACAAAAAAUAUGAAAUUAUCAAUGAUGGAAAAAAACACAUGUUGGUCAUUAACAAUUGUGAGUUUGAUGAUGAGGGAAUUUACAGUAUUGAAGCCUCUGGCAAAAAGUCAACUGCUACACUCACUGUGGAGGGUAUGAGGCUCAAAUUUGAAUUGCCACUUCAGGAUCAAACUGAGAAGGAAGGUAACACUGCUCGGUUUGAGCUUGAGCUCUCUCAUGAGAAUGUACCUGUGACAUGGUACAAAAAUGAAACCAAACUCCAUGUGAGCCGAACCGUGCUCAUCUAUAGUCGUGGAAAGAAACAUACACUAGAAAUCAAGGAGUUGACUCUAGAUGAUAUCUGCCAGAUUAAGGCAGAGGCUAAAGGAAUUCCCUCAAUGGCAAACCUGACGGUGAUAGAGGGUGAUGCAUACUUCGUAGUGAAGUUGCAGGAUUAUACUGCAGUCGAGAAAGACGAAGUAACUCUGGACUGUGAACUCAGCAAAGAUGUCCCAGUCAUGUGGUACCAUAAUGAGACUGAAAUUAAGGCCUCUAAGAUGGUAACCAUAAGUGCUGAAGCGAAUCGAAGAGUGUUGUCCAUUAAGAAAGUGGAUGACAGAGAUAAGGGACAAUACAUAUGUGAUUGUGGAACGGACAAAACCCUGGCAAAUAUUAACAUCGAGGCUCGAGAUAUAAAGAUAACUCGCCCAAUGUAUGGCGUUGAGGUCUUUGAUGGUGAGACCGCUCGUUUUGAGGUAGAAAUCUCUGAAGAUGAUGUCCAUGGCCAGUGGAAACUGAACGGAGAAGUCCUUACUCAAUCCCCUGACAUUGAAAUCAUAGAGGACGGUGCAAAGCACACGUUGAUAUUGUACAACCUCAAGGCCCCCUUGUCAGGGGAGAUUGGAUUUACAGCUGCCAAUGCUAAAUGUGUUGCUAAUCUGAAAGUGAAAGAGAGUCCUAUUACAUUUGUCACACCUUUGAGUGAUGUGCAAGUGUAUGAAAAGGAUGAGGCCAGAUUUGAGUGUGAGGUGUCAAGAGAACCCAAGAGCUUCCGUUGGUUCAAGGGAUCUCAUGAGUUGACAGCUGAUGAUAAGUUUGAUAUUACCCAUGAGGGAAAAAGACACACUCUGGUGGUCAAAUCUGCCGCAUAUGAGGAUGAAGCUAAGUACAUAUUUGAGGCAGAGGACAAGAGAACCACUGGCAAACUAGUUAUCCAAGGAAUUCGCCUUGAGUUUGUCAAGCCCAUUAAGGAUGUCACUGUCAAGGAGCGUGAGACGGCAGAGUUCAGUAUUGAACUCUCACAUGACAACAUCCAGGUCACCUGGUACAAGAACGGUGUGCGUUUGCAUCCCAGCAAAGUUGUGCACAUGUCAGACGAUGGCACGAUGCACAAAUUGACCUUCAAGGAGGUGUCCAUUGAUGACACGUCAAUGAUCAAAGUAGAAGCCAUGGGCAAAAGCUCAGAGGCCAUGCUCACAGUCCUCGAGGGAAAGCCUUACUUCACGACAAAACUGCACGACUACUCAGUCACUGAGAAGGAUGAACUGACAAUGGUUUGUGAACUGAGCAAGCCCAAUGCAGAGGUGAAAUGGUUCAAAGGUGGCCAGCAAAUCACUCCCUCCAAGAAUGUGGCCAUCAAAGCCGAUGGAAAGAGGCGUAUGCUGAUCAUUAAGAAGACAGAGAAAGCCGACAUUGGAGAAUACACCUGUGAUUGUGAUUCGGAUAAAACUACGGCCAAGCUCAACAUUGAAGAGCGUGACAUUAAGUUUGUCAGGCCCCUGUACAGCGUGGAAGUCACAGAAACUGAAAUUGCCAAGUUUGAGACUGAGAUCUCUGAGGAGGAAGUACAUGGUCACUGGAAACUCAAGGGAGAGGCCCUUCAUCAGUCUGCUGUAAGAAAAUAUCCAUAUUAUUAUUACUUGACUGUUUGUGUAUUAUCUUUCAAGGACUGUGAGAUUAAGGAGGAGGGUACAAGGCAUGUGCUGAUCCUGUACAACGUUCGCAUGGAUCAGGCCGGAGAAGUUGACUUCCAGGCUGCCAAUGCUAAAUCCAAUGCUCAGCUUAGAGUUAAAGCGCGAGUGAUCGGCCUGCUGCGGCCUCUCAAGGAUGUAACUGUUACUGCCGGGGAGACCGCCACUUUCGACUGUGAACUGUCAUAUGAAGGAAUUGCUGUGGAAUGGUUCCUAGGGGGUGCAAAGUUGGAGCCAAGUGACAGAGUGGUCACCCGAGCAGAAGGCAAAACUCACACUCUGACUCUCAGAGAUGUCAAGAUUUCAGAGGAUGGGGAAGUUAAACUCACUGCAAAGGAUUUCCAGAUUGAGGCCAGACUACAUGUGAAUGAGCCACCAAUUGAGUUCAGCAAGCCUCUGGAGGACCAGACAGUUGAAGAAGAGGCUACUGCUACUUUGGAGUGUGAAGUCUCCAGAGAAAAUGCUGAGGUCACGUGGUUCCAGGACGGACAGGAGAUACGCAAAACUAAGAAAUAUGACAUUGUUGCCGAUGGCCGCAAGAGAAGACUAAUCAUUCAUGGCUGCACUCUUGAUGAUUCAAAAACAUAUACCUGCGACGCCUCAGAAUUCAAAACCUCUUGCUUCCUUAACGUUGAACCUCCACAUGUUGAGUUCUCUACGCCACUCCAUGAUGUUGAGGUCAAAGAAAAGGACUCUGCCAGAUUUGAAUGUGAAGUAUCUCGCGAAAAUGUCAAGGUCCGUUGGUUGAAGGACAGCAGUGAAAUCAGAAAGGGAAAGAAAUAUGAAAUAAUUGCCGAAGGUCGCCAACACAUUCUCAUCAUCCACAAAUCAGUGUUCGAUGAUGAAGCAGAAUAUGAAUGUGAUGCAAAGGUCUCCAAAUCCUCCGGCAUGCUUACAGUCAUUGAGGAAGAGGCUAGGUUCACCAGGAACCUGUCUAACGUGGAGGGAACAGAAACAGACAGCGUGAAGAUGAUUUGUGAAGUGUCAAAGGCCGAUGCUGAUGUCAUGUGGUAUAAAGGAGACCAGGAACUGCCAGAGGGAGGAAGAUACGAUCAGAUCGUAGAUGGCAGGAAGAGGAUACUCAUCAUUCAGGAUCUCAAAACAGAUGAUGCUGGAGAGUACCAUUGCAAAUUGUCCAGCUCACAGACAACUGGAAACCUGAAAAUAAAUGAACUGGCUGCUGAGUUUAUCUCCAAGCCUCAGAGUCAGGAGGUGGUUGAGGGAGAAAAGGCUGAGUUUGUCUGCUCAGUCUCUAAAGACACAUUCAUUGUCAAAUGGAUGAAGGAUGAUCAGGAGCUAGAAAAAGGGGACAAGUACGACAUUGUCUGUGAUGGCAAGAGAAGAAUACUUGUUAUCAAGAACUCUGAACCCAAGGAUGAGGGAGCCUAUGUUGCCCUCAUUGGUACCACCAGAGCUACAGCUGACCUGUUUGUUCUUGAAAAACUCAGGAUCAUUACACCAAUCAAAGACACAGAAGCUAAAGAGGGACAAGAGAUGGUCUUCAACUGUGAGGUGAACUCUGAGGGAGCUAAAGCUAAGUGGCUGAAGAACGAUGAGACCAUGUUUGAGAGCAGCAAGUUCGUCAUGAUCCAGAAAGACAACGUGUUCUCUCUGAGGAUCAAGGAUGCUGAGAAGUCAGAUGAAGGGAACUAUACUAUUACAUUGACAAACCACCGUGGUGAACAUGCCAAGAGCUCUGGCAAACUUACUGUAAAAGAGGAGAGUCUGAAGAUCAUUGUACCUCUUGAGGACUGCGACACACAGGAAAAGAAGACUGUUAGCUUCUCUUGCAAGGUCAACAGGCUGAAGGUUACUCUGAAAUGGAUGAAGGCUGGUCAGGAGAUCACACUCAGCAAACGCAUCCUCUACAGGGUGGACCAAUACAAGCACACACUGACCAUCAAGGACUGUACUCUUGCUGAUGAGGGUGAAUACACCGUCAUGGCUGGUGAUGACAAGUCUACAGCUGAGAUGAUCAUCAGCGAAGCCCCCACUGACUUCUCCGCACAACUCAAAGACCAGACCAUCACUGAGUUUGAGGAUGCUGAGUUCACCUGCAAACUCACCAAGGAGAAGGCUGAGGUGAAAUGGUACAGGAAUGGACGUGAGAUCAGAGAGGGACCCAGGUACAUCUUUGAAAAAGAGGGCAAGACCUGCAGGCUGCGUAUCAAGGAGUGCAGACCAGAUGAUGAGUGUGAAUAUUCUUGUGGCGUCGAUGAAAGGAGAUCACAUGCCCAACUCUUUGUUGAAGAGACCGCAGUUGAGAUUGUCAGACCACCUCAGGAUGUGUUUGAGCCUCCAGGCUCUGAUAUUGUGUUUGAGGUGGAGCUCAACAAAGAUAGAGUUGAGGUCAAAUGGUUGAGGAACAACAUGACCAUUGUCCAGGGUGACAAGUACCAGAUGAUGAGCGAGGGCAAGAUCCACAGACUCCAGGUGUGUGAGAUCAGGCCUCGUGACCAGGGAGAGUACAGAAUCAUCGCCAAAGACAAGGAUGCCAGAGCCAAGCUGGAACUGGCAGCUAAGCCAAAUAUCAAGACUAUGGAUCAGAGCUUAGUAACAGACGCUGGAAAGCCCAUCGUCAUGUUCGUGCCCUACAGCGCGUAUCCUAAAGCUGAGGCUGAGUGGUUCUAUGAUAACGUCAGCCUGCCCAAGGACAACAUCCACACCGUUGGGGACAGCACAGAGUACAGGCUGAAGGACCCUAAGAAGUCCGAUCAGGGACAUUACAAGGUUAUCAUCAAGAACAAACACGGACAGGGAGAGGCAUUCAUUAAUCUGGAUGUCAUUGAUGUCCCUGGACCUGUGAAGAGCCUUCACGUGGUUGACACCGCCGAUGGUGAGGUCAGCCUGGUCUGGGAAGAGCCAGAGAGCGAUGGUGGCAGCAAGAUCAUUACAUACUUGGUGGAGAGGCGUGAUGUCAAGCGCAAGACAUGGACUCUUGCAACUGACCGCUCCGACGCUCCAGAAUACACUGUCACCGGACUCCAGAGGGAAUCCAUGUACCUAUUCCGUGUUUGUGCUCGCAACAGAGUGGGCAGUGGACCAAAUGUUGAGACAGAGAAACCUGGUGUUUAUGCCAAGAACAAGUUUGAUGUUCCUGAUGCUCCUCAGGAUGUGAGUGUUGGAAACGUGAGUAAGUUUGGUGCCACAGUCUCCUGGGAAAAACCAGUGUCUGACGGAGGGUCUGAGAUCACAUCCUACAUCAUUGAGUCCCGUGACAGGACCUCUGUGAAGUGGGCUGUGGCUAUGAUCACUAAAGCAACAGAUCGCAGCGCGAUCAUCAACGAUGUCAUUGAGAACAAGGAAUACAUAUUUCGUGUCAUGGCUGAAAACAAGGCUGGCAUUGGCAAACCAAGUGCUGCUACCAAUCCAGUUAAGAUCAUGGACCCCAUUGAGAGGCCAAGCCCACCACAGAACCUGGUACCCUCAGAGCAGAACAAGAACUCAGUCCAGCUGACAUGGGAGAUCCCAUUGAAGAAUGGAGGCAGCAUGAUCACUGGCUACAUCAUUGAGAGAUGUGAGGACGAAACAGACCAUUGGCUCAGAUGCAAUGCCAGGCUCUGCCAGGAUCUCACAUACAAGAUAUCUGGCCUGAAAUAUGGUAAAAAAUACAACUACAGGGUGAUGGCUGAGAAUGCAGCUGGAGUGUCUGACCCAUCCAACACACUGGGACCCAUGCUGGCUGAUGAUACACAUGUUGGCCCCACAAUGGACCUGAGUGGAUUCAAGGAUGGCCUGGAGGUCAUUGUUCCUUAUCCCCUUACUAUCCGUGUCCCUAUCUCUGGAUAUCCCACACCAAACGCAAAGUGGAGCUUCGCUGAUAAGGAACUCACUGCUGGUGAACGUGUGUCCAUGAUUACAAAGAGUACUUACGUAGAACUGACCAUCACUCCAAGUGUGCGUCCAGACAGAGGUGUAUACACUCUUACUCUGGAGAAUGAUAUUACCAGUUGCUCCGGAGAGAUUGAAGUCAACGUUAUCGCAUCCCCAAGUGCACCCAAAGACUUCAAGGUUGCCGAGGUGACCAGACAGCAUGUGCACCUGAUGUGGGAGGCGCCAGAGCAUGAUGGAGGAAGCCCUCUGACUGGCUACCAGAUUGAGAAACGUGACAUAUCCCGCAAGACCUGGGUCAAGGUGAUCACUGGUGUUCAAGACCAGGAGUUCACUGUCACUGAUGUCGUUGAGGGUAAAGAAUAUCUGUUCAGGGUUACUGCCUGCAACAAGUGUGGCCCAGGAGAGCCUGCCUACAUUGACGAGCCAGUCAAUGUGUCCUCCCCUGCCACCGUGCCAGACCCACCUGAGAACCUGAAAUGGAGGGACAAGUCAGCUUCUGGCAUCUUCCUGACCUGGGAACCACCCAAGUGGGACGGCGGUACUGGAAUCAAGGGCUACAACAUAGAAAGGUGCCAGCGUGGCACAGACAAGUGGGAGUCCUGCGGAGAUCAGGUCCCUGAGUUGAAAUUGCAAGUGACUGGUCUCAUUGAGGGACAGUGGUACGCCUACCGUGUGAAGGCCUUGAACAGACUGGGUGCCAGCAAACCCUGCAAGGCUACAGAUGAGAUUUUGGCUGUUGAUCCUAACGACCCCCCAGAGAUUCUUCUGGAUGUUAAAUGUCUUGCUGGACUCACCGCCAAAGCUGGCUCUAAGAUUGAGCUUCCAGCUGAUGUUCUUGGAAAGCCCGUACCUAAAGUAAAAUGGACCAAGGGUGACAUGGUUCUGAAGGGUGACGAUAGAGUUUCUAUUGACGACAAGCCUGGUCACUCCGUUGUUACUAUCAGCAAGACAACAAGAGAGGACACAGCUACCUACAUCAUUGAAGCACACAACAGCUGUGGCCGUGCUACUGCAACCGUUGACGUCAACAUUCUAGAUAAGCCUGGUCCUCCAGCUGCGUUUGAUAUCUCUGAGAUCACCAACAAGUCCUGUUUCCUGGCCUGGAACCCUCCCAGAGAUGACGGAGGUGCAAAGGUCACUAACUACAUAGUGGAGAGGAGAGCCGCAGAAAGCGAGAUCUGGCACAAGCUCUCCUCCACUGUCAAAGAGACCAACUUCAAGGCCCUCGACCUGACGGCUUUCAAGGAAUACAUCUUCAGAGUGUUUGCUGAGAACCAGUUUGGUAUUGGUGUGCCAGCGGAACAUGUGCCAAUCAUUGCCAGAUAUGCCUUUGAUUCUCCUGGUGCGCCAACCAAGCUGGAGCCUUCUGAUAUUGUUAAAGAUGGCCUGACUCUGAAUUGGUAUGAGCCUGAAGAGGAUGGUGGCAGUCCUAUCACUGGGUACUGGGUUGAGAGGUUUGAACCAGACCAGAACAGAUGGAUCAGAUGCAACAAGAUCCCAAUCAGAGACACAACAUUCAGAGUCAAAGGACUACCCACAAGGAAGAAGUAUAAGUUCAGAGUCUUGGCUGAGAAUCUCGCCGGACCUGGAAAACCAAGCAAGGAAACUGACCAGAUCUUGGUCAAGGAUCCUAUUGAUCCUCCAUGGGCUCCUGGUAAGCCAACCGUCAAAGACGUGGCCAAGACCUCUGCCUUCCUACAGUGGACCAAGCCUGAGCAUGACGGUGGUGCCAAGAUCGAGGGCUACAUCAUUGAGCUCCUGAAGAGUGGAACUGAGCAGUGGGUCCGUGUUUCAGAAGGAAUCAAUAUCCUGGAGCACUUCCUGAGAGGCCUGAUGGACAGACAGGAGUACUCCUUCAGGGUCAUUGCAGUCAACAUCGCUGGGGAGAGUGAUCCCAGCGAGCCUAGCGAUCCAGUUCUGUGCAAGGAGAGACUCAAUCCUCCUACACCCCCACGCUGGCUGGAUGUCAUCAACAUUUCCAGUAACAGUGCUGAGCUGAAGUGGACAGUACCAGAGAAGGAUGGUGGUUCACCCAUCACCAACUACAUUGUUGAGAAGAGGGACGUCAGGCGUAAGGGCUGGCAGGCAGUGGACACUACUGUGAAGGAGCUGAAGUACACUGUCACUCCACUGAAUGAAGGCUCCCUCUAUGUGUUCCGUGUGGCUGCUGAGAAUGCUGUUGGACCCAGUGAAUUCUGUGAACUGGAAGACUCCAUUAUGGCUAAAGAUACUUUCACUACCCCUGGACCACCAUAUAAUCUCUCUGUCCAUGGAGUGUCAAAGAGACAUGUUGACUUGCAGUGGGACGCCCCCAAGAAUGAUGGUGGCAAACCAGUUCUGAGAUACUCAAUUGAAAAGAAGGAGAAACUGGGCACCCGCUGGGUGAAGUGUGGUAAGACCUCAGGUGCUGACUGCAAGUACAGAGUGACAGACGUCAUUGAAGGAACCGAGGUUCAGUUCCUGGUUCGUGCUGAGAAUGAGGCCGGUGUUGGACACCCUAGUGAACCAACAGAAAUCAUUGCUAUUGAAGAUCCAACAGGUGUACCCUCUCCUCCAAUUGAGCUUCACAUCACUGAAGCCAGCAGAGACCAUUUGUGUAUUGCUUGGAGACCACCAGAGAGAACUGGCGGCAGCCCUGUAACUGGCUACCAUAUCGAGCUCUGUGAGGCUGGUACUGAGAAGUGGAUGAGAAUCAAUUCUCGCCCAAUCAAGGAGCUCAAAUACAAAACAGAGGAGGGCAUCAUCCCAGAGAAACAAUACGUCCUGAGAGUCCGUGCCAUAAACUCUGUUGGAGUUAGUGAGCCAUCUGAUAUCUCUGAGAAGGUCUAUGCCAAGGACUCUGACUGCAUCCCAAUCCUUGAGUUCCAGACUAAGGACAUUGUGAUUGUUGAGGGAGAGAAGUGGUAUCUCCCCAUCCCAUUCAGAGCAGUGCCCAAACCCAAGAUCACCUGGCACAAAGACGGAAAGGAGCUGAAGGACGAUGAGAGAAUGACCUUCAGACAGGAGUACCUCUCCUGCCAUCUGGAGAUCGAGAGCUGUCUGCAUGCAGACGCCGGCCAGUACAAGGUCACACUGGAGAACUCCUUGGGAACUAGCAGCGGAACAAUCAAUGUUAAAGUUGUUGGCCUGCCCGGUCCCUGCAAAGACAUUGUUGCCAGUGAAAUCACCAAGAGCUCUUGCAAGAUUUCCUGGGAUCCUCCCAACUAUGAUGGUGGCAGCCCUGUUCUCCACUAUGUGCUACAGCGCAGAGAGGCAGGCCGGAGGACCUAUGUCAACAUGAUGUCUGGAGAGAACAAAGUCAGCUGGCCCGUCAAGGAUCUGAUCCCCAAUGGAGAGUACUACUUCCGGGUCAAAGCUGUCAACAAGAUUGGUGGUGGGGAGUACCUUGAGCUCCGCAACCCCGUGAUCGCAGAGGAUCAGAAACAGCGCCCUGACCCUCCAUUAGAUGUUGAGACCCACAACCCUACUUCUAAGACUAUCACCCUCACAUGGAAACCACCUAUGUAUGAUGGGGGCUGCAAGAUUAUGGGCUACGUUCUGGAGAUGAUGAUGAAGGGUGAUGAGAACUUCACAAGAUGCAACGACUUCCUUGUGCCUGUGCUGUCCUACACAGUGAGGAAUCUCAGGGAGGGAAAACAAUACCAGUUCCGUGUACGAGCUGAGAACGCUGCCGGAGUCAGCGACCCAUCACGCAGCACACCAAUAGUGAAGGCUUCUGAUGCUGUUGAAACACCCAAGGUGUUCCUCAGUGGAAGCCUGCAGUCCGGUAUGAGCAUUAAGAGAGGUGCUGAGAUCAGACUGGACGCCAACAUCUCUGGAUCCCCAUACCCUCAAAUCACAUGGUAUAGGAACGACGUGGUCAUCAGACCUGAAGCCAUGAAGAAGAGACCAGAGAAACCCUUUGUUAAGAAGAAGGAGGUGAAGAAGGAGGAAAAGAAGGAAGUGAAGGAAGGAGAAAAGAAGGAAGUCAAGGAGGGAGAGGUUGAGACUCCAGCUGCAGAGGCCCCAGCUGCAGAGCCUGCCCAUGAAGAGCCUGAGGAGGAACUCCCUGACUACCCAACCCUCCAGGAACGUCUCACCAUCCAUGACAAGAAGAGGGGAGAAUCCUCUUGCAUUGUCAGGGACACCAUCAGGGGUGACCAUGGCGUGUACACUAUCAAGGUCGAGAACGACCAUGGUAUUGCCUCUGCAACUUGUGAAGUCAAUGUGCUAGAUGCACCUGGUCCUGCAAUCAACUUCAGGUUUGAGGAGAUCAGGAAGAACUCUGUCAUCUGCAAGUGGGAUCCUCCCAUGGAUGAUGGUGGCAGUGAGAUACUGAACUACACAUUGGAAAGGAAGGACAACUCCAAGGUGGAGAUCGGAUGGAUCACCGUAACCUCAACGCUCAGAGGAUGUAGAUACCCAGUGACCAAACUGAUAGAGAAGAAGGAGUACAUCUUCCGUGUCACUGCUGAGAACAAGUUUGGUCCUGGACCACCAUGUAUCUCUAAGCCAAUUAUUGCCAAGGAUCCAUUUGACCCACCAGAGGCUCCAGAGAAGCCUGAGAUUGACGGCAUCACAGCCAACUCCAUGCUGGUUACCUGGGAGGCGCCAAAUGACAUGGGCAGCCCCAUCCUUGGUUACUGGGUGGAGCGUCGUGAGAUCAACAGCACCCAUUGGACCAGAGUCAACCGGGUAAUUUUGGAGGAUACAGAAAUGAAUGUGGAAGGCCUACUGGAGGGUCUGACAUAUAUCUUCAGGGUGGCUGCUGAGAACCAAGCUGGGCCUGGGAAGUUCAGCGUCCCGUCUGAUCCCAUGACAUGCCAGGAUCCAAUCUUGCCACCUGGACCACCGUUCCCAAGAAUCCUUGACACCACUGAGUCUUCCAUUGAUGUGGAAUGGGAUCCUCCUGCCUCCAAUGGAGGUGGAGACAUCCUGGGAUACCAUGUUGACAAGACCCUAGCAGGCACCAAUGACUGGUCCCGCUCCACAGAGAGACCCUGGAAGACCCGGGCCUUCACUGUGUAUGGAGUCAGAGAAGGAGCCAAGUACCUGGUCCGUGUGAUCGCAGUCAAUGGAGCUGGUGAAGGAACUCCUGGCUUGACUGAAUCAGUCUUUGUCAGAGAUCCUAAAGAGGCUCCAGUGGUAGAGUUGGAUCUCACUGUGAGGAAUGGCGUAAUGAUCAGAGCUGGGGAGCCACUGAUUCUGCCUGCCCUGGUCACUGGUAAACCUCCUCCAGACAUCAAAUGGACCAAAGAUGACGGUCCACCUGAAAAAGACCAUGUCCAGAUAGAAAAUGUUGGAAAGGAAAGCACUCUCAGUAUCAAGGCCGCCACGAGAAAGGAUCCUGGCAAAUACCAGAUCAGUGCAAGAAAUAGCAGCGGAAUCAAGUCUACAUGGACAAGGGUUGAUGUCAUGGAUGUUCCCGGGCCUGUGCUGGACCUGAAACCUGUGGUGGUAACCAGGAAACUGAUGAUUCUGAACUGGUCCGAUCCUGAUGACGACGGUGGCAGUGAUCUGACCGGCUUCAUCAUUGAGAGAAGAGAUCCCAAGAUGCACACGUGGAGACAGCCCAUCGAGACACCCUCAUCUAAGUGUGAGAUUGUGGGUAUUGUUGAAGGACAGGAGUACAUCUUCCGGGUUGUGGCGAAGAACAAGUUUGGCUGUGGCCCUCCUGUUGAUCUGGGCCCUAUUUCUGCAGUGGAUCCUAAAGCUCCACCAACUUCGCCUGAGAGGUUCCACUACACUGAGAGGACAAAGUCUUCCAUCAGCCUUGCAUGGAGACCUCCCCGCAACGAUGGAGGCAGUCCAAUCGUGGGCUACUUUGUUGAGAAGAAGAAGCACGAUGCCCCAGCAUUUGAGCCUUGUAACACAGAGAUGUGCAAGGACCUCUUCAUGACCGUCGAUAACCUUGAGGAGCUGUUUAUGUAUGAGUUCCGUGUCAAGGCUGUCAAUUUGAUUGGACCAAGUGAACCUGGAAUUCCACUCACCAUUGUCAUUCAAGAUGAUGAAGUUCCUCCUACUGUGAGGAUGUUAAAGACCUUCAAGGGAGAUGCCAUCACCGUCAAGAAGGGAGAGCCUAUUGAAAUCCCUGCUGAGGUGACUGGUCUUCCAAUGCCCAAGGUUGAAUGGUUGAAGGAUGAAGUCAUUAUUGCAGAGCCCACUGAGACUCUGUUGUUGGACACCAAGGAGAUCAACAGAAUCCAGUCCAACACCAAGCUUAGUAUCCCUGCAGCAGCCAGAUUGGACAAAGGCAUCUUUACAGUGACUGCCUCCAACCGUCUUGGGUCAGCUAGUCACACCAUCAAGGUUAAUGUGUUAGACCGUCCUCUGCCACCAAGGAAUGUGAAUAUUGGUAACAUCAAGGCUGAGUCCUGCAAGCUGACCUGGGACGCCCCAGAGGACGACGGGGGAAGUGAGCUCACUAACUACAUCGUUGAGAAGCUGGACAUUCUUCCUGAGGAGCCUAAGCCUAAAUCUGAGCCUAGACCCAUUCCUGUAUGGACGGUGAUCACCAACAGCAUCAUUGAGAAACGACUCGGGGUUUGGAAUCUGGAAACCGGUAGCCAGUACCAGUUCAGAGUGAGAGCAGAGAACAAGUAUGGACAGAGUGACGCCUGCGAAACAGAGGCCACCGUCAUCAAGGAUCUGUACGGACUCCCUGGUCCUCCAGAGAAACCAAAGAUCGCAGAGCACACCAGGUCCUCCAUGCUUGUGACAUGGGACCCUCCACGAGACAACGGUGGAUCCACUAUCUCUGGCUACUGGCUGGAGAAGAGGGAGAAAGGUUCGUCUUAUUGGGCCCGGGUAAAUAAAGCCCCAGUGACCAAGCGCGGCCCUAAGGGCUGGGAGUUCCUGGUCGUUCGUAUGAUUGAGGGGUCCGCAUAUGAGUUCCGUGUCAUGGCUGUCAAUGUUGCCGGUAUUGGACCCCCCAGUGGACCUUCCGAUCCUGCAAAUGCAGUGGACCCUCUUAUGAAACCCGGCAUGCCAGCACCACCAGAGGUCGCAGACAAAACCAAGCACAGUGUCAGCCUCACAUGGUCUCCACCUGAAAAAGACGGGGGAAGCCCCAUCAAGGGUUACAUCGUUGAGAUCCAGGAUGAAGGCAGCUCUUUCUGGAACAGGAUCACAGAUCUAGAUACUCUGCAUGAGACCACAGAGCUCACUGUCCCAAGUCUCAAAGAGCUGAAACACUACAAGUUCAGAGUCACAGCUGUCAAUGACAUCGGCGAGUCUGACCCAAGUCCCAAGACUGAAGUACUAAUUGAGGACAUACAUGUGGGGCCGAAGAUCCUUAUUGAUUGCAUUGUGGAAGAUUUGCUCUGCGUCAGAGCUGGUCAUGCCUUCAGAAUCCCUGCCACCAUCAAAGGGCGUCCCGUUCCUAAGGUGACCUGGGAAUACACUGGUCCAGCAAAGACCCACAAGAAGAAUCGCCUUCAUGUCCUUCCAGUUGAUUCAGAGAUUGAAUCUACUGAUACUACCUCAAACAUCACUGUACCUGUGUGCUUGAGGACCCACUCUGGAAGAUACACCAUCACAGCCAAGAACAAGGCUGGACAGAAACAUGUCAACGUCAGAGUCAAUGUUCUCGACGUGCCUGGUGCUCCUCGAGAGCUCAAAGUGACUGACAUCACCAGAGCUACCAUGAGGCUGAUCUGGAAACUGCCUGCUAACGACGGUGGCGAGAGGAUCAAGAGUUACUUCAUUGAGAAGAAGAAUGUGACAGGAAAGGCCUGGACCAUAGUAAACCAGUGCUGUUUCAGCCAGGCCUACGUUGUGGAGGGACUGCUGGAGGGACAGGAGUAUGUGUUCCGUGUGCGGGCAGAGAACCGUCUGGGAAUGGGACCUUUCACUGAGACCACUGAGCCUGCAAGGGCAAGAGACCCCAUCUACAUACCUGAUCCCCCAACCCAUGUCAAGAUCAAUCUGGUAACCAAGGAUACAGUGACCCUGACAUGGGUGCCACCUAAGAACAAUGGUGGUUCUCCUGUGACGCACUACAUCAUUGAGCGCCUGAGCUGGGACACCAGCGGCCCGGAGAAAGAGACGUGGAAGCAGUGUAACAAGCGUAAUGUUGAGGAAACCAUCUUCAUCAUUGAAGAUCUUAAAAAUGGAGGAGAGUAUGAGUUCCGCGUCAAGGCUGUGAACGAGGCCGGCCCAAGCAGACCAUCUGCUACCGCUGGACCAAUCAUUAUCAAGGACCAGACAUGUGCUCCAACCAUUGAACUGAAGGAACAGAUGGAAGGUGAAGAGGGACUAGACGUCCAUAUUGUGGCUAGGAUCCAUGGCUGUCCAUUCCCCUCCCUCGUAUGGCAGAAGGCUCCCAUUGCCAAGCCUGAAGACAAAGGUGUAGUGCAAUAUGAUCAGCAUGUCAACAAGCUGGUCGUUGAUAACAAAUGUACGCUGCUGAUCCAGCAGUCCAAGAGAGACGACAGCUCCCUGUACACUAUCACUGCUAGCAACAGUCUGGGCAAAGCAUCUAAGGAAAUCAAACUCACUGUUCUAGGACGACCUGGCGUACCUGUCGGGCCAAUCGAAUUCAAAGAGGUGUUUGCCGAGAGGAUAACACUUGCAUGGAAACCACCUAGAGAUGACGGUGGCUCCAAGGUUACAAACUACGUCGUUGAGAAGCGUGAGGAAAACAGAAAGUCAUGGGUGCACGUUUCCGACGACCCCAAAGAAGGCCUGUAUACAGUUCAGAGGCUGACUGAGGGCCAUGAGUAUGAGUUCCGUGUCAUGGCUCAGAACAAAUAUGGAGUUGGACCACCGCUGUACAGCGAACCUGAGAAAGCAAGGAAUCUGUUCACUCUUCCCGGUCCCCCAACCCCCAAAGUAACAGACUGGACCAAGUCAACAGUGGAUCUGGAGUGGAUCCCACCUUUGAUUGAUGGUGGAUCUAAGGUCACUGGUUACUUUGUUGAAUACAUAAACGAGGAAAAAGAAGCAGAAAUUGAAAAACAGAAGGCUAAAGACAAGGAGAUUAGAGGCACUAAGUUUGUUGUGUCUGGACUGAAAGAGCUGGGAAGGUACAAGUUCAGAGUGAGGGCAGUGAAUGCUGCUGGCGUCGGUGAGCCCGGUCAAGUGGCCGAAGUGAUUGAAUGCAAGGACAGAACAAUUGCCCCUGAAGUGGACUUGGAUGCCACAUUGAAGGAAAAGAUUGUAGUCCAUGCCGGUGGUACCAUCCGCCUCCUGGCCUACGUGUCAGGCAAGCCUGCACCAGAGAUCACAUGGAACAGAGAUGACCAGCCUCUACCAGCAGAGGCUAAGGUUGAAAUCACGUCAAUCAGCUCUGCUCUGGUUAUCAAAAACUGCAGACGCCAUCACCAGGGUAUAUACACCCUUAUUGCAAAGAAUGAAGGAGGGGAAAGGAAGAAGGCUGUCAUUGUGGAGGUGUUGGAUGUUCCCGGCCCAGUUGGUCAGCCCUUCUCUGGUGUGAACCUCACCACGGACUCCUGCAAGUUAACCUGGUGCUCCCCUGAAGACGAUGGUGGCUCUGCCAUCACCAACUACCUAAUAGAGAAGAGAGAGUCUGACCGCAUGGGCUGGACAGCAGUCUCUUACACGGUCACCAGGCACAAUGCUGUGGUCCAGGGUCUCAUUGACGGAAAGGGAUAUUUCUUUAGAAUCGCAGCUGAGAAUAUCAUCGGAAUGGGUCCAUUUAUUGAAUCACAACGACCAGUUCUCAUCAAAGAUCCUAUUUCUGUUCCUGAGCGUCCUGAGGAUCUAGAGGUCACAGCAAUCACCAAAGACUCCAUCAGUUUGACCUGGAGACCACCUAAGUAUGAUGGGGGUUCUGAAGUUACAAGUUAUGUGCUUGAAACUCGUCUGAUCGGAAAGGAUAACUUCACUAAGAUCGAGACUGAUGACACGCUAAUGGAUAGGAAGUUCACAAAGGGAGGUCUCAAAGAGAAUUCCACCUAUGAAUUCCGUGUCAGUGCUGUCAACGUGAUUGGUCAGGGCAAGCACUCUUUCUGCACCAAGCCAAUCAAGGUCAAAGAAGAACUUGAACCCCCAACGAUCGACUUGGACUUCCGUGACAGACUGGUUGUGCGUGUGGGAGACGUGUGCACCCUCCAGGGCCGCUUUACUGGAAAGCCAGCACCUACAAUAACAUGGACAAAGAACGAGGAAGAGCUGAAAGCAGAUGAGGAGGUCACAAUGACCAACACUAGUAAAACACUGUGCUUGGCUAUGCCCAAGGCUAAACGCGAACACAGCGGCAGAUACCAGGUGGUUGUGGAGAACAUUGUCGGCUUACGUAAAGGAAUCUGCAGUCUCACUGUUGUUGAUCGCCCCCAGCCUCCAGAGGGCCCAGUGGUCUUCAAUGAGGUCUACAGGAACUACAUGGUGAUUUCCUGGAACCCUCCUCUGGACGAUGGUGGAUGUGCCAUCUCCAACUACACCAUUGAGAAGAGAGACACAAACAGAGACCUCUGGAUGCCAGUGACAACAGCUUGCACCAGGACAACAUGCAAAGUUCCUAAGCUGAUUGAGGGCAGAGAGUACAUCAUCAGAAUUUGUGCUGUGAACAUCCACGGUGUCAGCAACCCACUGCUGUCUGCCGAGACCAAGGCUAAGGAUGUCUUCAAGGUGCCAGAUGCACCCAAACAGCCCAUUGUGAAGGAGAUCUAUAAGGAUCAAGCCCUCCUCACUUGGGAACCACCUGCGGAUGGUGGCAAGCCCAUCACUGGCUACGUCAUUGAGAGGAAGGAGACCAUGGCUAACAGAUGGACUCGCGCAUCCGGAAAAGACUGCAUCUUCCCCAAAGUAGAGUACUUUGUUCCAGACCUCCUCGAGGGCUGUGAAUAUGAGUUCCGUGUCAUGGCUGAGAACGUUGUGGGUCUGGGUGACCCCAGCCCUCCAUCAAAGCCCAUCUUCGCCAAAGAUCCAAUUGUGCUUCCAAGCCCCCCCGUGCUGCCAGAAGCUGUGGAUUGGACAAAGGAGUCUGUCUCACUAUCUUGGCAGCCACCAAAAGACUGUGGCAGGGGAAAGAUCUUUGGCUAUCUCGUUGAGUUCAGUAAAGCUGGAGAGGAGUGGCAAAAAGUGAAUCAGACUCCUGAUUCCUGCCAAGAAACCAAGUUCAAGGUCAUUAACCUGGAAGAGGGAGAAUAUUACAAAUUCAGAGUUACUGCUGUGAACUUCGCUGGUGAAUCUGAACCCGCAUACACCACAGAUCCAGUGAAGGCAGAAGACAGAUUUGAACCUCCUGAGUUGGAUGUUGAACUGGGUAUGCCUCGUGAGUUGAAAGCCAUGGCCGGAACCCAUAUCAAUCUGGUUGCUGGAAUCAAGGGAAUUCCAUUCCCAAAAGUCACAUGGAAGAAGAACGAUAAAGACGUCCCCACAAGAGCUGAAAUUGAGGUCAAUCCAUUAGGAUCUAAAUUGGAGAUGCGCUACUGUGCCCGUUCUGACUGUGGCGACUACACUCUGAACAUAGAAAACUCAUCUGGAUCAAGGACUGCCACAUGCACAGUCCUUGUCCUUGACAAACCUGGUCCAAUCCAGCACCUGAGGGUUUCAGAGGUGAGAAGCGAUUCAGCCUAUCUCUCCUGGAAAGACCCUGAGGACAAUGGAGGAGCACGUAUUACCAACUUUGUUGUGGAGAAGAAAGAUGUGGCAUCCGCACAGUGGGUGCCAGUCUGCUCUUCGUCUAAGAAACGCAGCAUGAUGGCCAAGCACUUGAUGGAAGGAACAUCGUAUUUGUUCCGCGUUGCUGCUGAGAAUCAGUUUGGCAGAAGUGAAUACAUUGAAACAACCAAAGCUGUCAAAGCCAUGAAUCCUCUGUUCCCACCUGGUCCACCAAAGGACUUGCACCAUGUAGAUGUGGACAAGACAGAGGUCUGGCUUGUGUGGAACUGGCCUGACCGCAACGGAGGUAGUGACAUCACAGGUUUCCUGGUUGAGUACCAAGAGGAAGGAGAAAGAGAGUGGGAUGAAUGGAACACAGUCAGCAUCCCUGAGAGCCACAUCACUGGCCUCGAGGAAGGAAAGACUUACAGAUUCCGUGUAAGAGCCGAGAACGCUAUUGGACUGAGUAGACCAGACACCACUGUGCCCGUUCUCUGCCAGGAGAAGCUUGUGGCUCCAAUUGUUGAAGUUGAUGCCAAGCUGAUCGAAGGGAUCAUCGUGAAAUGUGGAAGCACAAUCAGACUCCCUGCUAUCAUGAGAGGCAUUCCUGCGCCUACUGCUAAAUGGUCCAUUGACGGAGCAGAAAUUGUUCCCGAAGGCACAGUUAAGAUUGAGAGUGACAACUAUUCAACAGUUCUCAGCAUCAAUGAUUGUUUGAGAAGUGACAGUGGAACCUAUAUCCUCACAGUGUCCAACCCUGCAGGAACCAAGACUCUGGCUUUGAAUGUGACUGUUCUUGAUGUGCCUGCAGCUCCCAUUGGACCAGUCAAUAUCCUUGAAGUUACUCCUGAGUACAUGCUUAUUGACUGGCGUGCUCCAAAGGAUGAUGGUGGAAGCCCUGUAACAGGUUAUGUUGUUGAGAAGAGAGAGGCUAAGAAAGAAACCUGGGGAGGUGUGAGCUCUGGUAGCACAGCCACAAAGCAUAAGAUCUCUCGUUUGCAGAGCGGCAUUGAAUAUGUUGUGCGUAUUCGCGCAGAGAACAAAAUGGGUAUCGGCGCUCCUCUUGAAAGUGCACCAACCGUUGCCCAACACACGUUUGAAGCCCCUGGCCAUCCAGGCAAACCAAACACAUCAGACAUUGCAGAAGAUGCUCUCACUGUUGGGUGGACCAUGCCAUUAUUUGAUGGAGGCAGUCAAAUCACUGGAUAUAUCGUUGAGCGUAGACAUAAGGGCGGAAAAUGGAUCCGUGUCAACACGACACCCUGUAAGGAUCUCAGAAUCAGAGUACUUGGUCUCUUUGAGGGAAAUGAGUAUGAGUUUAGAGUUUUCGCUGAAAACAUUGCCGGUUUCAGUGGACCUUCUGCCAUAUCAGACCCAGCAAAACCCUGUCGUCAAAUCACAGCUCCUGGACCUCCAGUUAACCCCAGAAUCAAGGACUACAGUAAAGAAAAUGCAGACCUAGUCUGGAUUAAACCCAACAAAGAUGGAGGCAGUCCAAUCAUGGGCUACAUUAUUGAAAUGCAAAAAGCUGGCGGAGAAUGGGUGAUCAUCAACAAGGAUGGUCACAUUAAGCAGUGUGCUUACAGAGUUAAAGGCCUUGAAGAACACUCAGAGUACAGGUUCCGCGUUAGUGCUGUAAAUAUGAUUGGAGUUGGAGAGCCUAGAGAAUGCCCUAAAUCGGUGGUUGCCAAAGACAUCAUGAUACCUCCAGAGAUUGAGAUGGAUGCUACAAGCCGUGAGCGUUUGACUGUCCGUGUUGGACAUAACAUCAACAUCAUCGGUUACGUGAAAGCCAGACCUGACCCAGAGAUUAUCUGGAAAAAGGGUGAUGACGUUUUGGAAACUGCCAAGCGCACAACACUAACUCAGAACUUGCCUGUUGUUCAACUGAGAAUCAAAGAGGCAACCAGAGCAGACCAUGGAAAGUAUGUUUUGAAGGCUAACAACUACAGUGGUGAAGCCAAAGCUACGAUAACUGUGAAUGUGUUGGAUAGACCUGGACACUGUCAGAAUCUGAAGGCCACCUAUGUGACCAGAGACUCCUGUAUGGUGUCCUGGGAGAACCCUGUGGACAACGGAGGCUCUGAGAUUACAAACUACAUUGUUGAGUGCCGUGAACCCAGUGUGAGGCUUUGGUCAAUGAUCUCAUCUGACUGCACUAACCGCAUGGUUAAAGCCAAACUCAUGGAGGGCCACGAGUAUCUCUUCCGUGUUUGUGCUGUGAACAAAUGCGGCCCUGGGCCCACAGUUGAGACAAAACAACCAACGCUUGCCAUCGAUCCCAUUAACAAGCCUGGUGAGCCAGAGAACUUCCGGGUAACUGACGUCGGUAAGAACUUCGUCUUCUUGAAAUGGAGGAGGCCAGACUAUGACGGUGGAAGCCCCAACAUUGGCUACGCUUUGGAGAGCAAAUUGGGAGCGGAAGAAUGGGUGCCAUUACAUGAGGAUCUGAUUACGAAUACAUUCUUCAUGGCUGACAAGUGUGUGGAAAAACAAACCUAUCAGUUCAGAGUGCAGACAUGCAAUGAAGGUGGAGAAAGUGACUGGGUGAAGACUGGUGAUGUUCUUGUCAGAGAGGAGAUCCAGAAACCAGUGCUUGAUAUAAAGUUAGCUGGAGCCCUUGUGGUUAAAGCUGGAGAGUCUAUCAGAAUUGAGGCUGGACUCAGAGGAAAGCCUCAACCAGAGGUGAAGUGGGUGAAGGACAAGGCCACAGGAGAUAACCCUAGAGUUAGUGUUGAAACGGGCACAGAUUAUUCUAAAUUUCUUAUGACCAAAUCUAAACGCACAGACACCGGAAAAUAUGUCGUCACCGCCACAAACUCUGCUGGAACCUUCACUGGAUACGCAAUUGUCAAUGUCUUGGAUGUCCCAGGGCCUGUGAGAGACGUGAAGGUGUCUGGAAUCGGAGUAGACAAAUGUAGAGUUGCAUGGGAUCUCCCAGAAGAUGAAGGUGGAUGUGAAGUUGAUAGCUAUAUCAUUGAGAAAUGUGAGACAAGAAGAAUGGUCUGGUCCACAUACUCUGCUUCACUUGUCACCAACUAUUGCAAUGUCACCCGACUAGUAGAAGGAAAUGAGUACAUCUUCCGCAUCAGAGCAGAAAACAAGAUGGGGACAGGUCCUGCAGUGGAGAGCAAACCCGUCACAGCUAGGACUCAGUUCAACAGACCUGGACCACCAGAAUCACCAGAGAUCACCAAGAUUGGCAAAGAGGAGAUGACAGUCGUAUGGGCCCCACCAGAGAAUGAUGGUGGAAAGUCUAUCACUGGUUAUAUCCUGGAAAGGAAAGAAAAGCGCGCUGUCAAAUGGGUGCCAUGCACAAAGAGUACCAUCUCUGAGAGACGCAUGAAAGUCAGCAACUUGAUUCCCAACCACGAGUAUCAGUUCCGUGUCAAGGCUGAAAAUGAAGUCGGACUGGGAGAGCCAAGCAAACCAUGCAGACCAGUAGCAGCCAAAGAUCCAAUUGAGGCUCCUGGUCCUCCAGGCAGUUUCAAGGUGAUUGACAGCACCAAGACGUCCAUUACUCUUGGGUGGGCCAAGCCUAUCUAUGAUGGAGGUGCUCCUAUCAUUGGUUACAUGGUUGAAAUGAGAGACAAACCUGAGCCUAAACCUGAAGUGGUUGAAAAGAAAGAAGAGGGCUGGAAGAAGUGCAACACCGGUGCUGGUGUGCUGGUGCACACAGAAUUCACCAUUCCAAACUUGAAUGAGAAGCAGAUGUAUGAAUUCAGAGUCUCUGCACAGAACCAGGUCGGCUGGGGCCGCCCCGCUACACUCAAAGAGGCCGUCAACCCCAAGGAGGUCCUCGAGGCACCAGAGAUCGACUUGGAUGCAAGUCUCAGGAAGGGCUUCACUGUUAGAGCAGGCUGCCCCAUCAGGCUCUUCGCUACUAUCAGAGGAAGACCAUCCCCCAAAGUCACCUGGAAGAAGCUUGGUGUUGAUAAUGUAGUCAGGAGAGGGCACGUGGAUCAGAUUGAUACUAUGUCCUUCCUUGUGAUCCCUGAGAGCACUCGGGAAGACUCCGGCAAAUACUCUCUGACACUCUCCAACUCCGCUGGGGAGAAAGCUAUAUUUGUGCGCGUUAAAGUAUUGGAUACUCCUGGACCUGUUGGAGGAUUUGAGGUCUGUGAUGUGACAAGCAUCGGUUGUCAGCUGUCUUGGCUCCCUCCGGAUAACGAUGGUGGCUGCCAAAUCGAGAACUACAUCGUUGAGAAACGUGAACUCGACAAGAAGACUUGGUCAAAUUGUAUCAACGAUUUGAAGAAAACAAGCUUCAAAGUCACCGGCCUCACACCUGGCUGUGACUACUACUUUAGAGUUAUGGCAGUCAAUAAAUAUGGCAUUGGUGUUCCUAAAGACUCUCCAAAAGCUUAUCUGACAUCUGAUCCUAUAAGUGAACCUGAUCCACCCAAGAAAAUGGAAGUCUUGGAAGUGACAAAGAACAGUGCCACUCUGGGAUGGCUGAAACCUUUGAGGGAUGGUGGAGCUAAGAUCAAUGGCUACAUGGUUGAUUACAAAAAGGACGGUGAACCUGAAGAUAAAUGGACACCAUAUUCCGUUGUUAAAGACUUAACCAUUGUAGUUGUUGGACUUAAAGAGGGCACAAAGUACAAGUUCAGAGUUGCAGCAAGAAACGUGGCUGGAACCAGUCUGGCAAGAGAAGCUGAGGGAGUAUUUGAGGUCAAGGAGCAGCUGAUGGCACCGAAGAUCAUCAUGCCUGAUAUUGUCACAGUAAAAGCAGGAGAGAAAAUGAGAGUUGAAGCUAUUGUGGCUGGAAAACCUGCACCAUUCUGCAAAUGGAGGCAAGGAGCCGAGGAUCUGUUGACAUCUAAUCGUCGCAUGGUGCAAAAGUCUCCAAAUUGCAUUACGCUCAUCAUGAAAGACGUCUCAAGAAAGGAUAGUGGUUACUACAGUCUUUCCGCUGAGAACAGCACCGGCAAAAUCAGCCAGAAUCUUAGGGUCGUAGUACAGGAUAAACCAGGGCCUCCUGACGCUCCCCUGGAGAUCGUUGAGGUUGAUAUUGAUGCCUGCACACUUCAGUGGAACCAACCCAGUGAGGACGGUGGAAGCAACAUCACCAACUACGUCAUUGAAAAGUGUGAUGUGAGCAGAGGAGACUGGGUCAUAGCUUCUGGCUCAUGCACCACGACCAGCUACAAAGUUGGAAAGCUUACCCCUGGAAUGGAGUAUGGCUUCCGUGUCCGAGCUGAGAACCGAUUUGGUAUCUCAGAGCCAAUCUAUUCAGAGAAAAUGAUUGCUAGAUAUCCCUUCGAUGUCCCAGGCGAGCCCAGAAAUCUGUGUAUCACAAAAGUCAAGAGUGAAGCAGUGUCUCUAUCCUACGAGACCCCAUCAACUGACGGUGGCAGUCCUCUUACCGGAUACUGCAUUGAGCGCAAAGAGAGGAACAGCCUUCUCUGGGUGAAAGCAAAUGAGUCCGUUGUCCGUGGACUUGAAUACAACUGCACAGGCUUAAUGGAAGGUCUCGAAUAUGCAUUCAGGGUGUCUGCCCUCAACAAGGCUGGCCAGGGUAAACCAAGCAAACAGACUGACUGGGUCACAGCAAGAACACCCAUCGAUCCACCUGGUAAACCUGAGGUAAUGGAUGUGACAAAAAGCACUGUUUCACUUGUUUGGACUCGUCCCCAAAAUGAUGGAGGUAGCAAGCUCAUCGGAUACUAUGUGGAGUACAUGAAAAUUGGUCAAGAAGUAGAGAAAUGGGUUCGCUGCAAUGCCAACUGCCAGAACAUCAAGACAGAAGACUAUGUUGUAACUGGCCUGGAGGAGGGAGCCCAGUAUCGCUUCAGAGUUUUCGCCAAGUCAGCGAUCAACAUCAGCUUGCCUUCUGAGAUCUCAGACGCCAUCCCAGUGUUUGCAGAGAAUGUUCCCCCCAGGGUCGAGCUGGGAGUGGACAUGAAGAACAUGAUCAUAGUGAAGGCUGGAGAAAAUGUCUCCUUUGAUGCUGUAGUGUUUGGAAAACCACUGCCCAAGGUUACAUGGAAGAGAGAUGGUGUUCCAUUGAAACUGGCUGAGGGGAUGAAGAUGACACAGAAGAGACACACACACAUUCUGGAAUUGUUCUCUGUCGCAAGGAAGGAGUCUGGAGAGUACACUAUUCUAGCUGAAAAUCCCAAUGGCGCUAAAUACGCCAAUAUUAAGCUCAAGGUUCUAGACAAACCAGGCCCACCAGCUGGAGUGAAAAUCACCAAGGUGUUUGCGGACCGUAUUAAGAUGAGGUGGGAGCCACCUGUUGCAGACGGAGGCUCUGAAAUCACUAACUACAUCAUUGACAAACGUGAAACCAGCAGAGCGAACUGGGCUCUGGUCACCUCCAAUAUCCAUGGUCAACUGACUGAUUGCACAGUAGAGAAACUGAUGCAGGACCAUGAAUACCAGUUCAGGGUCAGUGCUGAGAACCAGUAUGGUAUUGGGGACCCCAUCCUCACCGACCCUGUCAUGGUCAAGAAUCCAUAUGAUGUUCCUGGUCCUAGCGAGCCACCAGUUAUUACCAACAUUACAGCCAAUUCUAUGACUGUCAGCUGGAAGGCGCCAGCUGAUGAUGGUAAAGCUACUAUUCUGGGUUACAUGGUUGAGAAACGUGAAGCAUCAGAGCUCAACUGGGCUAAAGUCAACCGUAAACCAGUGAUUGACAGGAGCAUCAAAGCUGUCCAGCUCUCAGAGGGAUAUGAGUAUGAGUUCAGAGUGAUUGCCAUGAACAAAGCUGGAUUUGGCAAACCAAGUGAUGCAUCCAAUGCUGCCCUUGCCGUGGAUCCUGUGUAUCCACCCGCACCUCCUGCCUUCCCUAAAGUUGUUGACUCAACACACAGCACCAUUAGCUUGUCUUGGACCAAGCCUGCUUACGAUGGUGGUUGUGAGAUCUUCGGCUACCUUGUCGAGUGCAAGAGAGCUGAUGCAGAACACUGGACGAAGUGCAAUGUGCCCAAGAAGCUGCAAGAAACCAAGUUCCUGGUUACUGGUCUCAUUGAUAAAACAGAAUAUGUGUUCCGUGUCUUUGCCGUGAACAAGAUCGGAUACAGCGAGCCAAGUGAAAUUCCUGGGAAACACGAGGCCAAAGACAUCCUGAUUGCCGCUGAUGCUGAGCUGGAUGCAGACCUUCGCAAGGUACUGGUCCUGAGAGCCGGAGUCACAAUGAGACUCUAUGUGCCACUGAUAGGACGUCCCCCACCCAAGGUGGUGUGGACCAAGGUCAAUGCCAACCUCAAAGAACGAGCAGGAAUCAUGAUCAAAACGUCUGAAUGGGAUACCCUUAUGUACAUUGAGGAUAUCAACAGAUAUGAUGCUGGCAAAUACAUUUUGUCGAUUGAAAACGACAGUGGAAAGAAGUCUUACACUAUCGUCGUGAAGGUCCUAGAUACUCCUGGUCCACCACUGAAUCUGAUUGUGAAGGAAACAUCUCUGAACCAUGCAUCCAUCGGCUGGGAUCCUCCUCUGAUUGAUGGAGGAAGCCCAGUGAAGAGCUACAUUGUUGAGAAGCGUCUUGCAGAGAGAAAGGCAUGGUCCUGUGUUAUAACCGAAUGCCCCAAAACUACUUUCAGGAUUCCUAACUUGGAAGCUGGACAGGCCUACUGUUUCAGAGUCUUGGCUGAAAAUAACUAUGGUAUCGGAGAAGGUUGUGAGACUGCCGGAGUUGUAAGAGCUUCAGAACUACCUGGAGCAGUUAUGGAUUUCAAGGCACUGUCGAUCACUAAAGAUUCCAUUCAUAUUGGCUGGAAGAAACCAAUCAGUGAUGGUGGAAGUCACAUCAGUGCCUAUCUUCUGGAGCUUCAGGAAGGUGAAGAGAAGUAUAAGGAGCUAGUGAAAGGAAAGGUCAUGUCGCACAUGAUGGUUGAACUUGAAGAAGGAAAGGAGUACUCUUACAGAGUGAAAGCAAUCAAUGAGUCUGGAGAGGGUCCACCUUCUGAGCUCACUGUGAUCGCUAAAGAUCAAAUUGUUGCACCUGACUGUGACCUGAGUGGCAUCCCAGAUCUGUGCUAUGUUGCCAAGGAGGGAAGCACAGUCCGUAUCAAAGUCCCUAUUGUUGGCAAACCAGCACCGUCAGCCAUCUGGAAGAAGGGAAAUGUUUCUCUGGGAGACAGUGGAAGAAUGUCCGUUGAAUCUACGCCAACUUUGACAACUUUGCUCAUCCGUGAUUGCCAGAGAGGUGAUGCAGAAAAUUACACAAUCCUGCUAAGAAACGCAGCAGGAGUCAAAGAAGCAAAGAUGCAGAUUAGGGUGGUUGGAAAACCAGGAAUCCCAACAGGACCAUUCAAGUUUGAUGAAAUUACUGCCGAUGGAAUCACUCUGGAGUGGGGUCCACCAAAAGAUGAUGGUGGGACUGAAAUAUCCAACUACAUUCUGGAGAAGCGGCAAUCAACAGCCAACAAGUGGGCUACUGUGGCCUCCGCUAUCCAGAAGAAUACCAUGAGAGUUACCAGGCUCCAUGAUGGUACUGAAUACAUCUUCAGAGUGUUUGCAGAAAACAAAUAUGGAGUUGGAGAAUGCCUCAAAUCUGACCCAGUGGUGGCCCAGCAUCCAUUCAGCUAUCAUGUUGAAUACAAAGAGAGGAACAGCUUGAUGUGGAAGAGAGCCACUAAGACCCCUAUUAGAGUGAAGGACUGCAGAGUGACUGGACUGAUUGAAGGCCUGGAGUAUGAAUUUAGAGUUAUGGCAAUGAAUGCGGCCGGUUUAGGAAGGCCAAGCAGGGCAACAGAACCAGUCAUCGCCCUUGAUCCAAUUGAUCCUCCUGGUAAGCCUGAUGUCAUCAAUGUAACCAGAAGCACUGUAACACUUAUGUGGACUGCACCCAAGUACGACGGUGGACACAAACUGACUGGUUACCUGGUUGAGAAACUGGAACUGCCAGGAAAGACCUGGAUGAAAGCAAAUCAUAUCAAUGUCCAAGGCCUUGCGUUUACCGUGCCAGACCUGACAGAAGGCAGCAGAAUGGAAUUCAGAAUCAGAGCUAAGAAUGCAGCUGGCGCAAUCAGUGUUCCUUCAGAGCAAACUGAUACCCUUAUCUGCAAAGAUGAGUAUGAACCACCAAGCAUCACUAUCGAUCCAGACAUGAAGGAAGGUGUCUCUGUCAGAGCUGGGGACACCAUUGUAGUAUCUGCUUCCAAGAUCCUUGGCAAACCUCCACCUACAGCUGUGUGGUCCAAGGCAGGAAGAGAAUUCAAGACCUCAGAUAUUGUCCAGAUCACAAGCACUCCAACUACUUCAACGUUGUCUAUUAAAUAUGCAAGCAGGAAGAACACUGGAGAGUACACAAUUACAGCCAGUAACCCUUUCGGUAUCAGAGAAGAACAUGUUAAGGUCAAGGUGCUUGAUAUCCCUGGACCUCCAGGCCCCAUUGAAGCCAGCAGUGUGUCAGCUGAGAAGUGCACAUUGACAUGGUUGCCACCAGAAGAGGAUGGCGGCUGCGCAAUCAAAUCCUACACACUGGAAAAGAGAGAAACAAGCCGUCUUCUCUGGACCAAACUUGCUGAAAAUAUAUUUGAUUGCAGAUUUGUUGCAAGCAAGCUGAUCAAGGGCAAUGAGUACAUCUUCCGUGUGUCUGCAGUGAACCAGUAUGGCACUGGUGAUGGGACCCAAUCUGGCCCUGUCAAAAUGGUUGACAGCUUUGGCCCACCAGGCCCGCCUGGAAUCCCAGAGAUUGACAAUGUCAGCAGAAACGCUGUUACCAUUUUCUGGAAGAGGCCAGUUAAAGAUGGUGGAAGUGAUAUUAGAGGCUAUCAGGUUGAGAGGAAAGAGAGAAGAGGAAUGAGAUGGGUGAGAGCAUCGAAGAAAACGGUCUCUGACCUACGUUACAAAGUACAAGGACUGACGGAAGGUGUUCAGUAUGAAUUCAGAGUAACAGCAGAGAACAAAGCUGGCUUUGGGGAACCCAGUGAACCAUCUGCCCAUGUGAUGACAAAGGAUAUUGUAUAUCCACCAGGACCUCCCUCCAACCCAAGAAUUACUGACACCACCAAGACAACAGCCACAUUCAACUGGGGUAGACCCCACUAUGAUGGCGGCCUGGAUGUAGCAGGAUACAUUGUUGAGCACAAAAAGGAAGGACAUGACGAUUGGGUCACAGACGUCACAAGAUUGAGAAUUACAGAAUACGUUGUGUCAGACCUGAAGGCUGGUGGGAACUACUAUUUCAGAGUCAGAGCCAUGAAUACAGAGGGAGUUGGUGAACCAGCAGAGGUUGAAGAAAUUGUUGAACUUAAGGACCGUGAGACACUUCCCGACUAUGAGCUUGAUGCUGAGUAUAGAAGAACCCUUGUUGUCAGGGUCCGUGGAUCCAUUCGUAUCUUUGUGCCAAUUAAAGGACGUCCAGUUCCUGAAGUAACCUGGAUGAAAGAUGAUGCCAUUCUUGGUAAAGGUGGUCGUGAACACAUUGAUACUACGGAGUCGUAUACUCUCCUGGUUAUCCCUGACUGCACAAGAUAUGAUGCUGGAAAAUACAUGCUGUCAUUAGAGAAUGUUGCUGGUAAGAGAGAUGGAUUUGUUAACGUCAGAGUACUGGAUUCACCAGGACCACCUGUGAACCUGAUACCACGUGAAAUCACCAAAACAAGUAUCACUAUGCAGUGGGAAAUCCCCAUUAUUGAUGGUGGAUCAAAGAUCAUUAACUACAUCAUUGAGAAGCGAGAGGCCACAAGAAAGGCUUACACAGUAAUCACUACAACCUGGCAGAAAUGUUCCUUCAAGUUUGACAACUUGGAUGAAGGCUCUGAAUAUUACUUCAGAGUAUCUGCUGAAAAUGAUCUAGGCGUUGGCGAGCCAGCAGAGACACCUGAGACAAUCAGAGCAUCCCAAGCACCUACUGCCCCUGAAAAUCUGUACGUCACUGACGUGUCAGCGGACACCGCAAGCCUUGCAUGGACGAAGCCAAAACAUGAUGGCGGCAGUAGGAUUACUGGAUACGUUAUUGAAGCACAGAAGAAGGACACAGAGACAUGGACCCAUGUAACAACUGUAAAAGCUCUUGACUACACAGCCACAGAUCUCAUUGAAAAUAUGGAGUAUGUGUUCCGCAUCAUGGCAGUGAACAGCUCUGGCAGAAGUGAUCCACGUGAAAGCAGACCUGCUAUCAUUAGAGAGCAAACAACAGCGCCUGCAUUUGACCUACGUGCAGUCUACCAGUCUUUGGUCAUUGCUAAGGCUGGUGAUAAUGUGAAGGUUGAAAUUCCGGUUCUGGGUCGCCCCAGACCUUCAGUUUCAUGGAAGAGAGGCGAGGACACACUUAAACAGACGCAGAGAAUCAAUACGGAUACUACUGCAACCUCCACUACUCUCCACAUCAAUGAGAUCAAAAGGAGUGAUGGUGGUCAAUAUUCGAUGACUGGCAAGAAUAUACUUGGAACAACGACAGAGACAAUUACUGUUGAAGUCCACGAUAUUCCAGGACCUCCUACUGGACCAAUUAAGCUUGAAGAAGUUUCUUGUGACUACAUUCUCUUAUCAUGGGAAGGUCCAGAGAAUGAUGGCGGUGUACCCAUUAACAAUUACAUUGUUGAGGCUAGAGAAACCACAGGCACAUCAUGGGUUGAAUUAGCAGCAACGGUUAUCCGUACAACAUUCAAGGCUGCUCGUCUCACAACAGGAAUCAUGUAUCAGUUCCGUGUUAAAGCCCAGAACAGGUACGGCAUUGGACCCUGUAUAGUCUCAGAACAAGUGGUUGCUGCUUAUCCAUUUGAUGUGCCAGGUCAACCAGGCAUUCCUGAAAUUGUCCACUUCAACAAGGAUUCUAUGAAUAUUAGCUGGGAUGAACCAGCUUCCGAUGGUGGAAGCCCCAUUUUGGGAUAUCACAUUGAAAGGAAAGAGAAGAACAGUAUCCUGUGGCAGAAGAUCAGCAAAGCACUUGUAGUAGGGAACAUGUUCAAAUCAACAGGCUUGGUGGAUGGAAUCGCCUAUGAGUACCGCGUUAUUGCUGAAAACAUGGCUGGUUUGAGCAGGGCAAGCAAGCAUUCUGAGACUACCUUUGCUCUGGAUCCAGUGGACCCACCUGGCCAACCAAUAGCAUUGAAUGUAACCAGACAUGAGGUGACUCUUCAGUGGACAAGACCUGAAGGUGAUGGAGGAUUCUCAAUAACUGGGUACCAAGUAGAAAAGAGAGAACUCCCAGACGGACGCUGGCUCAAGGCCAACUAUAGCAACGUCCUUGAGACAACAUUCACUGUUAGCGGUCUCACAGAGGAUGCUACUUAUGAGUUCCAUGUUAUGGCAAGAAACUCAGCUGGCGGUCUCAGUAAGCCAUCUCUACCAUCAGAGGAAAUCACUUGCAGAGAUGAUGUUGAGGCUCCCAAACUUGAAGUUGAUACAAUCUAUAAUAGUACUGUGGUUGUGAAAGCGGGAGAUGUCUUCAAACUUGCUGCCAGCGUAACGGGCAGACCAAUACCAACACUGGUAUGGACCAAAGACGGGAAGGAACUUGAAGAUACAGCCAAGUUGGAAAUCAAACUCUAUGACUUUUCUACAACCUUAGUCAACAAAGAUUCUCUAAGAAGGUGUGGUGGCACAUUCAUUUUAACUGCCAGCAAUCCUGGUGGUUUUGCAAAGCAUACCUUCAAUGUUAAGAUUCUUGACAGACCUGGACCUCCAGAUGGUCCACUUGCUGUUACAGAUGUCACUGCUGAGAAAUGUAUCCUAUCAUGGCUGCCACCAUCACAUGAUGGAGGUGCAAAGAUUCUGCACUACAUCAUUGAGAAACGUGAAACAAGUAGACUUGCUUGGACAAAUGUAGCAACAGACUUACAAGUUAACCGGUUUAAGGUGACCAAGUUGUUGAAGGGUAACGAGUAUAUCUUCAGAGUUAUGGCUGUCAACAUGUAUGGAACUGGAGAGCCCCUUGAAUCCGACCCAAUGGUUUCUACAAAUCCAUAUGUGCCAGCUGAUGCUCCAUCAACACCUGAGGUGACGACCAUCACAAAGAACACCAUGGUUGUUUGCUGGGAACGCCCUGAUCACGACGGUGGAAGCGACAUCUUCAACUAUGUUGUUGAAAGGAGAGACAAAACCGGUCUUCGCUGGGUUAAAUGCAACAAGAGGACUGUAACUGACCUGAGGUUCAAAGUAUCGGGGCUCACACCAGGGCAUGAAUAUGAAUUCAGAAUCAUAGCAGAAAACAAUGCUGGUUUAGGUACACCAAGUCCUUCCAGUGAAUUCUACAAGGCAGUAGACACAAUCUUCCAACCUGGACCACCUGGAAAUCAAAGAGUCUUGGACACAACCAAGUCAUCCAUUACAGUUGCCUGGAACAAACCUGUAUAUGAUGGUGGUUCUGAUAUCAUUGGAUACGUUGUAGAGACCUGUCUACCUGAGGAAGAUGAAUGGACAAUUCGGACCCCUAAGAAGGGAUUAGUUGGGACAUCAUUUACCAUCACUAACCUGGUAGAAAACCAAGAUUAUAAAAUCAACAUUUGCGCAAUUAACUGUGAAGGGGUUGGAGAGCCAGCACAAGUGCCUGGCACACCAAUUGCAGAGGACAGGCUGCUUCCUCCUGAAAUUGACCUUGGUGCAGAGCUUCGUAAGGUUGUCUGCAUUAGAGCUUGCGGCACAUUGAGACUCUUUGUACCUAUUAAAGGAAGACCAACUCCUGAUGUCAAGUGGUCCAGAGAAAAUGGAGAGCCUGUUACGAGAGCAACUAUUGACACCACAUCAUCAUUUACUGCUCUUAUGGUUGAAAAUGUUGACAGAUUUGACAGUGGAAAGUACAUGUUGACAGUGGAAAAUGCCUCAGGAAGCAAAACUGCAUAUGUGAAUGUCAGAGUGCUGGACACACCUGGAGCACCACAAAGCCUCAUAAUCAGGGAGGUCACCAGAGACUCAGUAUCACUCAUGUGGGAUGCACCCCUUAUUGAUGGUGGCUCCAGAAUUAGAAACUACGUUGUGGAGAAACGUGAAUCAACACGAAAAGCUUACUCCACAGUUUGUGCUCAAUGCGUUAAAUCUAGCUGGAAGAUUGGUGGCCUGGAGGAAGGAAACACAUAUUUCUUCAGAAUUCUGGCUGAGAAUGAAUUUGGCAUUGGACUUCCAAUAGAGACUCCUGAGGCAGUCAGAGUAUCAGAGAAACCACUUCCACCAGGCAAAGUAACCCUUGUUGAUGUUACAGGCACCAGUGUCUCUCUGUCUUGGGAAAAACCAGAUCACGAUGGAGGUAGCAGAAUCUCAGGAUAUAUUGUUGAGAUGCAUGGCAAAGACAGUGAAACUUGGACCCAGUGUGCCGUUGCAAAAAUCACACAGGCUGUUGUUCUUGGACUGACACAAGGUGAAGAAUAUAUGUUCCGUGUGUCAGCACAUAACGAAAAAGGAACCAGUGAUCCUCGUCUACUUAGUGUACCUGUGGUAGCCAAAGAUCUUGUUAUUGCUCCAGUAUUCAAGCUGCUGUUCACCACAUUCAGCGUAUUGGCAGGAGAUGAUCUCAAGAUGGAUUUGCCAUAUGCUGCUCGCCCCAAAGCAGUUGUGACCUGGCUCAAGGAUGGUGUCGCACUAAAAGAAACAACCAGAGUCAAUGCUGAUGCCACUGAUACACAUUUGCAUCUUGUGGUCAAGGAAGCCAGCAGGGAGGAUGUGGGAAAGUACACCAUCAAACUUGUAAACACAGCUGGUGAAUCAACAGUGGACAUUGCAGUUGUUGUUCUUGAUAAGCCUGGUCCUCCAACUGGCCCAAUCACUGUUGAUGAAGUCACUUCUGACAGUGUGGUACUGUCCUGGAACCCACCUACAUAUGUGGGUGGUUGUGCCAUUAACAACUACAUAGUAGAAAAGAGGGAAACGUCCACCACAAACUGGCAGAUUGUGUCUGCAACAGUUGCAAGAACCACCAUUAAAGCAGCUCGGUUGAAGACUGGGUGUGAAUAUCAGUUCAGGAUUGCUGCUGAAAACAGAUAUGGAAAGAGUCCAGUACUUAUAUCAGAAAAUAUUGUUGCUCAAUAUCCAUUUGAUCUCCCAAGUGCACCAGGGACCCCAAUUGUACAAUCAUCUACAAAGGACAGCAUGGUUAUCGUAUGGGAGAAGCCUGGUAGUGAUGGCGGGAGCAAGAUUUUGGGAUAUCACCUUGAGAGUAAGGAGAGAAAUAGCCUCCUCUGGGUUAAACAAAACAAACAACUGAUCCCAGACUUGAGGUUCAAGCUCAGUGGUCUUGAUGAAGGUAUUGAAUAUGAGUACAGAGUUUAUGCUGAAAAUAUUGUUGGCGUUGGCAAAGCAAGCAAAUUGUCAGAAAUCCGUGUUGCAAGAGACCCCUGUGACAGUCCAGGCAAGCCUGAAGCUGUCAUUGUCACAAGAGGAGCUGUCACUCUCCAAUGGACUAAGCCAGAGUUAGAUGGAGGUAGCAAAAUCACUGGCUACAUUGUGGAGAAGAAAGAGCUGCCUGAAGGGCGCUGGAUGAAGGCCAGUUUCGCCAAUGUCAUUGAGACACAAUUUAUUGUUACUGGCUUAGUUGAAGACCAGUGCUAUGAGUUCCGUGUCAUUGCAAGAAAUGCAGCAGGUGUUUACAGUCUUCCAUCUGAGAGCACUGGGUCUAUAACAGCAAAGGAUGAAGUUGAUCCUCCCAAAAUAGAGAUGGACUCAAAGUACUCUUCAACAAUUGUUCUGAUGGCAGGUGAAUCGUUCAACCUUUGUGCAGAUAUUUUCGGCAAACCUGUACCCUCAGUCCAUUGGAUGAAAAACGACGUAGAAAUAAAGGAGGCUGCACGACUUGAGAUAAAGAACACUGCUUUUAAAGCAUCAUUGAGUGUUAAGGAGGCAAUCCGUGUUGAUGGAGGCCAAUAUAUCCUACUUUUGAAAAAUGUAGGUGGAGAGAAGUCAGUGCACAUCAAUGUCAAAGUGUUAGACAGACCUGGUCCACCUGGAGGCCCAAUUUCUAUCUAUGGAGUCACAAGUGAAAAGGCUUGUAUUGCCUGGAGACCACCAGCACAAGAUGGAGGUAGUGAUGUUUCUCAUUACAUCGUUGAGAAGAGAGAGACUAGCAGAUUGGUUUGGACUCUGGUUGAACCUAAAGUGCAGACUCUAAAUCUGAAGAUCAUAAAACUUGUUCCUGGAAAUGAGUAUGUCUUCCGAGUGAUUCCUGUGAACAAAUACGGAAUUGGUGAACCUCUUGAAUCUGAGCCAAUGAUUUCCAGAAAUCAAUUUGUGACACCUGAUCCACCAACAGAUGUGGAAGUCUCUACCAUCACAAAAGAUUCAAUGGUGGUAACCUGGGAAAGACCUGAAAACGAUGGUGGAAAUGCCAUUUCUGGAUUUGUUAUUGAGAAGCGUGAUAAAGAAGGUGUGCGCUGGACCAGAUGCAAUAAACGUACAGUGAGUGAGCUGCGCUUCAGAGUAGCAGGUCUUCUUGAGAACCGCAGUUAUGAGUUCCGAGUUUCAUCUGAGAAUGCUGCUGGAGUUGGUAAACCAAGUGAACCAACUAUUUACUACAAGGCAUUGGAUGCUAUCUUCACAUCAGGUCCACCAAAUAAUCCCAAAGUGACUGACACAACAAGAACAUCUGUGUCCUUGUCAUGGGGCAAACCUAUCUAUGAUGGUGGCUGUGAGAUUCAAGGAUACUUAGUGGAGGCCUGUGAAGGAGCAUCUGAUGAAUGGACAAUGUGCACUCCACCUGCCGGAAUCACACACACUACAUUUACAGUUAGAAAACUACUCGAGAAGCAUGAGUAUAAAUUCAGAGUCUGUGCCAUAAACAAGGUUGGUGUUGGUGAGCAUGCAGAUGUCCCUGGAUCAGUUCUUCUAGAGGAGAAAUUGGAAGCACCAGAUCUUGAGCUUGACGCUGACAUGAGGAAGAUGAUUAAUGUCAGAGCUGGAAGCGCUCUUAGGUUGUUCAUUCCUGUUAGGGGACGGCCGGCUCCUGAACUGAAAUGGGGAAAGGCUGAUGGAGAACUCAAGGAGACGGCACAGAUUGACAAUACAAGCAGUUAUGCCUCACUCCUGAUUGAAAAUGUUGACAGAUUUGACACUGGCAAGUACACUGUUACUGCAGAGAAUUCCAGUGGAGUUAAAUCUGUCUUCAUCAGUGUCAGAGUACUUGAUUCACCUAGUAUGCCUGCAAAUUUCACUAUCAAGGAGAUAACAAAAAAUUCAGUCACCCUUACUUGGGAGCCACCUAUUUUGGAUGGUGGGUCUAAAAUUAAGCAAUAUCAUGUUGAGAAACGAGAAAGCACUAGGAAAGUGUAUUCCCCUGUCACAACCUGUCAUAAGAUGUCAUGGAAGAUUGAACCACUUGUGGAGGGAAGUAUCUAUUUCUUCAGAGUUCUUGCUGAAAACGAGUGGGGCAUUGGCUUACCUGCAGAGACCCCUGAACCCGUAAAGAUUUCAGAGGUACCUCAACCUCCCGGUAAAGUUACAGUUCUGGACGUGACACGGAACAGUGUCUCUCUUAAGUGGGAGAAACCAGAUCAUGAUGGAGGCAGCAGAAUAAGCCAUUAUGAGAUUGAAAUGCAAGCCAAAGAUAGUGACAAAUGGACACUAUGUGCUCAAUGUAAAUACCUUGAAACUACUGUCACUAGCUUAGCCCAAGGAGAGGAGUAUCAAUUCAGAGUAAUUGCUGUUAAUAGCAAAGGAAAGAGUGACUCUAGACUUCUGGCCAGUCCAGUAGUUGCAAAGGACCUUGUCAUUGAACCUGACAUAAGACCUAAAUUAACACAGUACAGCGUACAGGUUGGCUAUGAUCUGAAGAUUGAAGUUCCCAUUGCUGGACAUCCUAAACCAGUCAUUACAUGGACAAAGGAUGGUGCUGCCCUGAAACAAACCACAAGAGUUAAUGUUGUCGACAGUGCACGCAAUACACAUCUAACCAUCAAAGAAGCAACAAAAGACGAUGGUGGAUUGUAUAGUAUUAAUAUUACCAAUAUCCUUGGCUCCAAAGAUGCCACCAUUGAAGUAAUCACACUAGAUAAACCUGGCCCACCAACAGGCCCAAUCAAGAUGGAUGACAUCAGUGCUGAAAGUAUCACACUUACCUGGGAACCACCUGCAUACACUGGUGGCUGCCCAAUUUCAAAUUACGUUGUCCAGAAAAGAGAUACAACCACAACUAACUGGGUUGUAGUCUCUGCCACUGUGGCAAGAAAUACCCUGAAAGUGACAAAUCUAAAAACAGGUGCAGAAUACCAAUUUAGGAUCUUUGCUGAAAACAGAUAUGGCAAAAGUUAUGCUAUUGAUUCUGAACCUGUCCUUGCCCAGUAUCCCUUCAAGGAGCCAGGACCACCAGGAACACCUUAUGUAUCUUCAUAUACUAAGGAUUACAUGGUUGUGGAAUGGCACAAACCCAUUUCAGAUGGAGGCAGUGCCAUUUUCGGCUAUCACAUUGAGAGAAAGGAAAAGAACAGUAUCCUUUGGACAAAGGUCAAUAAAUCCCUCAUCCAAGACUGUAGAUUUAAAUCUACUCCUUUGGAGGAAGGUAUUGAAUAUGAGUUUAGAGUGUCUGCUGAGAAUAUCGUUGGCAUUGGCGCGUGCAGCAAACUCUCUGAGGGAUAUGUGGCACGUGACCCAUGUGAUCCUCCUGGCACCCCAGAGGCUAUCAUUGUAACCAGGCACUCUGUGAAACUGAAGUGGACAAGACCACAGUAUGAUGGUGGCAGUCUGAUCACAGGCUAUGUGGUGGAGAAACGCGAUCUCCCAGAGGGAAGAUGGAUGAAAGCAAGUUUCACAAAUGUCAUUGAAACUGUAUUCACAGUUCUGGGUCUAACUGAGGAUUGCAAAUAUGACUUCAGAGUCAUAGCAAGGAAUGCCGCUGGAUCUAUCAGCAAGCCCUCUCAGAGCACCGGAUCCAUCACAGCAAAGGAUGAAGUUGAUCCACCAAAAUGUGAAGUUGACUCAGUGUACAGCCAGGUUGUUAUCAUCAAUGCUGGGGAAACAUUUACACUUGAGGCCGCUGUACAAGGAAAGCCAAUUCCAACAGCUCAAUGGUUCAAGAGUGAUGCAUUAGUGGAGAACUCAGCAAGGGCUGAGAUUAUGAACUCAGAUUUCCAAGCAAAGCUUGUUGUCAAAGAUGCUAUCAGAGUGGAUGGAGGACAAUAUACGUUGCUUCUAACUAAUGUUGCUGGAGAUAAAACUGUAACGUUCAAUGUGAGAGUACUGGACAGACCUGGGCCCUCUCAGGGACCCCUCACGGUUAGUAAUGUCACAUGUGAGAAAUGUUCACUGUCCUGGCUUCCUCCAAGAGCUGAUGGUGGAAGCAGUAUUUCCCACUACGUCAUUCAAAAGAGAGAAACUAGCCGUCUUGCAUGGACUGUGGUUGCUAGUGAUUGUGGAGCUACAAUGUUCAAAGUCACAAAGCUUCUGAAGGGAAAUGAGUACAUCUUCCGUGUUAUGGCUGUCAACAAAUUUGGUACUGGUGAACCUCUUGAAUCAGCCCCAGUUAUAAUGAGAAAUCAAUUUGUUACUCCUGGACCACCUCAAGAAUUGGAAAUAGCCAAUAUUGCAAGGGAUUCCAUGACUGUGUGCUGGACUCGCCCAGAGGUUGAUGGUGGAAGUGAGAUUGCUGGUUACAUUGUUGAGAAGAGAGAUAGAGCUGGAAUCAGAUGGACAAAAUGCAACAAACGCAGAGUCACAGACCUUCGCUUUAGAGUGACAUGCCUGACAGAGGAUCAUGAAUAUGAAUUCAGAUUAUCUGCUGAGAAUGCUGCAGGAGUCGGCCAACCAACUGAACCAACUCCUUACACCAAAGCCUGUGAUCCAACCUUUGAACCUGGCACUCCCACUAAUGCACAUGUGGUUGAUACUACCAAGAACUCCAUUACACUCGCAUGGAGUAGACCCAUUUACGACGGUGGUGUCAAUAUCCAGGGAUAUGCUGUGGAGAUCUGCAAAGCCGAUGAGGAGGAAUGGACUCUGUGCACUCCACCAACAGGAGUGAAUGCCACUACCUUCAAAAUCACCAAACUUAUCGAGCAUCAAGAAUAUAAGGUGCAGGUAUGUGCCAUCAAUAAAUUGGGUGUUGGUGAACCUGCUGAGAUUUUAGGAACUGUAAAACCAGUGGAUGCAAUGUUCGCCCCAGAGAUUGAGCUGGAUUCAGAGCUAAGGAAAGGAAUCGUUGUGCGUGCUGGAGGAUCCAUGAGGAUCAAUAUUCCAUUCAAAGGACGUCCUACUCCAGAAAUAAGCUGGUCCAAGGAUGAGGGUGAUUUCACCAACAAAGUUCAAAUUGAGAAAGGCGCCGAUUUUACUCAACUGUCAGUAGACAUCUGUGACAGAAAUGAUGCUGGAAAGUACACUCUGACCCUGGAAAACAGCAGUGGUUCCAAGUCUGCAUUUGUUUCCGUCAAAGUACUUGAUACACCAGGAGCACCCGUAAACUUCACAGUGAAAGAUAUUAAGAAAAACUCUGUCAAUCUUGUUUGGGAGCCCCCACUCAUUGACGGAGGUGCGAGGGUCAAGCAUUACUUUGUUGAGAAGCGUGAAUCCACUAGGAAAGCUUAUUCCAACAUUUCAAACAAGUGUACAAGGAACAGUUUCCAUGUGGGAGAUCUCAUUGAGGGGGUUAUUUAUUACUUCAGAGUUAUGGCUGAGAAUGAAUAUGGUGUAGGCCUGGCAGCAGAAACUGCAGAGCCCGUGAAGACAUCAGAAGUCCCUCUGCCUGUAGGAAAGAUCACAUUGACUGAAGUGACUAAGACAACCGCCUCAAUGGCAUGGGAAAAACCAGACCAUGACGGUGGAAGUAGAAUAAUGGGAUACUACAUAGAAAUGCUGCCUGCAGGAUCAGAGGAAUGGAUCCUAUCCACAACCACAAAAACAUGUGAGGGAACUGUAGAAGGCCUAACCGCAGGUCAAGAAUACCAGUUCAGAGUUUCAGCCUUUAACGACAAAGGAAAGAGUGACACAAGGGUAUUAGCUGCCCCUGUCACAGCUAAAGAUCUAACUAUUGAACCUAGUUUCGUAAUGGCAUUCAACACCUUUAGUGUCCAACAUGGUGAAGAUCUGAAGAUAGAAAUACCAGUGAGAGGACGCCCAGCACCCAAAGUGGUAUGGGCAAAGGAUGGACAGGCAAUUAAAGAGACAACCAGGUUGAAUGUUUCAAGAACAGCAUCAUCAACAAUCCUUGCUAUAAAAGAGGCAACCAGAGCGGAUUCUGGCAAGUACAAAAUCACAGCUACCAACAGUAUAGGAGAAAAAGUUGCAGAAAUCGGAGUGAUCAUCCUUGAUAAACCUGGCCCAGUCACAGGGCCUAUAAAGAUUGAGGAAGUGAGUUCCAAUUAUGUCAACCUCGCAUGGGAACCACCUGCGUACACAGGAGGUUGUCAAAUAAACAAUUACAUUGUGGAAAAGCGUGACACAACAACCGUAGCAUGGCAGUGUGUGUCUGCAACCAUUGCAAGAACAACUAUCAAAGUUACCAAGCUGAAAACCGGUACUGAAUACCAGUUUAGGGUGUUUGCAGAAAACAGAUAUGGAAAGAGUCCGUCAUUGGACUCAGCAGCUGUUGUUGUGCAAUAUCCUUUCAGUGAACCUCUUGCACCUGGUACUCCAUUUGUGUCAUCAGUGACAAAGGACCACAUGGUUGUUGAAUGGAAAGUACCAACCAGUAAUGGAGGUAGUCCAAUCCUUGGUUACCACCUCGAACGCAAAGAGAAGAACAGCAUUCUCUGGACGAAGUUGAACAAACUGCUCAUUCCUGACUGUCGAUUCAAAACAAAUGAACUUGAAGAGGGCAUUGAGUAUGAAUUCAAGGUCUUCGCUGAGAACAUUGCUGGCUUGAGUCCACCUAGUAAGAUUUCUGAUGUUUGUGUCGCCAGAGACCCAUGUGAUCCACCUGGUACCCCUGAGGCUAUUGAUAUUACCAGGAACCACGUUACACUGUCAUGGAAAAAGCCCCAGUAUGAUGGUGGUAGCCUGAUCACAGGCUAUGUUGUUGAAAGGAAGAAGCUUCCUGAAGGCCGUUGGAUGAAGGCUAGCUUCACAAAUGUAAUUGAGACUCAAUUCACAAUCUCAGGUCUGACUGAAGGUUGUGAGUAUGAGUUUAGAGUAAUUGCAAGGAAUGCAUCUGGUAUUUUCAGUGCUCCCUCUGAAAGCACUGGAGCAAUUACUGCUAAAGAUGAAAUUGAAGCACCAACAGCAUCAAUGGAUCCCAAAUUCAAGGACUGUAUUGUCAUCCGUGCUGGUGAAACAUUUGUUAUUGAUGCUGAUAUUUUGGGAAAACCACUCCCUGAAAUCACAUGGUUGAAAGAUGGAAAAGAAAUCGACCAAACUACCCCAAGAAUGGAGAUUAAAACCACCAUUCAACGUACUAUUCUAACAGUCAAGGAAUGUAUCAGAGUAGAUGGUGGACACUUUGUCCUGAGUCUUAGCAACGUUGGUGGAACAAAAUCUAUUCCCGUCAACGUGAAAGUUCUUGAUAGACCUGGUCCACCCGAAGGUCCAAUGAAGAUAACUGGCGUGACUUCAGAGAAAGCCUAUCUUCACUGGAGUCAUCCAUUACAUGAUGGCGGUGCCAGCUGUUCUCAUUAUAUAAUUGAAAAGAGGGAAACCAGCAGAUUGUCAUGGACUGUAGUCGAACCCAGAAUCCAAGCUGUCAGCUACAAAGUGACUAAACUCUUGCCUGGCAAUGAGUACAUCUUCAGAGUUACAGCAGUAAAUAAGUUUGGCAUUGGUGAACCUCUUGAAUCAGACCCAGUUAUUGCACGUAAUCCUUUUGUGACACCCAGCGCUCCCUCAACACCUGAAGCAAGUGCUAUUACAAGGGACUCAAUGGUCCUUACAUGGGAACGUCCAGCAGAUAAUGGUGGCUCAGAUAUUGAUGGCUAUGUCCUGGAGAAACGAGAUAAAGAGGGCAUUAGAUGGACAAAAUGUAACAAGAAAAGACUUAAUGACAUCAGGUUCAGAUGUACCGGACUCACCGAGGGACAUUCCUAUGAGUUCAGAGUGUCUGCUGAAAAUGCUGCUGGUGUGGGAGUGCCAAGUGCACCAACAGAAUACAUCAAAGCCUGUGAUGCCACAUAUCCACCUGGUCCUCCUAACAACCCUAAGGUGACAGACCACUCAAGCACAACUGUGUCACUCUCAUGGACAAGGCCCAUCUAUGAUGGUGGAGCAGCCAUCAAAGGAUAUGUUGUUGAGAUGAGAGAAGAAGGAGAUGAAGAAUGGAUAACAUGUACACCGCCAACUGGUGUACAAGCAACACACUUUACUGUGAAAAAACUGAGGGAAAAUGCUGAAUACUAUUUCCGCAUCUGUGCAAUUAACAUUGAAGGAGUUGGUGAGCAUGUUGAUGUUCCAGGGUCUGUAGUUGCAUCUGAAAGACUUGAGGCCCCUGAGAUUGAACUUGAUUCAGACCUUAGGAAAAUGGUCCAAGUACGGGCAAGUGCAACACUGCGUUUGUUUGUGACAAUCAAAGGAAAACCUGAACCUGAAGUAAAGUGGUCCAAGAUGGAUGGCCCUCUUACUGAGCGUGCACAAAUUGAGGUCACAAGCUCCUACACAAUGCUUGUCAUCGACAAUGUCAAUAGAUUUGACACUGGCAAGUAUGUGUUGACUCUCGAGAACCUUAGUGGUCAAAAAUCAGCAUUCAUUAAUGUCAGGGUGUUGGACUCACCAAGUGCCCCUGAGAACUUUGAAGUCAAGGAUAUUAAGAGAGAUUCUGUAUCACUAUCCUGGGAGCCUCCUAUGAUUGACGGUGGAGCUAAGGUCACCCAUUACAUUGUGGAAAAGAGAGAUAAUACAAGACUGGCAUUUACAAGUGUUUCAAAUAACUGUGUAAGAAAUUCCAUGAAGAUUGAUGACCUUAAAGAGGGCGGAAUUUACUAUUUCCGCGUCAAAGCUGUCAAUGAGCUUGGUGUGGGUUUGCCAGCAGAAACAACAGAACCAAUCAAGGUAUCCCAAGCCCCCUUGCCUCCUGGCAAAGUUACGGUUGUAGAUGUUACUCGCGACAGUGUGAGUCUCGCAUGGGAAAAGCCUGAUCAUGAUGGUGGUAGCAAAAUCACAAGCUAUACAGUAGAAAUGAAAACCAUGGGCGAUGAGAAAUGGACUGUAUGCACUGAGAUUAAAGCAUUGGAAGCAACUAUUGGUGGACUCACAACUGGCGAGGAAUAUUCAUUUAGGAUUACUGCUGUCAAUGACAAAGGCAAGAGUGAACCUAAGCCACUGGCAGACCCUGUCGUAGUAAAGGACAUUACAAUCGAACCUAUCAUCGAUCUGAUGUUCAACACAUACAGUGUCAAGGCAGGAGAUGAUCUGAAGAUUGAUGUUCCGUUCAGAGGCAGACCUGAACCUGAGGUGGCAUGGAAAAAAGAUGGAGCUGUAUUGAAGCAGACAACCAGGGUGAAUGUUCUGACAGCAAAAAAUUCAUCGAAAAUUACUAUCAAAGACGCAACCAGGGAGGACUUUGGGAAGUAUGAGAUCAAUUUAACCAACACCGUUGGCAAGAAAUCAGCAACAAUAGCUGUUAUCAUCUUGGAUAAACCUGGCCCACCAGGUGCAAUCAAGGUAGAUGAAGUGAGUGCUGACAAUAUUUCACUGUCUUGGGAUGCCCCACUCUACGAUGGAGGAUGUCAAAUCAACAACUAUGUCGUGGAGAAGAGAGAUACUACCACUACAACAUGGCAGAUUGUUUCAGCCACAGUUGCCAGAACAUCAAUUAAAGUUCCCCGCUUGACACAAGGCACUGAAUAUCAGUUCCGUAUUGCAGCUGAAAAUCGCUACGGCAAGAGCCAUGCUGUGGACUCCGCUCCAAUUGUUGCACAGUACCCCUUCGAGACACCUGGCAUUCCCACUUCCCUCCAUGUUGCCCAUGCUACAAAGUCUGGCAUUUUGGUUGCAUGGGGUAAACCAGCCAGUGACGGCGGAAGUCCAAUCAUUGGUUAUCACCUGGAAAUGAAAGACCAUAGCAGUAUUCUCUGGACAAAGAUCAACAGAGGUAUCAUUGCUGAAACAGAAUACAAAGUGAUUGGGAUUGAGGAAGGCUUGCUGUAUGAGUUCCGUGUUUAUGCUCAGAAUAUUGCUGGAAUUGGACCUUGCACCAAAGCCUCUGAACCUGUAGCUGCAAGAGAUCCUUGUGAUCCACCUGUUAACCUUGAGGUCAUUGACAUCACAAGAACUUCAGUUUCCAUUACUUGGCAGGCGCCAGAGAAUGACGGUGGAGCCAAGGUGACUGGCUACAUUGUUGAACGCAGGGAGCUUCCAGAUGGCCGUUGGCUGAAGUGCAAUUUCGCCAGUCUCCUGGACACAUACUUUGACAUUACAGGCCUUACAGAGGACGUACAAUAUGACUUCCAUGUUAUUGCAAAGAAUGCAGCUGGAUUACUCAGUGAGCCAUCACUGAGCACAGGUGCCAUCACAGUCAAGGAUGAGGUGGAUUCACCUCGCAUUGAGUUGGAAGACAGGUUUAGACAAUUAGUAGUUGUCAAAGCUGGAGAUAUUUUGAGAAUCGAUGCAGAUAUUUCUGGGCGCCCACGUCCAGUCAUUGCAUGGACAAAGGAUGGUAAAGAAAUUGAUGCCAAGGCAAGAGUGGAGAUUACUUCAACACACAGCACCACCACAUUAAUAGUCAGAGACACUAUCAGAAGAGACACUGGACAGUACAUUGUAACUCUACAGAACGUUGCUGGCACAAGGUCCUUGGCUGUAAACUGUAAGGUCCUUGACCGCCCUGGACCAUCCUCUGGACCAUUGGUGGUCACUGGUCUGACAGCAGAGAAGUGCACUUUGACCUGGGGACCACCUCAAGAAAAUGGUGGUGCAGAAAUCAUGCACUACAUUGUUGAGAAACGUGAAACCAGCCGUCUCGCCUGGACUUUAGUAUAUGGCGAUAUGAAAGCUACAACAUGCAAAGUCACCAAACUGCUUAAAGGAAAUGAAUACAUCUUCAGAGUAAGGGGAGUGAACAAAUAUGGAGACGGUGAAGCCCUGGAGAGUGAGCCCACCAGAGCCAAGAAUGCAUACACUGUCCCUGCAGCACCAACAGAUGUUCAAAUCACGAGUAUCACAAGUGAUGCAAUGACAAUCUGCUGGGAAAGACCAGAAUCCGAUGGAGGAAGCAGCAUUUAUGGCUAUGUUAUUGAGAAACGAGAGAAAAUUGGAUUGCGCUGGGUACGAGUGAACAAAAAGCCUGUGUAUGACCUCAGGGUCAAGGCAUCCAAUCUCCGUGAGGGAGCUGAAUAUGAGUACAGAGUCUAUGCAGAAAACGCUGCAGGCUUGAGCCUCCCAAGUAUUCCUACCGAACUAACAAAGGCGGAGGAUCCCCAAUUCCUGCCAUCUCCACCAUCUAAACCUAAAGUUAUUGACUCCUCCAAGACAACUGUUUCUCUUUCAUGGAACAAGCCGUUGUUUGAUGGUGGUGCUCCUGUGACAGGAUACUGUGUUGAAUAUAGGAGAACAGAUGAAUACGAUGAUGACUGGUGUGUCGGUGUUUCAAACACAAAGAACACUGAAUUCACCGUCGUUGGAUUAACUUCUGGAGCAGAAUAUAUAUUUGUUGUCAAAUCAAUCAACAAGAUUGGUCUCAGUGAGCCAAGCCCCCCUACGGAUCCACAGGUGGCAAAGGAGAGAGAAGAGGAACCAGUAUUUGAUAUCAGCAAUGAGAUGCGAAAGACACUCAUUGUAAAGGACGGUAGUUCAUUCACCCUAACUGUGCCAUUCAGGGGAAAGCCCGUUCCUAAUGUUAUGUGGACCAAGGCUGCUGUUGACCUGAGAGUGAGGGCCAGUAUUGAUACCACUGAUACCUUCACAUCUAUCACAGUGGAACAAGCAACAAGAGAUGACUCUGGAAAAUAUACUGUGACUCUCCAAAACAUAGCUGGAAAAGUUGCAUGUACAUUAAAUGUAAGGGUUCUGGACUCUCCUGGUCCACCAUCUCAUGUUGGGUUCAAGGAUGUUACAAAGAGCUCUGCAACAGUUACAUGGGAUACCCCAGAUAAUGAAGGUGGCGCUGCUGUAAAGAACUACCUUGUUGAUAUUCGUGAGGCAAGCAAAAAGGGAUGGACCAGACUCACAGAUACCUGCCAUCGUCUGACCUACAAAGUAACAGACCUGGUGGAGGGAGGAGUAUACUACUUUAGAGUCACGGGUGAAAAUGAAUAUGGAGUUGGUGUAUCAGCUGAGACCAAAGAUGGAGCAAAGAUUACAGAAAAACCCAGCCCACCAGCAUCACUUGGAGUCACCGAUAUCACCAAGGAAAGUGUUUCACUUGCAUGGGGCAAGCCUGAGCAAGACGGAGGUAGCAGAAUCACCAGUUACCAAAUCGAUGCUCUUGAGAAGGGUCAGGAUAAAUGGGUGAAAGUUGGUGUCACCAAGUUCACCCACAUUGUGGUCUAUGGUCUGACGCAAAAUGCUGAAUACUUCUUCAGAGUUCGUGCUGAAAACCACGCUGGAUUCAGUGAUGCUAAAGACAUGAUUCUGCCUGUAACAGUUAAAGACCAGCAUGAACCUCCUGAGAUCAACAUGAAGAAGUUCCCCCACAAUACAGUCUAUGUCCGAGCAGGAUCAAACCUGAAAUGUGAGAUCCCACUUACUGGCAGACCUAUGCCAAAGGUUUCUCUUUCAAAGGACAAUGUUGCACUGAAGUCAACUAUGAGAUUCAACUCUGAAGUAACUCCUGAAUACCUCAUCAUUACUCUUCGUGAGAGCAUUGCUAUUGAUUCAGGAAGGUAUGACAUCUGUGCCUCCAACACAAGUGGAACCACCAAGUCUUUUGUUAACAUUGUGGUCCUAGAUAGACCAAGCGCCCCAGUUGGUCCUGUGGAAAUGACUGACGUGACAGAGGACAGUGUGAGUCUGAAGUGGUGUCCUCCUCGUUAUGAUGGUGGAAGCACCAUUUCAAAUUACAUCAUCCUCAAACGUGAAACAACCAACGCCAACUGGACUGAGGUCUCCUCGGCCGUCGCAAGAUGCACCAUGAAAAUCAUGAAGCUUACAACAGGACUGGAGUACCAGUUCAGAAUCAGGGCUGAGAAUCGCUACGGUGUCAGUGAGCACAUUGACUCUCCAACCGUCAGAGUAGAUCUGCCCUACACCGUCCCUGUAGCUCCAUCAGCUCCUAUGGUUACAUCUGUAACCAGAGAAAGCAUCACUGUAGCCUGGAAGGAGCCAGCCUCCAAUGGAGGAAGCCAUGUCUUUGGAUACCAUCUUGAAAUAAAGGAUAGAAACAGCAUCUGUUGGCAGAAGGUUAACAAGACUGUUAUCCGUGCCACACACUACAAGGUGCCAGACAUUGCUGCCGGCCUCAUCUAUGAGUUCAGGGUUACAGCAGAAAAUGCAGCUGGAUGCAGUCCGCUCAGCAAAAUCUCAGACGCAGUACUUGCAAUUGAUGCGUGCGAGCCUCCAACCAAUGUCAGGAUCACUGACAUCACGAAGACUUCCAUCAGCAUCGCAUGGCAGAAGCCCAAUUAUGAUGGCGGUAGCAAGAUCACAGGAUACCUGAUUGAGAAGAAAGAGGGCCAGAAGGACAGAUGGACGAAGGCUAACUUGACCAAUGUUUCUGACACACAUUAUACUGUGACAGGACUUACUCAGGAUGAGACCUAUGAAUUCAGAGUCAUGGCAAAGAAUGCAGUUGGAUCAAUUAGCAAUCCAUCCAUCAUUGCAGGCCCUGCAACUUGUGUUGAUACAUAUGGUGCCCCUGAGAUUGAAAUUCCUGAUGAAUAUCGCGAGGUUGUGAAACACAAAGCUGGAACCACUGUCGAGCUUAGAUUUGGAAUCAUUGCCAAACCAGCACCGACAAUUGAGUGGUACAAGGACAGAAAGGAACUUGAGUCCGGUGCCCAGGCUCAGCUGGUACAGAAGAACGCUGCUGAUAGUUCCACUCUUAUCAUCAGGGAUACCACACGUCUCAACUCUGGAACAUAUGAGAUGAGGCUCAAAAACUCUUUGGGCUCAGCAUAUGCCUACGUCAGAGUACAAAUUCUUGAUAAACCAGGACCACCACCUGGCGAGAUUCAGCUCAAGAAGGUCACUGCUAACAGUAUCACCAUAAUGUGGGAUCCUCCUGAGGAUGAGGGUGGCGCAAUGGUAACCCACUACAUUGUGGAGAAACGGGAGGCCAGCAGAAUUCAAUGGUCCAUUAUCUCUGAGAAUUGGGCGGAAUGUAUUGUGAAUGUCCCAAGACUGAUCAAAGGCAAUGAGUACAUCUUCAGAGUCCGAGGAGUGAACAAAUAUGGAGUUGGAGACCCACUGGAAUCUGAACCCGUAGAAGCAAAGAAUGCAUUUGUUCCUCCAAGUCAACCUUCCAAGCCUCAAGUCACCAUGAUCACACACUCCUCAAUGACGGUGGUAUGGGAAAGACCUGGAAUUGAUGGCGGAAGUGACAUUGAUGGAUAUUACCUGGAAAAACGAGAGAAGACAAGCUUGCAUUGGUUCAAGGUUAUCAAAAACACCAUUCGUGAUACAAGACAGAAAGUCAGCAACCUGCUCACAGGAAAGGACUAUCAAUAUCGUGUAUGUGCUGUCAAUAAGGCUGGAGCUGGUCCAUACUCCGAAGAGUCUGACCUCUUCAAAGCUGCUGAUGCAGUUGACCCACCAGGUGAACCAACCAAACUCAGAGUGGUCGACUCCACCAAAACAUCCAUCACCCUGGGCUGGGUGGCGCCAGUGUAUGAUGGUGGCAGCGAGAUCACCAGCUACAUCGUUGAGCAGAUGACCUCUGAAGAAAGGGAAUGGGCUGUCAUCAGCCACAAUGGAGAAGUGAGGACAACAGAGUAUGUUGUGAAUCACCUGAAACCAGGAACCUAUUACUUCUUCCGUGUAUCUGCUGUCAACUGUCUGGGACCCAGUCAACCAAUCGAGAUGUACCAGCCUGUUCAAUCCAAGGAUAUUCUUGAGGAGGCCGAUCUUGAUUUGGAUGUUCCCAUGACGACUCAAUACACUGCCAAGGCAGGAAGGGAUAUUGAGGUGUUUAUUCCUCUGAAGGGCAGACCUGCACCAAACUGCACAUGGAGAAGACAUGACAAGAAUAUGGCCAGCGAUGCAAGAUACACUAUCACCAGCACAGAACGUACAACAGUUCUUGUCAUUCCAAAGGUCACCCGCGACGACUGCGGCAAAUACUACCUGGAGAUUGAGAACGGUGUUGGCGAGUCCAAGUUCAUCACUGUGUCUGUCAAGGUUCUUGACACCCCAUCCAUUUGCCAAAAACUGAUCAUCAAGAAUGUCACCAGAGGCAAGUUGACCCUGAGCUGGGAAGCUCCUCUGAUCGAUGGUGGUUCCCCAAUCACCAACUACAUUGUGGAGAAGAAAGACGCUAACAACAGAGCGUAUACAGUCGUGUCAUCAGAGUGCCCCAACACAUCAUACAAGAUUGACGGUCUGUCAGAUGAAAUUGCCUACUUCUUCAGAGUGUCUGCUGAGAAUGAGCAUGGUACUGGUGAUACAUGUGAGACUGCAGAGCCAGUCAGGGCCACUGAGACCCCCGGACCAGUCAAAGAGCUGGUCAUGACAGACGCUACUAAGACAUCAGUGACUCUUCACUGGACCAAGCCUGACCAUGAUGGAGGUAGCCACAUUUCAGACUAUGUCAUUGAGACGAAAACUAAAGAAGAAGAAACCUGGACUGUUGCUACAACAUGCAAGCGUUGCACAUGUGAAGUUAAAAACCAGAAGGAAAAUUCUGUUGUGAACUUUAGAGUGUUUUCUAAGAAUGAGAAGGGCAUCAGUGACUUCUCUCAGAUUGGGCCCAUAACAGUAAAGGAGUUCAUUAUUCCACCUGAGGCCAACAUGAUAGAUUAUCCAAAUGGCGAACUCUUUGUUCGUGUCGGUCAAAACAUCCAUAUUGAGAUGCCAUUUAAGGGUAAACCAAAGCCAUCUGUUGGAUGGAUGAAGGAAAACAUUCCUUUGAAAGAAAGUGAACAGAUUCGCUUCCGUGAAACAGACAACAGAGUGUCUAUAACAGUCAGAAGCGCAAAGAAAGAGAAUGCAGGCCUAUACACAUUGGUUCUGAACAACAAGCUUAUCAAGAACUUCUUUGACAUCAAUGUGAUCACUCUCGGACCCCCCUCUGUGCCAGUUGGACCGGUCCGAUUUGAUGAGGUCAAAGCACAAGGCAUCAUUAUAUCUUGGGAUGAACCACAGGACAAUGGAGGUGGAGACAUCACUUGCUACAGUGUGGAGAAACGAGAGAUGGCCCAGGCUAACUGGAAGAUGGUUUGCUCCAGUGUGGUGAGGACAACGUUCAAGAUACCCAACCUGGUCAAGGGCACAGAGUACCAGUUUAGAGUACGUGCAGAGAACAAAUACGGAGUGAGCGAUCCUUUAAAUUCACCAGACGUGAUCGCCCAACACCAGUACAUGCCACCAGGUGCACCAGGAAAACCAGUCACAUACAACGUUACCAGUGACGGCAUGACUAUCCAAUGGGAAGCACCCAGCUUUGAUGGCGGCUCACCAAUCACUGGCUACCAUGUUGAGAAGAAGGACAGAAACAGCCUGCUGUGGACUAAAGUAAAUUCCAGCAUCAUCUCUGCCCGUGACUACAGAAUCAUUCAGUUGAUUGAAGGACUGGAGUAUUCCUUCAGAGUCUAUGCAGAGAAUAAUGCUGGCCUGAGUCCCGUCAGUGAACAGAGCAAACAUGCCCUCGCAAUCUCCCCAGUUGAUCCACCUGGUACGCCUAACGUCAUUGAUGUCACAAGAGAUACUGUCACUCUCAAAUGGGAUAUACCCAAGAAAGAUGGAGGAUUUAAGAUUGUGGCAUACAGUGUGGAGAGACGUCAAGGUAGAGGCAAAUGGUUGAGAUGCAACUUCACCGACAUAAGUGAUUUGCAAUUCACCAUCACCGGACUUUCUGCUGGUGAUCGCUAUGAAUUCAGAGUGAUUGCCAGAAAUGCUGUCGGUACAGUCAGUCCACCCUCACAGUCAUCGGGCUAUGUCAUGACCAAAGAUGAAAGUGUUUCUCCCGACAUUGAGUUCAGAGCCGACACUGCGCUUGUGUACAAGGCUGGUGAAAACAUCAAACUAAACUGUAGUAUCACGGGUCGACCAGUGCCUCAGGUCAUAUGGUACAAGGACGGUAAAGAGAUUGACAAGAUGAUGUUGAUUGAUAUUACCACUAACAUCGGCUCCAGCCACCUGUUCAUCAGAGAUGCUGAUCGCGACCAUCGCGGAGUGUACAUGGUGGAAGCCAAGAACAGCUCUGGAACAAAGACAGAGAGUGUCAACAUCAGAGUCUCAGAUACCUCUGGACCACCUGAGGGACCAGUGCGUUUCACUGGUAUCACUGCAGAAAAGGCAACUGUCUGGUGGAACCCCCCAGAGAACGAUGGAUGUGCUGCAAUCCUCUGUUAUACAGUGGAAAAGAGAGAAACAUCUAGGAUCUCCUGGGCAAUGAUGACAAGCAAGUGUGAAGCUUGUUCAUUCAACGCCACCAAGCUGAUCAAGGGCAACGAGUACCAGUUCCGUAUCUCUGCUGUCAAUAAGUUCGGAGUUGGACGUCCUCUCGACUCUGAUCCAUUCAUUGCACAGAUGCAAUUCACCGUUCCAGAAGCCCCAGGAACACCAGACGCCACAAAUGUGACUGGAGACACCAUCACAAUAGGCUGGACAAGACCCAGAUCAGAUGGUGGAAAUGAGAUCAAACACUACAUCCUGGAGAGACGUGAGAAGAAGAGCUUGCAAUGGGUGAAGGUUUCAUCCAAGAGGCCAAUCACUGAGCUCAGACACAGAGUGACACACCUGAACGAAGGUAAUGAGUAUGAAUUCCGUGUCAUGGCUGAAAAUGGUGCCGGAAUCGGACCAGCAAGCAGCACAUCAAGACUCUUCAAGUGCAGAGAGCCUACAAGCGCUCCAAGUGCUCCUUCUCUGGUGAAGGUCACCGACUCCACAAAGUCGUCUGUCACCCUGGAAUGGAUCAAGCCUGUGUUUGACGGUGGUAUGGAGAUCAUUGGCUACGUCAUUGAGAUGUGCAAGGCAAGCCUUAAUGAAUGGCACCAAGUCAAUAGAGCAACUUGCAUCAACACAACAUACACCGCUAAAGGUUUAACGGCUGGUGAGGAAUAUAGGUUCCGUGUGCGUGCAGUGAAUGGGUCUGGAAAAGGAGAAGCAUGUGUAGUUCCUAAUCCAGUGCAAGCUGUUGAUAGACUGACAUCACCAGAAAUCACACUUGAUGCAGACUUCAAACAGACACACGUUGUGAAGAACGGGGCCACCGUCACUCUUCAUAUUGCCUUCUGUGGUAAACCAGCUCCGCUGGCUACAUGGACCAAGGCAGGUGGAGAACUUGGUGUUAUGGCAGAUGUCAACACAACUGACACAUACAGUACCUUGACCAUUGAGAGCUGUACCAGAUUUGACUCUGGAAAAUACACCUUGUUGCUUGAGAACAACGGUGGCCGCAAAUCUAUCACAUUGACCGUAAAGGUGCUUGAUACACCUGGACCUCCAGGAGCUAUCAGCUUCAAGGAUGUGACCAGGGGAGCUCUGACAAUGCUGUGGGACGCUCCAGCCAACGACGGCGGAGCCCGUAUUCAGCACUACAUCGUAGAAAAGCGUGAGGCUAGUCGUCUCAGCUGGAAGUCAGUCAGCGAAAAAUCCUCACGCCAAAUGAUCAGAAUGACCAACCUAGAAAUAGGUGUACCUUACCUGUUCAGAGUCAUCGCUGAAAAUACGUAUGGCAGAGGAGAACCCUGUGAGAUGACUGAACCGAUUACUGCAACUGAGGUCCCUGCUCCACCCAAGAGUCUUGACGUCAUUGACACUACUAAUUCUACUGCUAUCUUGGCCUGGCUGAAACCUGAACAUGACGGUGGCAGCCGCAUCACAGGUUACAUUGCUGAGGCCAAAGCAAAGGGCUCUGAUCGCUGGAUUGUUGGCGGUCAAACCAAACACCUAAAGUUAGUCAUUGACGGCUUGAUUGAGAACACAGAAUAUGACUUCCGCGUCAAGGCUAUCAAUGAGGCUGGUAUCAGUGUCCCAAGAGAUGCCUUAGCAUCCGUUGUCAUCAAGGAGCCCAAGAUUGAGCCCACAGCAGAUCUCAGUGGCAUAAAUAACCAGCUCAUCACAUGCAAGACUCACAAUGCAUUCACCAUUGAUAUCCCCAUCAGUGGCAGACCAGCUCCAAAGGCCACCUGGAAACUGGAGGAGAUGAAGCUAAAAGAGACGGAUAGAGUGAUCAUCAAGACUACUACAGAAAGGACCACCCUGGUGGUAAAAGACAGCAAGAGAGGAGACAGUGGAAAAUAUUACCUCACUCUGGACAAUGCCGCCGGACUGAAGACAUUUGCUGUUACUGUCAACGUUGUUGGAAGACCCACUCCACCAGUAGGACCCAUUGAAAUCUCUGAAGUGUCAUCAGAGGGCUGCUCAUUGGCUUGGACAGCACCAGAGGAUGACGGUGGAACAGAUAUCGACAACUACAUUGUUGAGAAACGUGAAUCUGGAUCUACAUCCUGGCAAGUGGUGAACUCAAGUUGUAAACGCACCACGAUCAAAGUAAGCCAUCUGACCAAAUACAUGGAGUACACCUUCCGUGUCUCUGCUGAGAGCAAGUAUGGCGUGAGCAAGUCCAUUGAGUCUUCAGCUGUUGUCAUUGAGCAUCCAUUUGUUCCACCAAGUCCACCAACUCGCCCAGAUGUGGUGUCAGUAUCUGCUACGGCUAUUGGCAUCAAGUGGGAUCUGCCAUACGCUGAUGGCGGCAGUAAGGUGACUGGAUACUGGAUAGAGAAGAAGGAGAGAAACACCAUUCUUUGGGUCAGGGAGAACAAGCUUCCAUGCCUGGAUACCCAAUACAAAGUCUCUAGUCUCAUUGAAGGCCUGGAGUACCAGUUCAGAGUUUAUGCUAUGAAUAUUUCUGGUCUCAGCAAAGCCAGUGAGGCCUCAAGACCAGUAGUGGCUUUGAACCCAGUCGAUCCUCCUGGUAAACCUGAGGUGACUGAUGUCACAAGGUCCUCAGUAACUAUUGCAUGGGGUAUACCAUUCAAUGAUGGUGGCAGCAAGAUUGUCGGAUACAUCGUUGAGCGCAAGCCAUGGAGUGAUGAUGAGUGGGAUAAUGCCCGCUGGUUGAAAUGUAACUACACCACCAUCACAGAGACUCACUUCACAGUUGGAGGACUGGGUGAAGCAGAAAUCUUUGAAUUCCGUGUCAUUGCCAAAAAUGGAGCCGGAGUUCACAGUGCACCAUCUGAAACAACAGGACCGAUCACCUGCAAGGACGAAUACACUCCUCCCAAGGCUGAACUUGACAGCUCUCUUGUUGGAGAGCAUGUCACUAUCCGGGCUGGAUCAGACCUGGUCCUUGAUGGUGUAAUUGGUGGUAAACCCGAACCCAUAGUAUGGUGGGCCAAAGGUGACAAGGUGCUGGAGCUGGGAGAGAAAUACUCCCUGACAUACACCAGUUCAAGAGCCAUGGCCAUCAUCAAGUCCUGCAACAGAAACGACACAGGAAGAUACGUUCUGACCGUGAAGAACGCCAGUGGAACCAAGACAGCGUCUGUCAAUGUUAAAGUACUCGAUACACCAGGGCCUCCUGAGGAAAAGGUCACAAUCACCAGGGUGACAGAUGAGAAGUGCACUGUGUCUUGGAAGAUCCCUCUGGAGGACGGUGGAGAUCUUGUCACUCAUUACAUUGUUGAUAGACGUGAGACCAGCAGACUCAACUGGGUGAUCAUGGAGACCGAGUGCAAGACUCUGUCCUGUGUCAGCUCCAAACUGAUCAAGAACAACGAGUACGUCUUCCGUGUCAGAGGAGUAAACAAGUUCGGACCUGGUGUGCCCUUGGAGUCCGAGCCUGUCAUCGCCAGAAACGCAUACACUGUCCCAUCACAACCUGGAGCACCAGAAGUCACGGCUGUAGGAAAGGAGCACGUCAUCAUUGAAUGGAUGAAACCUGAAAGUGAUGGUGGAAGUGAGAUCAAGAAUUACCUGGUGGACAAACGUGAGAAGAGCAGUUCCAGAUGGACCAGGGUCAAUAAGACCUUUACCAUCUAUGACAUCCGCCUGAAGAUCUCUGGUUUGCUGGAAGGCAGUGACUACCAGUUCCGUGUUACAGCUGUGAAUACAGCUGGAAACAGCCAGCCAAGUGAAGCCUCUCAGUAUGCCUACUGUAGAGAGCCAACAUACACUCCAGCCCCUCCUUCAAUUCCACGUGUGGUAGAUUCCACCAAGCAUAGCAUUAGCUUGCAAUGGACCAGACCCAUGUAUGAUGGUGGCGCUGAUGUUGUUGGCUACGUGGUGGAGGUGCUUGAGGAAGGAACCGAGCAGUGGUACAGGGCCACUCAGAAGACUUUGAAGACCAAUUCGUUUGUUGCCACUGGACUUCAAAGCAACAAGAAGUACAGUUUCCGUGUCGCAGGAGUCAAUAGCAAUGGCACUGGGGAAUUCAGCGAACCUAGUGUGGAAAUUGAGCCUGUUGAGAAACUCUCAAUCCCUGAUCUUGAGCUUCCUGAUGAUCUGAAGAAGAUUGUGUGUCUGAGAGCUGGUAACACUCUUAGGCUGUUCGUCAAUGUGGCUGGAAGACCGGCUCCUGUACUGACCUGGAGGAAACCUGGCAUUGACCUGCAGAGCCGUGGGUUCAUUGAUACAACUGAUAGUUACACUCAACUGAUCGUUGAGAAGGUCCAUCGUUACGAUGCCGGCAAAUACACCAUUGAGGCUGAAAAUCCAUCUGGCAAGAAGUCAGCAACCAUUCUCGUCAAAGUUUAUGAUACUCCUGGACCACCUGGUUCAGUUAGAGUCAAAGACUACACAAAGGAGUCUGUCGUCAUCACAUGGGACGUACCAACUAUUGACGGCGGAGCCCCUGUGAACAACUACAUUAUUGAGAAACGUGAAGCUUCAAUGAAAUCCUACAAAACAGUUACAACAGAAUGCAGGAAGACCUUGUUCAGAAUUACUGGCCUGGAGGAAUCAGUACACUACUUCUUCAGAGUGUUACCAGAGAACAUAUACGGUGUAGGAGAACCAUGUGAAACUCCUGAAUCAGUGUUGGUCUGUGAAGUACCCAGCCUCCCGCAGGAUCUGCACAUUGUGGAUAUUGGAAAGUCCUCCGCCUUACUUAACUGGGAGAAACCUCUUCAUGAUGGUGGAAGCAGACUGACGGGCUACGUCAUUGAAGCUAACAUCGUUGGAUCAGACAGAUGGAGUGCAGUGGCCACCGUUAAACAGUCCAUGUCCCGGCACACCGUCACUGGUCUGACAGAGAAGGAGACGUAUCUCUUCAGAAUCAGAGCUACCAACACCAGAGGAGUUAGCGAGCCUAGGGAGAUUACAGGACCUGUGGUCAUUCAGGAACAACUACUGGCGCCCUAUAUUGAUCUGGCCGGCAUUCCACAGAAGGUUGUCCAUGUGCCAGCCGGCAAACCAAUCGACCUCAAUAUUCCUAUAAAGGCCAGACCUGCUCCAGUUUGCACCUGGUCCUUCAAUGGUUCUAAAAUGAAGGAUAGUCUUGACCGGGUUAAGAUUGAGUCUAAUGGAAAAUACACCAAACUGACUGUCCGUGAGACAACCAUUGAUGACACUGGUAGCUACACUCUUCAAGUAAAGAAUUCUGUAGGAACUGCGACAGAGAUACUUAAAAUUAUCAUUCUUGAUAAACCUGGAAUACCUAUUGGACCGAUCACAGUUGAUGCCGUUGAUGCCACAUCGGUAACGGUCAGCUGGGAGCCACCAGAGAAGGAUGGCGGUGCCAACGUCAGUGGCUAUGUUGUUGAGCAGCGUGACGCUCACCGCCCCGGAUGGCUACCAGUGUCCGAAUCUGUCACAAGACCCACAUUCAAGUUCACCAGAUUGUCUGAGGGAACUGAAUACGUGUUCCGUGUGGCUGCAACAAACCGCUUCGGCAUUGGGGGAUUCUUGCAGUCUGAAGUUGUUGAAUGCAAGAGUCUCAAGACCAUACCCAGUGCACCAAACCGACCUGAUGUACUGGAUGUGACUCAUGAGGGAAUGACCAUCACAUGGCAGCCACCAGAAGAAGAUGGAGGCUCCCAGGUGUCUGGAUAUAUAAUUGAGCGUAAGGAGGUCAGAUCUGAAAGGUGGAUGAGCAUCGUUAAGAACCCAGUCACCAUGACCAGAUACAGAUCAUCAGGUCUGUGCGAAGGCAAUGAGUAUGAGUUCCGCGUGAUCGCCCUCAACUCCAGAGGCUCGAGCAAACCCAGUAUGGCAUCUAAACCAGCUAUCGCCAUGGAUCCCAUCGAGCCUCCUAGUGCACCACAGUUCCCCAUGGUCACAGACACAACCAGGACGUCUGUGUCUCUGGCCUGGAGUCCUCCAGAGGAAGAGGGUGGUUCUGUCAUCACUGGUUAUCUGAUUGAGAUGCAGAAGGUGGACCAGGUGGAAUGGACCAUGUGCAACACGACACCCAUAAAGAUCUGUGAAUACACUCUGACGCACAUGCCUCAGGGAGCUGAGUACAAGUUCCGUGUGAUGGCCUGCAACGCUGGUGGACCCGGAGAGCCAGUCGAGAUCCCAGGAAUCGUCAAGGUUACAGAAAUGCUUGACUAUCCCGAUUAUGAACUGGACCUCAAAUAUGAAGAAGGCUAUGUGGUCAGACAGGGAGGAGUCAUCAGGCUGUCUGUGCCCAUCAAGGGUAAACCAGUCCCUAUUUGCAAGUGGACAAAGGAAGGCCGAGAUAUCUCUCACAGAGCUAUGAUUGCCACCAAUGAUGAUAUCACUGAACUUGUGAUCAAAGAAGCCCACAGAGAUGAUACUGGCACAUAUGACCUGGUCCUGGAGAACAAAUGUGGCAGGAAGGCUGUCUACAUCAAUGUUAAAGUGAUUGGACGUCCAGACGCACCGGAAGGUCCUCUUGAGUUUGAUGAUAUCCAGGCUCGCUCUGUAAGAGUCAGCUGGAGACCUCCCUCUGAAGACGGUGGCUCUGAUAUCCUGGGUUACAUCGUUGAAAGGCGAGAGGUAUCAAAGGUAGCAUGGUACACUGUGGACUCAAGAGUGGUGGACACAGCUCUGGUGGUCAAGGGGCUGAAGGAGAAUGUUGAAUACCAUUUCAAGAUCACUGCUGAAAACCAGUUUGGUGUGAGCAGAUCUCUCAAAUCAGAUGAAUGUGUCACUCCAAAGACACCGUUGUCUCCACCAGAACCUCCAAUCAACCCACCAGAAGUUAUGGAUGUCACAAAGAGCACUGUUGCUCUAUCUUGGGGCAGACCAAAGGAUGAUGGUGGCGCCCGCAUUACAGGAUACUACGUUGAGAGGAGAGAGGUGUCCACAGAGAAGUGGGUGCGUCACAACAAGACACACAUCACCACUACAAUGUACACUCUCACUGGACUCAUCCCUGAUGCUGAAUAUCUGUUCCGUGUCGUGGCACAAAACGACAUCGGUCAGAGUGAACCUGGACCAGUAUCUGAAAAUGUUAUAUGCAAAGAUCCAUUCGACAAACCCAGUCAACCAGGUGAGAUUGAUAUAAUCUCCGUUGCCAAAGACUGCAUCACUAUUCACUGGCUGCGCCCAGAAUGCGAUGGUGGCAAAGAGAUCCUGGGUUACUGGAUUGAGUUCAGACAGUCAGGUGAAAGUGCCUGGAAGAAAUGCAACAAGGAGCGUUCCAAGGACAGACAGUUCACCAUGGGUGGUCUGAUGGAGGCUACAGAGUAUGAGUUCAGAAUCCUUGCAGAAAAUGAAACAGGAAUGAGUAGACCUCGCAGGACCGCCAUGGGCAUCAAGACUAAACUGAGCUUGGGAGAGGCUCCUAGUCUCAAGGAAGACAUGGCAGAUGUCAUCACAAAACUUGGUGAAUCAGGAACUCUGACAUGCCAGAUUAUUGGACGUCCCCUUCCUGACAUCAGAUGGUACAGAUAUGGCAAGGAGCUGAUCCAGAGCCGCAAGUACAAGAUGAGUUCUGAUGGUCGCAACCAUUCACUGACAGUGGCCACAGAUGAACAGGAAGAUGAGGGCGUAUACACUUGCAGGGCCACCAAUGAAGCCGGUGAAACAGAGUCCAGCGGCAAGCUGCGCUUGCAGGCCGCACCUGCUUUCCACCCUGGAUUCCCAUUGAAGGAGAAAUACACUGCAGGGUGUGGAACAAGUCUUCGUCUCCAUGUUGUCUACAUUGGCCGUCCAAUUCCACAAAUCAUGUGGUUCUAUGCAAAGAAGCCGCUCAACGCGUCUGAAAACGUGAUAAUUGAAAACACUGAGAGUUACACUCAUCUGGUUGUAAGGAAUGUACAGCGCAAAACAAAUGCUGGAAGAUACAAGGUGCAAUUGACCAACAAAUUUGGAACUGUUGAAACCACACUCAAGGUUGAAAUUCAAGAUAAACCUACCAAACCUGAGGGACCUAUUGUUGUUGAUGCUGUGUUGAAGAGCGCAGUGAUCAUCAGCUGGAAACCACCAAAGGAUGACGGUGGAUCAAUGAUCACCAACUACAUUGUGGAAAAACGAGAAGCAAAGGAAGGCGAGCAGUGGCAUCUGGUGUCAUCAUCAGUCUCAGGAAACACUUGCAGGAUUCCAAAUCUGAUUGAAAGUGCUGGAUACUACUUCCGUGUUUCUGCUCAGAACCAAUAUGGAGUCAGUGAGGCACUUGAAGUUCCUGGUGUUCUCAUUAUCAAAAGUCCAUUCGAAAAACCUGGAAUUCCCAUGCAGCCUGUUGUCACAGAAGUGACCAACGAUUCUUGUCUUGUGUUCUGGAAACCACCAAAAGACGAUGGAGGUGCAAAGAUAAAGAACUAUUUCCUUGAAAAACGAGAGAAGAAACAGAACAAAUGGAUCACUUGUACAUCCAAUAAAAUCCAUGAGACACAUUUCGCUGUAAAAGGCCUUCUUGAGGGCUUUGAGUAUGAGUUCCGUGUGAAAUGUGAAAACAUGGGUGGUGAGAGUGAUUGGAGUGAGGUGUCAGAGGCCAUCAUUCCCAAAUCAGGUCUCACAAUGAAACCUCCUGUCUUCAGAGAAGAAAUGAGACCAGAGAUGAUUGUGAAGUUUAGAUCCAAUGCUACAUUUGUCACCAAAAUUGUUGGACAUCCCAUCCCCGCCGUGAAAUGGUAUAAGAAUGGCAAAGAAAUUGUUGCAGAUGGUACCAAACUCAAAUUGCAAGAAUUCAAGGGAGGUUAUUACCAACUUGUUAUUGCUAAUGCCGAGGACAGCGACGCAGGUGUCUAUCAAGUCAGGGCAACAAACCAAGGAGGAUCCAUCUCUACAACAGUGAAUCUGACUGUUGAAGUUCCUGCCAAGAUCCACCUACCUCAAGAACUGCAAGGCAUGGGAGCAGUUCAUGCUGUAAAGGGUGAAGUGGUUACCAUUAAGAUUCCAAUCAGUGGCAAGCCCGACCCUCAAAUCCAAUGGCAAAAGGGACCAGAGAUCAUGGGAUCAUCUGCUCACACCCAAGUGAUUGUCACAAGAUCAUUUACUUCACUCGUCUUCCCCAAAGGAGUUCAGAAGAAGGAUACAGGUUACUAUGUAAUCACUGCCAAGAACAGAUUCGGAGUUGACAAACAGACCAUUGAAGUUGCCGUGGCAGAUGUACCAGAUCCUCCUAAGGGCAUUAAAGUCAGUGAAAUCACUAGAGAUUCCAUCACUCUAACCUGGAGUCCUCCAGAAAAAGAUGGCGGAAGCCCUAUCAUUAACUACAUUAUUCAGAAGUGCCCCACAUCAGGUGACAGGUGGAUCCGCGCAGGCCAAACCAACGAGCCUAAAUACACAAUGAUCGCUCUGUUUGGCAAGACGAAAUACCAGUUCCGUGUCAUUGCGGAGAACCAGUUUGGUCUGAGCGAUCAUUCUGAACCAACUGAGCCUGUUACAACAAUAGAAGAUAAAUCCGUUAUCAGAAACUAUGAUGAAGAAGUUGAUGAAGCUAGAGAAAUCACCAAAGAGGAGGCACCACAUUCAUCAAAGAUCAAGAUGGUGGCUGCCCAGUACACAAUUUCUGAAGAGCUGGCACGUGCCGGAACAUUUGGCGUUGUUCAUCGCUGUGUUGAAAACAAGUCCAAGAAGACAUUCAUGGCCAAGUUUAUCAAGAUCAAAGGUACUGAUCAGGAGCUGGUUGCUAGGGAAAUUGAGACACUCAAUCUCUCUAAACACAAGAACUUCAUGUACCUACAUGAGUCUUUUGACAGUUUGGAAGAAAUGGUCUUGAUUUAUGAAUUCAUCUCAGGCGUGGACAUCUUUGAACGACUUGGCACAGGCAACUUUGAGCUCUCAGAACUGGAGAUUGUUAGGUACCUGAGACAGGUGUGCUCAGCUCUGAAGUUCUUGCACAAACUCAACUAUGCUCAUUUUGAAAUCAAACCUGACAACAUUGUCUACACCACAAGAAAGAGCACAAAUAUCAAAAUUAUUGAAAUGGGCCAGGCUAGAUUACUGACUCCUGGAGAAAAUAUCAGAAUCAAUUUCACUGCACCAGAGUAUUGUGCACCUGAAGUCCACCGUCAUGGACUUGUCAGCACUGCAACUGACAUGUGGUCAGUUGGUGUACUAACGUAUGUGCUCCUCAGUGGACUUAACCCUUUUGCAGCAGAAUCAACCACAAAAAUGAUUGAGAAUAUCUCAAAUGCAGAGUACACCUUCGACAGUGAGGCUUUCAAAGAGACCAGCCUCGAAGGCAUGGACUUCUGUGACAGACUUCUUUGUAAAGACCUGAAGAAACGUAUGACUGCUCAUGAAGCUCUGGAACAUCCUUGGCUUAGAUUGAAGCUGGAGCACCUCAGCAAAAAAACUAUCAAGACAUUGAGACACAGAAGAUACUACCAGACGUUGGUGAAGAAAGAGAGAGAGACAAUUGUCUCAUCAGCUCGUGUUGCUUUCGGUGGUGGCUUCAGAAGUUACAGAGGUUAUGCAGUUGGCAAAGUCAAGAUUGCGCACCCUACAGAAGGUCUGAGAGCCGGUCCAGUCAUGCAUGGAUCUUCAGAGGAGGGUGGACAUGUCAGAUUUGUUUGCAACAUUGAACAUUAUGAUGAAACCACAAAAGCAAUGUGGUACUUUGGCACCCGCCAGUUAACAGCCAGUCACAAAUAUGAAAUCAGCUACAUCAAUGGAAUUGCUAGCAUCUACGUCAAGGAAAUUGAAACAUCUGACGAUGGUGUCUACAGAUGCAAAGUCAUCAGUCAGGACGGUGAAGAUAAUGCCUAUGGAGAACUCUUUGUUGAAACUGUGAGAUGCUACCGUGAACACUUCAUUGGACGCUCACUCACAAAGAAGAGAAAGCUUGAUAAGCAAAGACUUAUGCAGAGACCACCAGACUUCACUCUGCCUCUGUACAACCGCGCUGCUUACAUCGGUGAAGAUGUUCGUUUCGGUGUAACCAUAACAGUGCACCCAGAGCCAACAGUAACAUGGCUGAAGGCUGGUCAGAAAAUCAAACGAGAUGAUAAAAAGUACACUUUCAUUAGUGACAAGGGUCUUUAUCAAUUGAUGAUCCACAAUCUUGACCUUGAUGACGAUGCUGAAUAUACUGUUAUGGCCCACAACAAGUUUGGUGAAGACAGUUGCACAGCACGUCUUACAGUGACACCUCACCCUGUUAGUGAAGACACCAUGAGGCCAAUGUUCAAACGGCUGUUGGCUAACGUGGAGUGUGUAGAGGGCCAUAGUGUCCGCUUUGACUUGAGAGUCUCGGGAACACCUGCACCAAUCUUGAAGUGGGAGAAGGAUGGCAGGCCACUGGAAUUCAACCAACAAAUCACAGUUGUUCAAGAGGAUGUAGACUAUCACGUUCUGCAUGUCAGAGAAACUCUUGUUGAGGAUUCAGGUCUUUACAAAGUUACUGCAACAAACUGUGUUGGAUCAGUGAGUUGCCAGGCUACACUGAAGGUGGACCGCAUUACAUACAAGAGGAGAGAAUAUAAGAGUGAGGCGGAACAACAGAAAUAUGUUCAACAACAAAUUGACAAGACACUGAAAAUGGCACAACGCCUUUCCACCACUGAAGUUACUGGACUCAAUCCAGCGGCUCAAGAGGCUUUGAAACAUGCUGCAGACAUAUACAAGCCGGCAGUGAGUACCAAACACUGUGAGGGCGAAUUUGAUAUCACAGAAGAAAAACCAUUUGUAAAUAUCGAGGAAAGGAAACUUCGCAUGCCAUAUGAAAUUCCUGAGUCACGUGUCCAUGAUGCAAGUGCUCUGGAUGAAGACCUGUUGAUUAAACACUUUGUACCUUUGUCUGACAUGAAGUGGUACAAGAAACUCCGAGAUCAGUAUGAAAUGCCUGAGCGGAUGGAGAAGAUCGUACAGAAGAGACAGAAACGAAUUCGUCUCUCCAGGUGGGAGCAAUUCUAUGUCAUGCCCCUUCCUAGAAUUACUGACCAGUACAGGCCAAGAUGGCGUAUCCCGAAGCUCACGCAAGAUGACUUGGAAACAGUAAGACCAGCAAGACGGUCACCUUCUCUUGGAUCCGAGGCAUCCUUCAGGUCAAGAAGACGCUCCCUAGGUGAUAUGAGUGAUGAAGAGCUUCUGCAGCCCAUUGAUGAUUACCUGUCAAUGAAGAAAACUGAACAAGAAAGGCUCCAACUUGAGCAGGAGCUUGAACUUGGCUUCUCUGCCUCCCCACAAGGCAGCCCUGUCCGGUUCGAGUUGUCUGCUCUGCGUCAUGAAGAAAAUAAACAUUUUGCAAGAAGAGAAGUAUCACAAGUAACCGAGCACAAGAUCAAGAGAACAAAAGUUUCACAGUUCUUGAGGAGGAGAAGAUCACUGUCUCCUACAUACAUUGAGCUGAUGCGCCCUGUUUCUGAGCUUAUAAGAACUCCUCGCCCACGUCCUCUGGAGCCAGAGGAGAUCAUCGAAAGGAGAUCCCCCACCCCUGAGAGGACGCGUCCACGCUCCCCCAGCCCCCCAGCUUCAGCUGAGAGAUCCUCCCGCUCAUCCUCAAGAUUUGAGAGGUCAGCCAGAUUUGACAUCAUGUCCAGAUACGAGUCAAGAAAGGCUGCACUGAAAUCUGAGCGCAAGUACCAGACGGUGACCCAAACACCCUUCAGCCUCGACCACGCCCCACGUGUGACUGUGAGAAUGCGUUCCCAUCGUGUCCCAUGUGGUCAGAAUACGAAGUUCACUCUGAAUGUCCAAGCGAAGCCUGUGGCUGAGAUCCAGUGGUUUCAUAACGGACAACUGAUUCAAGAAAGUGAGAAGUUACGCUUCACAAACAUGAGUGGAGUGCUGUCUAUACAGAUCCGUGAUUGUCAGGCAGAGGACAGUGGCACGUAUCGUGCUGUUUGUUCAAACUCAAAGGGAGAAGCGUCCGACUAUGGUAUCCUUGAUGUUUCUGGAGGUGAAUUCUCCACAUAUACAUCACGUCGUAAAGAUGAGGAUGCUCCACAACCAUUUGUUCCUGAUAUCACAAAGACAGACCAUUACCACAUAUCAUCCUUCAAGGCAGCUUCCUCCUCAGCAACACAUAUGGAGGUGAAAGAAAGUAAAUCAAAGUUAACUGAAUCACGUGAAACAUAUGACAGAUAUGAUUCAUCUGAACGAUUUAUAUCUGCAUCUGAAAAAUAUGCUGCAUCCGCGAAGUAUGCAUCAACUGAAUACUUAUCAUCUGCAGCAUCCUUAUCAUCAGCAUCAUCUGAUAAGUUUCGAUUGACUGAAAGAUACGUGUCGGGUGAAAGACAUGCAUCGUCUGAAAGAUCUGAAACAUAUUCUUCAACUGAAACAAAAAUGAGGGCUAUGGAGGCGUCAGAAGUUGAGCAAGUGACUGUUCAUAAAGUUAAGUCAACUCUGGCAGCCAGAAUACUGACUAAACCACAGUCUGCAACAGUCAAUGAAGGAGAGACUGCUCGAUUCACUUGCGACAUUGAUGGCGAACCAGCACCAAGUGUUACAUGGUUGCAUGAGGGACAAGUAAUUGUAUCCUCUCAUCGUCUUAUGGUAUCUACCACGCAGUACAAGUCUACAUUUGAAAUUUCCUCUGUACAAUCGUCUGAUGAAGGCAGCUACACACUGCUGGUUGAGAAUGCUGAGGGCAGACAAGAGACUCAGUUUAGUCUGACCAUUUUCCGAGCAAUUGUCGAAGAGGAGGUUUUUGUCUCAAUAAAGUCACCAGAGCCUGGAUUCAAGUCUCCUGAACGAGUAGCUUCACCUACCAGUGUUCCCCAAACCCCAACCCCAUUAAUCAAGUCUCCUGAACCAAUCACCUCACCUCCUAGGGUGAAGUCCCCUCCGCCAGUCAAGUCUCCUGAACCAAUCACCUCGCCUCCAAAGGUGAAGUCCCCUCCUCCUGUCAAGUCACCUGAACCAAUCACCUCGCCUCCAAGGGUGAAGUCCCCUCCCCCAGUCAAGUCUCCUGAGCCAAUCACCUCGCCUCCAAGAGUGAAGUCCCCUCCUCCUGUCAAGUCUCCUGAACCAAUCUCCUCCCCUCCAAGGGUGAAGUCCCCUCCUCCAGUCAAGUCUCCUGAGCCAAUCAUGUUGCUUAAGGGAGUGAAAUCCCCUCCCAGAGUCAAGUCUCCUGAACCAGUUGUCUCGCCUCCAAGGGUGAAAUCCCCUCCCCCAGCCAAGUCUCCUGAACCAAUCGCUUCGCCAAAGGUAGUGAAACCACCUCCCCAAGUCAAGUCUCCCGAACCAAAGGUUGUGAAAUCACCUCCUCAAGUCAAAUCUCCUGAACCAAAAGGAUCACCUCCCCAAGUCACCUCACCUAAGAGAGUAAAAUCUCCACUAACAGUGAAAUCCCCAACUCCUAAAGCUCCAAAUAUUAUCCACCAACUCACAGCCAAAGCCUCAGAAGACACAGUGAGAAUGUCCUGUGUAUCUGAAAGCAGCGUGAGAGAAGUUGUGUGGUACAGGAAUGGAGUGAAACUGACACAGAGCAGCCACUAUGAGUUCCAUAUGUCUGUGGAUGGACAUUGUUCUCUCAUUAUCCAUGACCUCUCUGAGAACGACCAGGGAGAAUACUCUUGUGAGCUCAUUGCAGAAGGAGGAGUCUCUACUAAAUCUUCAUUCUCAUUUGUUGGCCAAGUGUUCCAAUCCAUCUACACUAAAGUCACAGCUUAUGUGCAGCAGCAGAUGGCCAUGAAAGAACAGGUUGUUAAGAAAGAAAUCCAUGGAGGAGCUCAGAUGAUGAUGAUGGGGGAGAGUGCUGCUCUUAGCAGCAUGAAGGAAAGCUUCUCUUCCCAAUCAGUCCACAUGGCUUCUUCAUCUUCUUUGCAUCAGGAGACCUCUUUCAGCAGUUCCAGUAUGGCCAGUAUGUCUAGCAUGGCUGCCAUGGCUGCUGAAAUGCAGAUGGAAACCAUGUCUCUAUCUAGCAUGUCUUCCAUGACAUCUUCCCAUGCCAUGAGCUCCAGCAGUAUGGCUGAAAUGAUGAGUCACUCCCACCUAGAGGGGUCCUCCAUGAGAUCUAUUGCACAGGGUGCGACAGGGGUACCAAGAAUCGAAGCUCUCCCAGAGGACAUCACCAUUGAACUUGGAAAGGUUCUCACCGUGGCCUGUGCUUUCUCCGGAGAGCCCACCCCUAACAUCGAAUGGUCUCGCGGUGGAAGAACGCUGCCCGGUGAGGAGCAUGGCGGUAGGUUCCACAUCGAGACCUCAGAGGACCUCACUACACUCAUCAUCACCAGUGUGAAAAAAGAGGAUGCUGGAGCAUACACACUCAAACUGUACAACGACUUUGGAUCUGACACUGCAACAGUAACUAUAAGCAUUCGAUCAUAAAAAAACAGUUAAUAUAAUUUAUAUCCUCCCCCUUCCCUACUUUAAUGCCUUUUUAUGUAUUAAUUGAACAAAAAAGAAUCUUACUUGAUAAAGACCUGGAUUUCUGUUAUUGUAAAUAUGAACUAUUUUUAUACCAAACUUGACAUUAAUUUAUGCCAAACUAGACUAAAGUCUAAAGUUGUUAUAAAAUGUGCCAUAUUGGAUAAUUAUGACUUAGGAUUUUUCAUCCAUUUUUUCUGUGACAUGUACAUAAUGUAUAUAGCCGAAUUGAACGGUUAUGGAAAAUGUAUGAAUUGUUAUUUAUGACAAUAUUAACUGAAACAAAUGAAACUGAAAUGUUUAAAAGGAGAAAGUUUCGCAUGAAACGAAUACCCUGUUAAACCUGAAACUAAACUCUGUGCCUCAACAAAAAGUUGAUGUCUUAAGAUUGCCUCAACAGGUAGAGAGGCUCCCUGUUGAAGUUGACUAAAUCAGAGAGAUGAGAUGUUAGACACUGUAUGCUAUUACCUGCAGUGUUAUUAUCAAACUCCUAUGAAUUGUAACAUGAUCAUAAGACCCUGAGUGCUGUUUGCAUAAACCCUCAUGUAAGCAGCACAACUAGGCCUUGUGUUCUGGACUGACUAUGUCAUAACCACCAUUUAAAUGACAUGUUCAACGUGCGAGCGGCCUGCACUUGAGCUGAAAUAAUUUUUUGGUGCUCUGUUUCUGGCAAAUGACUGCUUAAUUGAUUUUCCGAACAACAUCAACCUGGCCAUAAAAAAUUGAAAGUCCAUCCUGCACUUUUUUGCAGAAGCAGAGCCAUCUCUUGGAGGUUUGCUUGUGUGCCUUAUUUUUGUGUGUUAGCUUUAGAAUUUCACCAGUUCAGAUGUCAGGCAAACAUCAAGCAAGUGUACCACAGUGACACCACCUGCUGUGUUAAAAGAAAACAAAAUGUAUUAGCUGUUCUGCCCUGCACUUUUGUUUGAUUUAAAUUAGAAUUAUAUAAUUAUAUGCAACCUCCCUGAGUUUAGUAUUGAUUUAAUAAAGCAUGAUAUCAGCACUAAAA